CCUCCUGAGCAGUUUGAGCAUUCCCAACCUCGCCUCGGGUGGAGGGAUUGCGAGGAGGGAAAGCAAAACUACACGGCCUCUAUUCUGUGUAGUUUUGUUUUUUUUCGGGGGAUAUUUCGAGGCUCGACCGUUCUCAUCUUGGAUUUUUCUGGAAAAACCUUCCUGGAUAAGGAGACCGUUGCUCGUUGCUCUGACGGGCUCCGUCCCAUCAUUUCAGGCACUCUUGUGAUACAAGGUGCCGAUCAUCAUGUCAACUCAAGCGCCGACGUUCACGCAGCCGCUACAGAGCGUCGUGGCACUGGAGGGUAGUGCCGCCACGUUCGAGGCUCAAGUUAGUGGUUCUCCAGUUCCUGAGGUGAGCUGGUUCCGUGAUGGCCAGGUACUUUCUGCUGCCGCUCUGCCCGGCGUUCAGAUCUCGUUCAGCGAUGGCCGCGCUGUUCUGAGGAUUCCUGCUGUGACCGCCGCGCACAGCGGACGAUUUUCUGUCAGAGCCACCAACGGUGCUGGACAAGCCACAAGCACAGCCGAACUCUUAGUUACAGCGGAGACGGUUCCUCCGAGCUUCAUUCAGAGACUACAGAGCUCCACGGUGAGACAGGGCAGCCAGGUGAGGCUGGAUGUUCGAGUCACCGGGAUCCCCGCACCUGGGGUAAAAUUCUACAGAGAAGGGGCCGAGAUCCAGAGCUCCACCGACUUCAGAAUCAUCCAGGACGGAGACCUGCACAGCUUGCUGAUUGCUGAAGCCUUCCCAGAGGAUUCUGGGACGUAUUCGGUGACAGCCACCAACAGCAGCGGACGGGCCACCUCCACAGCCGAACUGCUGGUUCAGGGCGAAGAAGCCGUUCCAGCAAAGAAAACAAAGACCUUGAUUUCAACCGCCCAGAUUUCAGAGACCCGACACACCAGAGUAGAAAAGAAGAUGGAGGCCAGUUUCCAGGCCUCCGCCAUGAUGGAGAUGCAGAUAGAGGGCGCAGAGCUGGCUCACAAGACUCCACCCAGAGUUCCUCCGAAACCCACAUCCAAGUCACCAACUCAGCCAUCACUGGUGGCCAAGGUGACCGGGGGACGGCAACAGUCACCGUCACCUGUCAGACAUGUGAAGGCACCCACACCCACGCCUGUCAGGGCAGUCCCGUCCCCUAUCGCCGCACACAAGCAGGCCGCCGGUGACGUCCUCCCGCCCUGGAAGCAGGAAGACUACGUGGCCGAGGGCAGGACUGUCACUCAGUUGGUCCGGGAGCAGCAGGUCACCAUGGUCAAACAGGCUGAGGGAGGGAAAAGAGCGGGGGCAGUGGCCACCGUGGUGGCUGCCGUCGACCUUGCUCGUGUCCGUCAGCCCGCGCUUGUCGAGGGGGGUCGAGCUGAAGAGGACGAGGCUGUAGAGGUGGACUUAAGGCAGCAGGCCGCCGCCGUGGCUGCUGAUCAAAGCUAUCAAGCUGCUUUGACAUCAACAAGAGUGCAAAGUGGGCACAUGCUUUCUACUGCUCAGGAGUUUACACGUGAAGCAGCCGUGCUGCAGCCUCAGAUUCAGGGAGUGACAGAAAUCUCCUCCCGUGUGGACACUGGUCUCACCCCGUCUCCAGUUCCACAAUUCACAGUUUCUAAAGUGUCUGUCCCAAAACUCGAGUCUAGCAGUGAGGUUUCCAUCGCCGGCUCGGCCAUGGCCACUCUGCACAAAGAGUUAUCCUCGUCUUCUGCCACUAUUCGAAAGAUCAUCAAGCCUGUCAAGUCUCCCAGUCCAUCUCGCAGAGUAGCAGAGACCAGAGAGAUGCUGGAGACCAUCCCACCACCGUUCAAACACUUCACUGACAAACAUCAGAGUCGUUCUGGCUCUGAGUUACAGACCGGGGUGGUGUACUCAGGCAGAAUGGAGAGAAUGUAUGAGGACUGGGGAGCCCAGGUGGUGGAGGCAGCUGCGGUGCCUUCUGCCGGUGGUGCCGUGGUCCCUCCCACGCUGAUUUCUGGAUUGAAGAACACAAAUGUGAUCGAGGGCGAGUCUGUGACCCUGGAGUGCCAGAUCAGCGGUCAUCCCACCCCCAUCAUUAUGUGGUUCAGAGAGGACUACAAGAUUGAGAGCUCCAUUGAUUUCCAGAUCACCUACGAGAACGGAUUUGCCAGACUGGUGAUCCGUGAAGCAUUCGCUGAAGACAGCGGCCGCUUCACCUGCACAGCUACCAAUGAGGCGGGAACUGUCAGCACGUCCUGUUACCUGCUUGUCCAGGUGUCUGAAGACAUCGAGAGCAGAGAGGAGAUUGCUGUUGUUACAGAACAUGUUGAAACUGCUCAAUUAAGAGAAACCAGAGAGGAGACCCAGGUGAGCAUGGUGGAGUCAGAGUCUGCUGCUGCCGCUCCCUUCUUUAUCAAGAAACCCACCAUCCAGAAGCUAGUGGAGGGUGGAAGUGUUGUGUUUGAAUGUCAGAUUGGGGGAAGCCCCAAACCACACAUCAUCUGGAAGAAGAGUGGUGUCCCACUCACUACCGGAUACAGAUACAAAGUUGCCUACAAGAAGGAGACUGGAGAGUGCCGUUUAGAGAUCUCCAUGACCUUCGCCGAUGACGCUGGAGAAUAUGCCGUGUUUGCCAAGAAUAAGCUUGGAGAAGUCUCUGCCUCCGCCAGUCUGCUGGAGGAAGAGGAAUAUGAAGCCUACAUGAAGAAACAGGAAGCAAUGUUUAAGACUGAAGUGACAUCCAUUGUGCAAGAGCCCAAGGUGGGAGAUAUUCCCCCUGUCACUGUCACAACAAUGGAGAAGAUAACCACCACCAUUAUCUCUGGACAGGAAUUCCAUCUGUCUGUCAUUGAGCAGAGGAUCAUCCAGGAGAUUGAGUUUACCAUUAUGAAAAUCAGCUACAGAGAGAUUGUGACAGAGGACGGAGAGUUGAUGGUGACUGCCACUGAGACUGAGGCGGUACAGCCAGCCUUUGACACGCCAGUGAAAAGUUACAGGAUCAUGGAGGGGAUGAGCGCUACUUUCCACUGCAAGAUGUCUGGAAUGCCGCUCCCCAAGAUUGCUUGGUUCAAAGAUGGCCAGCGUAUUAGGGCUGGAGACCAUUACCAAAUAGAGGUUCUUCAGGAUGGACGGGCCAGCCUUCGCCUGCCUGUAGUGAUACCCGAAGAUGAAGGCGUGUACACCGCGUUUGCCACCAACAUGAAGGGUAAUGCUGUCAGUUCUGGGAAGCUCUAUGUGGAGCCAUGUGAAACAGUAACACCUCAGCAAUUCACACCACAGCCAGCAGUGCAGAGGAUCAGGUCCACAUCUCCUCGCUCUCUGAGCCGCUCACCUGGCCGUUCUCCCAGUCGUUCACCUGGACGUUCUCCUGCUCGUCGGCUAGAUGAGACUGAUGAGGCUCAGCUAGAAAGACUCUACAAGCCUGUUUUUGUCAUGAAGCCUUCAUCAUAUAAAUGUUCUGAGGGACAAACUGCCAGAUUUGACCUGAAGGUUGUGGGCAGACCAAUGCCUGAGACGUACUGGUUCCACAAUGGGCAACAAAUAGUUAGUGACCACACCCACAAGAUCGUGGUUAAAGAGGAUGGCACUCAGUCCCUGAUCAUCGUCCCAGCUUUGCCACAAGACUCCGGGGAAUGGACUGUGGUGGCUCAGAACAGAGCUGGACGCACAUCCAUCUCCGUCACUCUCGCUGUUGAUGCCAAGGAAACCCUGGUGCGUCCACAGUUCACUGAGAAACUGAGGAACAUCAGUGUGAAGCAGGGCACUCUGGUUGAACUGGCUGUCAAAGCCAUUGGAAACCCACUGCCUGAUAUCGUCUGGCUGAAGAACAGCGACAUCAUCACCCCACACAAGCACCCAAGCAUCAAGAUUGAAGGAACCAGAGGAGAGGCUAAAUUCCAGAUCCCAUCAGCAGCUGGCUCAGACAGCGCCUGGUACACCGCUACAGCCAUCAAUAAGGCUGGCAGAGAUACCACUCGCUGCAGAGUCAAUGUUGAGGUGGAAUAUGCUGAGCCUGAACCAGAGAGGAAACUCAUCAUUCCCAAAGGAACAUACAAAGCCAAAGAGAUCGCUCCUCCAGAGGUGGAGCCGCUUCAUCUGCGAUAUGGUCAAGAGCAGUGGGAGGAAGGCGACCUUUAUGACAAAGAGAAGCAGCAAAAACCACAGUUCAAGAAGAAGCUGACAUCUGUCCGCAUGAAGCGCUUCGGUCCAGCUCAUUUUGAGUGCAGACUGACUCCUAUUGGUGACCCCACAAUGGUGGUGGAGUGGCUGCACGACGGCAAACCUCUGGCUGCUGCUAACAGAUUGCGCAUGGUGAAUGAAUUUGGUUACUGCAGCCUGGACUAUGAAGCCGCUUAUGCUAGAGACAGCGGCGUCAUUACCUGCAGAGCGACCAACAAGUACGGAGUUGACCAAACCUCAGCCACCCUGAUUGUCAAGGAUGAGAAGGGCCUUGUUGAGGAAACACAACUUCCUGAAGGAAGGAAAGGUGCCCACCGGAUCGAUGAGAUAGAGCGUUUGGCUCAUGAAGGUGGACCUUAUGGAGUCACUGCUGAAGAAGAAACAGAGAAGAUGAAGCCUGAGAUCGUCCUUGUUCCAGAACCAAUCAGAGUUUUAGAGGGUGAAACGGCUCGAUUCCGCUGCAGAGUGACCGGAUAUCCAGCACCAAAAGUUAACUGGUACCUCAAUGGACAACUUAUCCGCAAAAGCAAGAGAUACAGACUUCGCUAUGAUGGCAUUUACUACUUGGAGAUAACUGACAUCAAAUCAUAUGAUUCAGGGGAGGUCAGAGUCGUAGCAGAUAACAAUCUGGGCUCCGUUGAGCACGUCGUAAAACUGGAGAUUCAGCAGAAGGAGGACUUCAGAACUCAUCUGCGCCGCGCCCCUGAGGCUAAGCCAGCCGAGGCUGCACCUGAACCUGGAAAAGUACCAUUUGAGGUAGUUAAAGCUGAAAAGCCUACAGAGGACACUCAGCUGAAAGAGGUCGUCAAACUCAAGAAGGCCCAGAGAAUUGUCCAUGAGAAAGCCAGUGAGGAGUCAGAGGAGCUGAGGAGUAAGUUCAAGCGCAGGACAGAGGAAGGCUAUUACGAGUCUAUUACCGCAGUGGAUCUCAAGUCUCGCAAGAGAGAUGACUCCUAUGAGGACCUGCUGAGGAAGACAAAGGAGGAACUGCUUCAUCGUGCCAAGGAGAAGGAGGAGGCUGAGAAGAAGAAGGAGGAAGAGCAUCGCCAAGUUACUGCCAAGCCUCUAAAACCAGAGAGGGUCAAGCUCUCACCCAGCAUGGAAGCGCCAAAGAUCCUUGAGCGUAUCACCAGCCAGACAGUCGCACAGGGUGACGAAGUCAAGUUUAGAGUCAGAGUUGUCGGCAGACCAGAACCUGAGUGUCAGUGGUUCAAGAAUGGAGUUCAGCUGGAGAAGUCUGACCGUGUCUACUGGUACUGGCCUGAGGACCAUGUUUGUGAACUGGUGAUCAGGGAUGUCACAGCAGAGGAUUCUGCCAGUGUCAUGGUUAAAGCUUCCAGUACUGCUGGAGAGACUUCAAGCCACGCUUUCCUGUUGGUGCAAGCAAAACAAGUCAUUAACUUCACUCAGAAGUUGGAGGACGUCAGUGCCAAGGAGAAGGAUACCGUGGCUACCUUUGAGUGUGAAACCAACGAGCCUUUUGUGAAGGUCAAAUGGCUGAAGAAUAAUGUGGAGAUCUUCUCUGGAGACAAAUACAGAAUGCACUCUGACAGAAAGGUUCACUUCCUGUCUGUGCUGAUGAUCGAAAUGAGGGAUGAUACUGAAUAUACAUGCGUGGCUGUAGAAGAUGAUACUGUCAGGACAACCGCCAAGCUUAAUGUUGAAGGAGCUCCUCUGGAGCUGUUAAAGCAGCUGGAGAGCACCGAGGUGCCCGAGACUUACUCCGGAGAGUUUGAAUGUAUUGUCUCUCGUGAAGAUGCCGAAGGCAGCUGGUACUUUGGAGAUAAUCUGCUGACUCCUGGCAGUAAAUACGUCAUCUCCUCCCGCCGUGGAAGACACACUCUCUCUGUGAAAGACGUCAAGAAGGAAGACCAGGGAGAAUAUACCUUCAAAGUGGGCGAGUUUAAGACAAGUGCCUCUCUGAAGAUGAAAUUGCGUCCAGUGACCUUGAUGCAGCCUUUGUCUGACAUGACCGUCUGCGAGGGUGACAUCGCUCAGCUUGAGGUCAAGUUCUCCCAGGAGAAUGUUGAAGGAACCUGGAUGAAGAAGGGGCAGCCCAUCACAGCCUCCAGCCGUGUGCAUAUAGUUAUUGACAAACAAAUUCACAAACUCCUUAUAGAAGAUACAACCAAGGACGACUUUGGAAUGUAUUCCUUCGAGGUUCCUGAUCAUGGAAUUUCAACCUCUGCAAAGCUGGUCAUUCAGACUAUUGGCAUCCUGAUCCCACUGAAGGACAGUCAUGCAAUUGAGGGUACAAAGGUCGUCCUAGAGGCAAAGAUCUCUGCUCAGGACAUCAGCUCAGUCAAAUGGUACCACAAUGACAACCUGCUGACAGCCAGUGAGCGAAUCCAGAUGGUGGCAAAGGGAGCCAAGCAGCGCCUGGUUUUCACCAGAACAUACGCUUCAGAUGAAGGACACUACAAACUGGUGGUUGGCCGAGCUGACACCAGCUGCAGAUUUACUGUUGAGCCUGUCCAGAUUGUGACACCAAUGAAAGACAAACAGUGCUCCGAGUCUGAAAAUGUCACCUUCGAGGUUGAGGUCUCUCACCCAGACAUUGACGCUUUCUGGACCUUUAAGAGGCAGCCGAUUAAAGCUGGUCCCCAGUACAAGAUGGAGUCCAAGGAAAAGAGGCAUAGGCUCACGGUCAUGAAUGCAAUGAAGGAUGAAGAGGGCGAGUACAUGUUUGCUGCUGGUGAGAAGAUGUGCAGUGCUUCACUCACCGUAACAGGUGGUGCCAUUAAGAAGCCCCUGCAUGAUUUGGUGGUAGCUGACUCCCAGACCGCUGUGCUGCAGUGUGAAGUUGCUAACCCAUCCGCAGAGGGCAAGUGGCUAAAAGACGGUCAGCCUGUUGACUUCAACGAGAACGUGCUGAGCGAGGUGGACGGUGCUGUCAGACGCCUCGUUAUCAUCAUCACUAAGGCCACUGACGUUGGAGAGUACACUUACCAGGUCGCCACCUCCAAGACCUCAGCCAACCUGAAAGUCGAGGCUGUCAAAGUCAAGAAGACCCUGAAGAACCUGAAUGUAGUCCAGACUCAAGAAGCCACGUUCAGCCUUGAACUGACCCAUGAGGAUGUAAGGGGAGCACAGUGGAUCAAGAAUGGCGUUGAGAUCCAGCCCAGUGAUAAAUAUGAAAUCAGUAUUGAAGGCACACUUCACACAUUGAAGGUCAAGAACUGCAGCACACAGGAUGAGUCUGUUUACUCCUUCAAACUGGGAAAACUGUCUGCAAGUGCCAGACUCAAUGUGGAAACCAUUAAGAUCCUGAAGAAGCCAAAGGAUGUGACAGCACUGUCAGGAGCAACAAUUGUAUUUGAAGUUGGCAUCUCAGAGGAUGACAUCCCAGUGAAAUGGAUGUUCGAUGACAAAGACCUGGUGUCUGACGAGCGCUACAGCAUCAUCUCUGAGAAGAAGAACCACAAGCUGAUUGUCCACAACGUGGACGACAGCGUGCAGGGCAACUACAUUGCUGUCAUAGGACACCUGCAGUGCAGCGCUCACCUCGUUGUUGAGUCUCUACGUGUCACAAGGCCCAUGAAAAACGUGGAGGUCACAGAGACUCAGGUGGCCACAUUUGAAUGUGAAGUUUCUCACUUCAAUGUCCCGUCCACCUGGCUGAGGGAUGGUGUGGAGAUUGAGAUGAGUGAGAAGUUCAGGAUUGUGGUUCAAGGGAAACUCCAUCAGCUGAAGAUCAUGAACACCAGCAAUGAAGACUCUGCAGAGUACACUUUUGUCUGUGGGAACGACCGCAUCUCUGCAACGCUAACUGUUAACCCUAUUCUGAUCACAACGAUGCUUGAAGACCUGAACGCUCAGGAGAAGGACACGGUCACAUUUGAGGUGAAUGUGAACUACGAGGGAAUAACGUACAAGUGGCUGAAGAACGGCGUGGAGAUCCGCUCUACGGACCGCUGCCAGGCUCGCUGCAAACAGCUCACUCACUCUCUGAGCAUCAGGAAUGUUCACUUUGGAGACAGUGCCGAGUACACCUUCAUGGCUGGCUCUGCAGUCACUUCAGCUAAACUUCACGUUGAGGCCCGUGUGGUUGAAUUCACCAAACACCUGCGGGACCUGAAGAUCACAGAGAAGAAGAGGGCAACAUUUGAAUGUGAAGUUUCUGAACCAAACAUCCAGGUGAUGUGGAUGAAAGAUGGUCAGGGGCUGGAGCUGUCCGACAGGUACAAAAUGACAUCGGACCAGUUUGUGCACCGUCUGGUUCUGCCCUCUGUGCGUCUGUCGGACGCCGGUGAAUACACCGCUGUGGCCGGUUCAAGCAUGUCCAAGGGUCACCUGGCAGUCGAGGGAAGAGAUGUCAGAAUCUCAGAGCCAGCCACCAGGGACAUCACGGUUGUUGAGAAGCAGAGAGCCACUUUUGAGUUUGAGGUGAAUGAGGAUGAUGUAGAAGGUCACUGGCUGAGAAAUGGAGUGGAGCUCCAGUUCACUGUGGAGGAGAGGUUCAAUUAUGCCACCAUCAGGAAGCUCCACCGUCUCACCAUCUCUGAGACCUUCAGGAGCGAUGCUGGAGAGUACACCUUUUUAGCCGGCAAAAACAGGAGCUCUGUGAACCUCCACGUCAGAUUGCCAGAGCCACCUCAGAUCAUCCGGGAGAUGCAGCCCCAAACCGCGAUCUCGGGCAGGUCAGUUCGCUUCUCGACACAGGUGAGCGGCCUUCCUCAGCCUCAGGUGUUCUGGUACAAAGAUUCUGAGGUUCUGUCCACGAGCUACAAGUGCAAGUUCCUCCAUGAUGGAGAUGAGCAUACGCUGCUGCUGCUUGAAGUCUUCCCUGAAGAUGCAGGCAUCUAUAGCUGUGAGGCCAAAAACAACUACGGAGAGGUGACGAGCUCUGCAUCUCUCACUGUGGAAGUUCCGGAGGUGGUUGAAGCCGUGGCUCAGGUUUCCCCUCCAGUCCUCAUCGCUCCCAUGAGGGACCUGCUGAUCUCAGAAGGACAUCCUGCCCAGUUCCAGUGCAGCGUCUCUGGGGAAGAUCUGCAGAUUUCUUGGUUCUGCAAUGACAGAGAGAUCAAACAGUCGGACAUCUUCAGGAUGUCUCAUUAUGAUAACACCUGCCUGCUGGAGAUUUCCCGAGUUCUCCCCAGCCUUGAAGGAGAGUACUCGUGUGUUGCUACAAAUUUGGCAGGAAUGGUCACAUGUGCUGCCACUCUGAAUAUUGAUGUAACUACAGAGGAGAAGGUGACUCAGGUCCAGGAGGAGAUAAAAGUGAAGCCUGUGUUCAGGAACAGAAUCGUCCCAGUGGAGAUAAACAUUGGCAGCUCUGCCAAGUUUGAAUGUGAAACUGAGGACGCUCCAAACGUGAGCUUCAAGUGGUUCAAAGAUGGACACCCCAUCAAAGAGGGUGAAAAGUGCAGGAUUAUCAGUCGCUUCAGCACUUCCUCCCUGGAGCUUCUGAGGACAACCAAGGAUGACAGUGGCGAAUACACCUGCAAGGCGUCCAAUCAGCACGGCAGUGAUGAAUGCUCCGCCUCCCUCGGUGUCACAGAACAAUUUCCUCCUGUCUUUAUAAGUAAGCCUGACCCUCAGACUGUGUAUGUUGGAAAGAGGGCUGUAAUGCAGUGUGUAAUAGCAGGAACUGCUCCUCUGAAUGUUGUCUGGCUUAAAGACAACCAGGCCUUACCCAAAGUGCCCGCACACUACCAGAGCUCUUGUGAAAAGAAUAAGCACACUCUUGAGAUACCCAGUGUUGAGGCAGCUGACAGCGGGCUUUAUGUGUGCAAGGUAUCUAACAAAGCUGGGACAGCUGAGUGCCACACGGAGCUGUGUGUUAUCGAUAAACCCAACUUUGUAAGGCCCCUGGCUUCAGUCGCCGCUGUGGUCGGAGCUGCUCUGCACCUUGAGUGUCAGGUGGAUGAGGACACUGGAGUAACUGUCAGCUGGACCAGAGAUGGCAGAAAAGUCCACCAGUCUCCCGACUAUAAACUGUUGUUUGAGGAUAAGACAGUUACUCUUGAUAUCCUAAAGACCACACUGAAAGAUUGUGGAAAUUAUGUGUGUACAGUGGCAAACGAAGCCGGCAGUGCGUCUUGCUCCACCACGGUGAAGGUACAAGAGCCACCCGUCUUUGUAAAGCGGCUGGAAGCCACAACGAUUUGGAAGCAGGGAAGCACCGCUCGCCUGCAGUGCACCGUCAAAGGAUCUCCCGAACUCCACAGCACCUGGUUCUUGAAUAACAGUGAGCUGUCCACUGGUGGCAGACACGCUGUCGGUCUGAAGGACAGUGUCGCCACUCUCGAGAUACACGAUGUCCUGUUGACUGACAGUGGAAACUACACCUGUGAGGUUCUCAACGAGUGCGGGUGUGAAAGCUGCAGCAUUAAAGUAACAGUGAAAGAACCUCCGUCAUUCAGAAAGGAGUUACUGUCCACCGAGGCAGUCAGAGGGUCGGUAGCUGUGCUGGAGUGUGAGAUUGCAGGCUCUGCACCGCUCGAAGUGUCUUGGAAAAAGAAUAAGAAACGCCUGUCCUCAGAUAAGAAGUACAGCAUAGUGUCACAGGGAUCGCUGGCCUCUCUGGAGAUCCAGUCCUUUGAGAGCGCUGAUACUGGUGAAUACGAAUGUGUCGUAUCCAACGAGGUUGGGUCAGCAACCUCAAAGUCAGUACUUAAACAAAAAGAGCCACCUGUGUUCUCAAAGAGGAUUGAGAGCGCUACAGCAGUUUUGGGAAAUACAGUGAAAUUACAGGGAACCCUGAAAGGUUCAGUUCCCAUCACAAUUAAAUGGAUGAAAGACUCUGAGCUCCUCAGAGAUGAUGAUCCCAACAUCAAAAUGUCCUUUGUGAACAACAUCGCUAGUGUUUCCUUCUCAUCUGUUGAGCUGAAGCAUGGUGGGAAGUAUACUUGUCUCGCUGAAAAUGAGGCAGGACAGCAAAAAUGUGAAGCUAUCUUAACUAUUCAAGAACCUGCUCGGAUUUUAGAGAAAGCAGCCUCCAUCAGCGUGACUGCAGGCGACUCUGCCACGCUGGAGUGCACCGUCUCUGGAAGCCCUGAACUCAAAGUGAAAUGGUUCAAAGACGGCAAGGAGAUGAUCGGUGGUCGUAAAUAUAAAAUAGCAGUUAAGGAGAACACUGCCAUUUUAAAGAUUCUCGCAGCAGAUAAAGGUGACACUUCCGAGUACAAGAUGGAAGUGUCCAAUAAAGUUGGAAAAGACGAGUGCACGUGCUCGGUUACAGUUAUAGAUCGUGCAGUUCCCCCGUCCUUCACCAAAACUCUAAAGAAAGUGAAUGGGAGCAUUGGCAGUAAUAUCACGUUGGAUUGCAGGCUUGCUGGAUCUCAGCCGAUGGCUCUGUCUUGGUACAAAGACAAUAAAGAAAUCCACAGCGAUGCAAAAUAUAAGCUUGAUUUCAGUGAGAGUACAGCCUCUGUGACAAUAACUGGCCUGGAUCAGAGCGAUGGUGGAGUUUAUACAUGCAAAGCUUCUAAUGAUGCUGGAGAAAAAGAAACCAGUGGUACUCUUUCCAUCAAAGAACCUCCAGCCUUUACCUCGAAACCUGAAUCUCUUGAUGCAUCCCCGGGAUCACACGUUGUCUUAAAGUCUGACUUUACGGGAUCGGCUCCACUUACCGUUAAAUGGUUCAGAGAGGAGAAAGAGAUUUUCACUGGGGGAAAGUAUUUCAUAAAGAAAGACUCCUCUUCCAGCUCCCUGGAACUUCAUUCUGUGAAACCCAGUGACUCUGCCAAAUACACAUGCCAAGUAUCCAACGACGCUGGGAAGGUUGACUGCACUGCAGCGCUCUUCAUAAAAGAAGCCCCAACAUUUACGAUGAAGCUUGAACCUUCAAAGCUGCUGAAAACAGGACAACCUCUGGAGUUGUCCUGCAAAGUGCAGGGCACUCCUGUUAUUACUGUCACAUGGUUUAAAAAUGGCUCAGAAAUGGUUUCAGACCGCAGACACAACAUGACCUUCGACGGCUCGUUGGCCACUCUGGAGGUUGAGAGUUGCUCUGUAGAGGAUAGUGCAGAUUACGUCUGUGUGGCAUCCAGCGAGGCCGGCAGGGAGCAGUGCAGCAGCUCAGUAACAGUGAAAGAGCCUCCAUUGUUUGUGAGGCCUUUUGAAUCAGCUGAGCUUGUUACGGAGUCUGAGAUUAUCUUGGAAGCAAUCGUUUCAGGUUCCCCUCCAUUUGAAAUAAGCUGCUUCCUCAACGAUAAGCUGAUCAGAAAUGACAAAAGACAUAAAAUCAGCGUGGAAAAUGAUACAAUCACUCUUCAGAUCUCACACUGUGAGGCCGGAGACGAAGGAACGUACAAGUGCACUGUUUCAAACGAUGUUGGGGAGACAUCUUGCUCUUGCCAGAUUUCUCUAAAAGAACCACCAUCAUUUGUUCAAAGACUAAAGGAUAUGUCCUGUAUUGUGGGCUCUGAAAUCUCCAUGAAGUGUAUGUUGUCUGGGUCACUUCCCAUGACUUUGUCCUGGAUCAAGGACGAUCGUGAGCUUACGGAAGACGAGCAUUUUAAGAUGUCCUGUGAAACCAAAAGUGCCAUGUUGAAUUUGAAAAAUGCUCAGUUGUCACAUGGCGGGAAAUAUGUCUGUCAGGCGCAGAAUAAAGCCGGGACCCAGAGAUGUGCCGCGGUGCUCAUAGUGACAGAGCCAGCAAGUAUUUCAGAGCACCCAAAGUCCAUCAGUGUAACCCAUGGCGACCCAGCCAGACUUGAAUGCAGGUUUUCAGGCACUAAACCGCUGAAGGUCAGAUGGCUUAAGGCGGGAAAGGAGCUGCCGUCAGGACAGAGAUACAGAAUACAGAGCACAGACACGAGCUCUGUGCUCAAGAUGAUAAAAACAGAGAAGAGCGACGGCGGUGACUACACUGUCGAAGUUUCAAAUGUUGCUGGGCACAGUUCCUGUGACGCAUCAGUCACAGUCUUAGGUCGGUUUGCCCAAAGCUUUGUUGAAUCUGUUUGCAGUUCUUUCUACAGUCACCCUGACAAUGUUUUUUUCAACUUGUAUGUAAUAGAUCAGAUUAUUAAACCGUCCUUCACAAGGAAGCUGACAGAGACUGAAGGUAUAAAAGGAUCGUGUGCUCAUCUAGAGUGCCUCGUGUCUGGUUCUCUGCCGAUGACGAUACAGUGGUACAAAGAUGAAACAGAGAUCCAGACUUGUCAAAAAUAUAAAUGCACGUUUUUCGAAAAUGUUGCUUUCCUGGAAAUCGGCUGUCUCGACAGUAGAGACAGUGGGAGCUACACUUGUGUGGCUGAAAACGAGGCAGGAUCUGCCCAGUGCUCCGGGAGUUUGUGUGUUAAAGAAGCACCACGCAUUCUUGAAAAACCGGACUCCAAGAAUGCGUUGCCUGGAUCAAAGGUUAGGUUUACUCUUCGUGUCUCUGGCACACCUCCGCUCGCCAUCAAAUGGUUUAAAAACAAAAAAGAAAUCCUUCCGAGUGCCAAGUGCUCUGUAAUCAAAGACAACACUUCAAGCUCCCUAGAGCUCUUCUCUGCCAAAACCUCUGACUCUGGAGAGUAUGUCUGUGAAGUUCAGAACGCUGUGGGCUCCGCUUCAUGCAAGGCAGCGCUCUUUGUAAAAGAGCCCCCAUUUUUCACUGAAAAACCUGAAGCGGUGUCAUUAGUGAGUGUCGGAGGCAGCAAGGUGUUUGAGUGUAAGGUUGCUGGUACCCCAGAGAUCUCCAUGAAAUGGUUCAAAGAUGGAGUUCAGAUUCGCCAAAGCCUCAAAUACAAGAUAUCAUUUUUUACCUCUGUUGCCGUUUUAGAGGUUUGUGUAGUUAGUCAACAAGACAGCGGGAAAUACUUCUGUGAGGCCUCCAACGAAGCAGGCACAGAGAGUUGCAUUUUUGAGCUUGUAGUGAAAGAGCCUCCGUCAUUUGUUGAAGAGCUAUCAUCUCUGGAAGUCGUUAAAGGUUCCACGGCAGCGUUUGCUAGCAAAGUUGCAGGAAGUGCUCCGUUCAGUGUCACGUGGUCUAAAGAUAAAAAGGCAAUUUUAUCCAGCCAAAAGUACAUUAUUGUUGAUAGUGAAAAUGUGGGCUUAAAAAUCCAGGACUGCGACGUGGAUGAUGUGGGCACCUACCAGUGCGUGGUAGCCAAUGAGGUUGGGAGCUGCUCUGGCUCGGUGGUGUUGUCUCUGAAAGUGCCUCCAAAGUUUAUUGAGAAGAUAAAGAGUGUCUCCGCUGUUGUGGGAGAUGCUGCAGUGUUUCGUUGCUCUGUGGAAGGGCCCCUGCCACUCUCUGUGCUAUGGAAAAAAGAUGAAAACUGGAUCCAAGAUGAUCCGAAGAUCAAGCAAAUUUUCCAGAACAAAGAGGCCACUCUCAGGGUUCUUGCUUGUGAGGCUAUUCACAGGGGGAAAUAUACCUGCCAUGUUGUAAAUGAGGCUGGGCAAGAUGUGUGUUCAGCAACACUGACUGUGCAAGAACCACCAACGAUUGAAGAGAAACCGGAGGUUGUUAAAGUGACUUGUGGAGAUCCAGUUAGCUUUGAAUGCAGGGUAGCUGGAACUCCUCAUAUAAGUGUGAGAUGGAUCAAAGAUGGCAACGAGCUCCAUUCGAGCAGAAAGCAUAAUCUCUGCUAUGGGGGCAACCUCAGUAGACUUAACAUAAUGUCCUCUCAGCUGGAAGACGGUGGAGAGUACAUGUUUGAAGCCCAAAAUGCAGUUGGGACUUGCAGAUGUAAAGUGAAGCUGGUUGUUUUGGAAGAGUUGAUUCCUCCCACAUUCAUUAAGAAAUUAACAAACAUUCAAGGAAUCAUGGGUUCAGUGGUGACCAUGGAGUGCAGAGUAACCGGUUCGCUUCCUCUGACUGUUGAAUGGAGCAAAGGGAAACAAAAGAUUACAGAGAGCUCCAAGUACAAACUUGUACACACUGAAAAUAGAGUCUUGCUGGAGUUAAAACUUACUGGGAGUGUUGACACAGGAGAGUACUCCUGCAAAGUUACCAACAAAGCAGGCAGCUGUGUGUGCAGUGGAGUCCUCACAGCUAAAGUGCCGCCAAGAUUCAUAGAUGAGCUUGAGUCUCAGGCUGUUAUUCCCAAGUCUGACGUAUUCUUCAAAAGUGUCUUUGAAGGGACGUCUCCGUUUAUGGUGAAAUGGUUCAAGGAUGGCAUCGAACUCAUCACUGGGCCAUCGUGCAGAGUUAGACUGGAGAAAUAUUCCUCCUCUGUAGAGCUCUGCUCAGUGGGCACUCUGCAGUCUGGGAUUUAUUCCUGCCAAGUUAGCAACGAAGCAGGCACGGCGAAAAGUGCGGCACAGUUACUGGUGAAAGAACCACCUCAGUUUGUCCUGAAACUGCCUCCCACUACGUCUGUGAAACAGUACGAGGGACACUGCUUUGAAUGCAAGGUCACCAGUGUACAGUCUCUGAGAAUAUGCUGGUACAAAAAUGACCAACAGAUAACUGAUGGAGGCAACUAUAAAACAAUGUGUGUUGACUCAACUGCAUACCUCCAGAUCUCCAAUGCAACAUUUGACGAUAACGGAGUUUACUCUUGUGAGGCUCAUAAUGAUGCUGGCAGUGCAAGCUGCAGCAGCGUUCUCACAGUUCAAGAGUCCCCCUCCUUUGUUAAAACUCCAAGCCCUGUGGAGGGCAUAAAAGGCAAAGAUGCUAGUCUGCAUUGUGAGAUGUCUGGCACCCCACCCUUCCAGGUUAACUGGUACAAAGACAACAGGCCACUAAAGGAGGAUAGAAAAUGCAAGAUGGUCAAUGUGGGCAGCUUUGCUACACUUCAUAUUAUAAAGCUGGAGCAAGAUGACGCUGGGCUUUAUGAGUGCAGGGCGUCGAACAAUGUAGGAAGUAAAUCGUGCCAGACUGUCAUUACUCUGAAAGAACCACCAGUGUUUGUGGAGAAACUGGUCGAUCGGUCAGUGAGACUCGGUCAGCAGCUGACGCUGACAGCUACCGUGCACGGCUCGGAGCCACUGACUGUGUCUUGGGUUCAGGACAAAGAUCAUAUUCUCAGAGAAGAUGACAACAGGAGGAUCACCUUUGAAAACAAUGUGGUUGCUCUCGUAGUGCCCCAGGCUGACUCAACCACAGCUGGUAAAUACACCUGCCAGCUGAGGAACGACUGUGGAGCGGUCGAGUCGGUCUCUCAAGUGACGGUUCUAGAACCUGCUGCUAUCGUGGAAAGCCCGGAGCUGUUGAAUGUGAAGUCAGGAGAAACUGUAUCUCUUGAGGUAACAGUAUGUGGCUCACCAGAACUGAAAACUACAUGGUUCAAGGGCAACAAAGAGCUCUCUGCUAAUGCAAAGUAUCAUCUGAGCUUCAAAAAGCAGCUUGCCACCCUGAAGAUUCUGUCUGCUGACAAAGCAGAUGCCGGAGAAUACACACUACAGGUUACGAACCACGUUGGAACAUCCUCUUGCAAAAUUAAGCUCACAGUCUCAGAUAAGUUGAUUCCACCGAGUUUCAUAAAGAAGCUGAGAGAUACCCACCUUGUUGUGGGUAAGCCUGGUGAGAUGGAGUGUAAGAUUACCGGUUCUACUCCUUUAACAACUUCCUGGUUCCAUAAUGGCCAAGAGAUAAACAGUGGGCCAAACUAUGACAUUAGCAGCAUGGAUAAUGUGCGCACGCUGAGAAUUCCAGUGAUUAAGACGUCAGAUUCUGGCAAAUACACAUGUAAAGCUGUGAACGCUGCAGGAGCCAGUGAGACAAGUGCUUCAAUGAAUGUGACAGAACCACCAUCUUUUUCUGAAACGCCCGAGGCUCGAGAAACGUUGCCUGGCCAAAGUGUGUCUUUCUUGGCUAAAGUGAAAGGCAGCAUUCCCAUAAAGGUCAAAUGGUUCAGGGGAGCCAAGGAAAUGCAGCACGGGAGAGGCUGCGAGAUCUCCCUGAAGGACGACGUCGCCACGCUGGUGCUUCAUAAGGUUGAAAAGUCUCAUGCAGGAGAGUACACCUGCCAGAUCGUUAAUGAUGCAGGAAAGGAGAGCUGCUCAGUUUUUCUGUUUGUAAAAGAGCCAGUCCACUUUGUGAAGAGGCUGAGGGACAUUUCCAUUGAAAAGAACAAGCCUCUGAGGCUCGAGGUCACAUAUGCUGGAACCCCAACUGUAAAUGUAACCUGGGAAAAGGAUGGUAAACUCAUCCAAGCCUCUUAUCUGCACAAUAUGAUCACCACAGACACCUCUUGCAUCCUGGAGGUUCUGAACUCUGAAAGGAUGGAGGCAGCUGGUAGAUACUAUUGUGAGAUAGACAAUGGAGCUGGAAGUGACAAAUGUGAAGCACAAGUUACAAUCCUAGAACCACCAUACUUUGUUGACAAGCUGGAGCCAGUGGAGGUAACUAUGGGUGAGGCGGUGACCUUAGAGUGCAGGAUUGCAGGAACUCCUGUGAUCUCUGUCGCCUGGUUUAAAGAGGAUGGAAAGCUGCGCAAGUCCAACAGUUGCUCAAUGGACUUUGCAGAUGGCGUUGCCACUUUGCAACUGUUCAAAUCUACCAAGUCUGAUCACGGUGAAUAUAUCUGCAAGGCCGAGAACCGGGUUGGUUCAGCCUCCACCAGCUGUAGCGUGACUGUGAAAGAGCGCAAAGUUCCUCCAAACUUCACCAGGAAGCCUUCGGAGUCCAUGGUGGAUUCAGUGGGUAAGACCGUAAAGAUCGAGGGCCGCGUGUCCGGCUCUCAACCUCUGACCGUCUCCUGGUACAAGGACAACAGUGAGAUCCGCGCCUCGGACAAAUAUGAUAUCAGCUUCAAAAACAACAUGGCCGUGCUGUGUGUCAGAGGCUCCACGGGCUCUGACGGUGGUGUUUACACCUGCGAGGCCUCCAAUGAAGCUGGCAAAGCUUCUUGUAACGUUUCUCUCACAGUAACAGAGACUGGCCAGGCUCCCAAAUUUGAUGUUCCUCUGGAACCAGUGACUGUGGGUGAAGGGGAGAAGCUGAGCCUCCAGUGCCACGUCACCGGCUCUACUCCAAUAACCAUCCAGUGGAUGAAGGACAGGAGAGAGCUCGUGUCCAGCGGAAACACCAAAAUCUCAUUUGUUGGUGGAACGGCCAAUCUGGAGAUCAGCCAGGUGUCAAAGACGGAUGCUGGAGAUUACCUGUGCAAGGCCAGCAAUGCAAAUGGCACUGACUUCUGCAAGUCUAAAGUCACUGUAAAAGAUAAAGGUGCCAAGGCCACACCCGCUGAGGCUGCUGCCCCGGCUGCAGCCGCCCCGGUCAAAAGGCUCGACAAUCUGUUCUUCAUCGAGGAACCCCAAAAUGUUUCUGUCACAGAGAAGGGUACUGCAACCUUUAUCGCCAAGAUUGGAGGUGACCCAAUCCCCAGUGUGAAGUGGAUGAAGGGCAAAUGGAGACAGAUCACCCCCGGUGGUCGAAUCUCCAUUGAGCACAAGGGCCAGGAUGCCAAACUGCAGAUCAGAGAAGUGACCAAGUCUGAUUCUGGUCAUUACAGAUGUGUUGCCACCAACAAACAUGGAGAAAUUGAGAGUGGCGCUGAUAUGGAGGUGACCAAAAAGGAGGACAUGGGAGAAGUGGGAGACUUAAGAACGAGGCUCAAGAAGACUCCUUCCAAGCAGAAGAGUCCCAAGAAAGAAGAAGAGGUCAACAUUGUAGAGCUGCUUAGAGGUCACGACCCCAAAGACUAUGAGAGGAUCCUGCGGGAACAUGGAAUCCAUGACUACCGUGCCAUCCUGCAGGCCGUGGAGUUCCUGAAGAAGGAGAAGGAGAUGGAGACUGGAAGAGCGGAGGUCGAGCGUGGGGCACGAGUCGAAGAAGAGGACAUGGCCCGACUCAUCGAGCAGCUAGAGGGACGCGUCAGCAUGGAGCCCGUCUCUGUGAUGGAGGACAUCACUGACCAAACCAUCACGGAGAACCAGAGCGCCACCUUUGAGUGCCAGAUUAAGAUCAACUACCCAGAGAUCACGCUCACCUGGUACAAAGGCACCCAGAAACUGGACAACAGCGAAAAGUACGACAUCAGCAGCGUGGGGGACCGCCAUUAUCUGAAAAUCAAGAACUGCCAGGUCAAAGAUCAGGGCAACUACCGCGUGGUGUGCGGUCCUCACAUCUCCAACGCCAAACUGACGGUCACAGAAGAGAAAAAGCCUGCAGAAGAAACUGUUGAGUGGACUGAGGUCGAGGGCAGAGGAGAACUCCCUGAAGUUCCUGAGAUUCACAGGAUGCCAGAGGAGAAACCCUCUGAGCCUGAAGCUCCGCCUCCACCUCUGGUCAAAGUACCUGAAGCAAAGAAGCUACAGCCUGAAGCCCCUGCUCCACCUCAGAGAGAGGAACGUCCAGCUCCAGAAGAACCAGUAGUCUUCACCCAACCUGAACCUUACCCACCCAAACCAGCAACACCAAAACUGGUUCAUUCAGAACCUGAAGUGAAACCCGUGAAACCAGUGGUGCCUAAGCCUGAAGUGGAACCCGUGAAACCAGUGGUGCCUAAGCCUGAAGUGGAACCCGUGAAACCAGUGGUACCUAAGCCUGAAGUGGCUCAAAUUAAGCCUGAGCUCCAAGAACCAAAAGCUGUCCCCACUAAGAAAACGCCAGAGGCCUUAAAACCAAAAGUACCAAAACCACCAAAGUCAGAAGAACCUGUACUUCACCCAAGUGCAGUCCUUGCUUCUCCAUCAUUGGAACAUCUUCCAACUGAAGUGCAAGAAACACCAAGACCAGAACAACCUGUACCUCAACCAUCUGCACCCAAAGUUACUCCACAAAAAGUUGAAGAUGUCCCAGUUAAAGUUGCUUUAGAAUCAAAGAUACACGAACCUCCAAGAAAACCAUAUUUGCUGGCUGAUAAACAUCAGCAGGAAGUAACUGAACCAAGGGACCUGGAAACUCCAGAAAAAAUCAAGGCUCCUGAGGUUCCUGAAGCACCAAAGAAGGUUCCUGAAGCACCAAAGAAGGUUGCUGAAGCACCAAAGAAGGUUCCUGAAGCACCAAAGAAGGUUGCUGAAGCACCAAAGAAGGUUCCUGAAGCACCAAAGAAGGUUGCUGAAGCACCAAAGAAGGUUCCUGAAGCACCAAAGAAGGUUGCUGAAGCACCAAAGAAGGUUCCUGAAGCAACAAAGAAGGCUACAGAGGAACCAAGGAAGCUUCCUGAAGCACCAAAGAAGGUUCCUGAAGCGGCAAAGAAGGCUACAGAGGAACCGAGGAAGCUUCCUGAAGAACCAAAGAAGGUUCCUGAAGAACCAAAAAAGGUUCCUGAAGAACCAAAGAAGGUUCCUGAAAAAACAAAAAAGGUUCCUGAAGAACCAAAGAAGGUUCCUGAAGCACCUAAAAAGCCUCCCAAGGAACCAAAGAAGCUUCCUGAAGAAUCAGUUCCAGAAACACUGAAGAAAGUUCCAGAAGUAGCAAAAACAGCUGUGGUAGAACCACAGAAAGUUCCAACAGCACAGGUUAUAGAACGAUCAGCAGAGCCAGUGAAAGAUCUAGAAGUGUCAGCAGAACCACAACAUUUGGAAACACCAAUACAACAACCGCAGGCCAAAAAGUCUGAAGUCAUCCAAACAGUCAAACAAAGGGGGAUACCAACAGCUCUAGCUAAACCACAGCUGGAGGCGAGUACACCAGUCAAAGAUGAGAUCGUUGCUUCUGGAAAAGUAGAAGACAAGCCAAAGGCCAUAGAAAUCCCUCAGCAGAGAGUUCCUCUGAAGACUCAUCUGAAGCCAACAGCUGAGGUUGAAGGCAGAAAGGAGUGUCCUGCAGAAAAAGGUGUUGAAGAAAGGACUUCCCUUACAGAAGCUGACUACAGGAAACAGGAAGUCGACACAUAUGAAGAAGGAGUCAACGAGUCAACUGCAAGAGAAGAAACCAUUUUGAAAACUGAGAUAAUGGAACAAAUUGAAAAGACAAAGGAGGUGGUUUCUGUAUCAUACAGAGAAGAUCGUCAGGUAGAGAUUAUAGAGCAAUGGAAAACAGAUUAUGAGGCUGAACAACUGGAGUGGACUGGACCUUACAAACCUGAGAAAAUAGAGAAAGAAAUGUCUCAGUGGUCUGCUUCUCCAACUCUAAAGGGGUCUGCCCAUUCUCCUGCAGAACAAGAUGUUGCACCUCCACCUGAAAUGUCUCAUCUUUUGCAGAAAAAGGUUUCUUCUCCUGAUGUUGGUGUUACAUCAGAAAAAGAGGCUUACAAGAAGAAAGAGCAGGCCGAAGAGGCUGGCCUUCCUACUGCGUAUUUACAGACAAGAGUUACUGAAUCAUUAUAUCAUGAAGAAAUUCAAGACUCUGCAAUAGAGGAACUUAAGUCUAAAAAGGUCACCACAUCAAAGAAGCCGAGAGCUCUUACAGAAGUAAUUUGUUUGAAGCAAGAUGGGUCUGUUGAAGGUAAAGCAGAUGUUCCCCAAACCACUCUUUCUCACCCUGCAGCAGUUUCUCCUACAAUGGUAUCUUCAAGUCAAGACAUGGUGAAAACUCCUAAAACUUCCAUAAAUGCAUGUGAUGAAGAUAUUCUACCUCUGGACAAGCCAAGUCUUCUAUCAGAAGAUGCAUCGAUUAAACAAAGUAGGGAUGGAUCACGUUUUGUUACAGAUCAGAUUCCUUCACCCGAGGAGAGACGCUGUUCGGAGGAAGACAUUUCUCCAGCAAAGAAGUCUGUUCUGCCAACCAAACACAGCUCCCCUACACUCUCUGAGGCAGUUUUUGGCCUAAUAGAAGAUCUGUCCCUUGAAGAAGACACUCCUGUCAAGAAACCUAUUCCUUCUGUGCCUGCUCCAGUAAAAACAUCUCAAGUUCAGCAAAUCUCUCCAUCUUUGAGAGUUUCUGAGGAAGCAAACAACUCUGCAACUGAAGCUACACCAACAAGAGCAGAUGACAAGAAAGCAAAGAAGCCAACACAGAAGACUGACCAACAGGCUCUUGAUACAGUGCCUCCUCCUGAGGAGAAGAAACCAUCUCUCCCAGCACCAAAGCCUUCACCUACUCCUCCUCGUGAGCAGAAGGGGGCUCCCCCUGCAGAAUCUCCCCGAGAGGAGAAGAAACCAUCUGCACCAGCACCAAAGCCUUCACCUCCUGCUCCCCCUGCUCCUGAGCAGAAGGUGGCUCCCCCUGCAGUAUCUCCCCCAGAGGAGAAGAAACCAUCUGCACCAGCACCAAAGCCUUCACCUCCUGCUCCCCCUGCUCCUGUACAGAAAGUUGCUCCUCCUGCAGAGGAAAAGAAACCAUCUUCUCCAGCGCCGAAGCCUUCGGCUCCUGCUGCUCCUGCAGCCAAAGUUGCUCCUCCUGCAGUGUCUCCUCCUGAGGAAAAGAAGGUGCCUCCACCAACAACUAAGCCAACAGCAGAGAGAGUGGGUCCCCCCGCAGCUGAAGUUGCAUCGUUGGAGAAGGAAGCUCCUGCACCAGCCGUAAAGGCUGAACCAGCUCCUGUAUCAAAGGAAAUCUCGCCGCCUGAAGACAAGGAACCAGUGUCAGCACCUGGACCAACAAAAGUGCCGUCUCUUAAGCAAAAGGGUAAGAUUCCUGUUCAGGAGGCAAAAACACCCGAAUCACCUAAGCUGAAGAGUAAGUUCACCAGAAUACCGAAAGAGAAAGAACCAGAACCAGAGGUCAUUAAGCUGAAGAAGGUUCCAGUGAAACCUCCAGAGCCAGAGAAACAAGUCGUAACUCAUAAGGCAGAAGUGACGAGGCAUCACGAUCCAGAGCUAGCAGUUCAUGGGCUUCAUGACAGAGACGAUCGAGAGAUAAUCACACUUGGUAGAACUGAACGAGUAUUCACUGCAGAUGAGGAAACUAUUGAGUUAAGCCAUUUUGAGGAAAUGGAAAGCCUUACAGUUGUGCAAAAACCAGAACCUGGCAAAUGGACAAGAACCUUAAAACCUCAGAAAGACGAGGCACCGGAGGAGCCGCAUGUCGCAAAGAAGAAAAUAACUAAAUUGCCAAAAGCAGAUGAGCAAAAAGAAUCAGUGAAACUAAAACCAUUUGAAACAUUUGGGAAACAAGAUGCUGAAUUACAAGCAAUCAAACUAAAAAAGGUGCCACCUAAACCAAAGGAGCCUGAAAAGGAAGUCAUAACUCAUAAAGUUGAAGUGACAAGGCAUUAUGAUGCAGAAUUAACAGUCCAGAAACUUCGUGAUAGAGAGGAUCGAGAGUUAGUAACAGUUGAGAGAAAGGAACGAGUUUUCACAGCAGCUGAAGAGACAUCUGAACUCAGCUUUGCAGAGGAACCUGAAAAACUGGAGGCAGAAGAUGAGAAAUCAAGAUGGGUAAGAGCCCCAAAAGCACCAAAAGAAGAGGAACCAGAGUCAGAUUUAAAUAAAAAGAAAAUAAAAAAAUUACCAAAGAAGGACGAGGACCAGGAAGUAGUUACACUGAAGCCAUUUCAAAAACCCCAAAAACAAGAAGCAGCUGAACCUCCGAAGGCUGAGACAGAAGCUGAGGCAAAAACAGAUACUGAGCGGAGUCCUUACAUGAGAGGUGAGCUGCCACGAAGAGAUCAACCUGCUGCUGCUGUAAAACACCAGAAAGAUGAUGACGAUGCUCCACUGAUGAAUGACAAUGCAUCUCCACAUAUCAACAAAGACCAAAAGGAAAUCCCACAUAAGAAAAAGGUUGAUCAAGUACCCAAAGAUGUAGAAACUACAGCGGCCGAAAAGCUCCGCAGAAAACCUAAAAUUAUUUCUACACCUGAUAAAGAGAAAGAGCAGGUUGUGUUGAAACCAUUCACUAAAAUCACCAAGCCUGAAGAAAAGCCAGAAAAAGCAUCAGAAGAGAAGAAGAAGCCUUUGGACACAAAGGUACCCAGUCAAGCAACUAAAGAGCCGAAGGAACAACUUAAGAAAGCUGAAAAGACUGUAACGCCUAAAAAAGACAACGAAACACCUCAGAAGAAGGAGAAACCAGCUGAGAAGCCCAGUCCUCCAAGUCAGAAAGAAGAAGAGAGACCGAGUCCUCCAAAGCAAACCGAUAUCCUGAAGAAAAGUCCAGAAAUCAAAAAGACUCCUUCACCCAAAGCCAAGAUAAGUCAAGAUAAGCCUGAAGAGGAAAAGCCCCUCAAACCUAUUGAGCAGCUGAAGAAGGUUGAACUAAAAAAGACCCCAUCACCCAAGAUAGAGAAAAUAAAGCCAAGUGAAGUGGAGCAAAUUCCCAUCGAGAAGAAGCCAAGUGGUGAAAAAGUCAAAAGGAUUCCCAAGACUGUUUCGCCAAAAGACUCCACUGAAACCGUGACCCUCAAAAAGGUGCCCAAGAAGCCCUCACCAGAGGGGCCCUCAGAAAGGCCUGAUACAGGGCGGAUCCCUCUGGUGAAGGAGAUCUCUCCUGGAGCUGUGGAGAUGAAGCGGGUGACAACCCAGCCAGAGGAGGAGGUAUGUGAAGAGGAGGGUGAAAAAAUGGUAGCCGACGAAGAUGAGGAGGUCUGGGACUGGGAGCUGGUUCCACCGGAAGACUGGGAAGGUGAAGGGGUGGAUGGGGCGCUGGAGACUCCAGGCAUGCCCGGCGCCAAGAGAGAUGGAAAACCAACAGAAGAGCCCGCCAAAGGCCGAGGUCGAGGAUUUGGGGCGAGACAAACUCCAUCUCCUGGUGAAGGAGGCAGGGGCCGGGGUCUAAAGCCAGGUGGAAAAGGCCCAUCACCUCCCGAGGACCCAUUUGGAGGAUUCAAGCUCAAACCUGUCCAGCUGAAGUUCAUUAAGAAGCUUAAGGACAUUGUGCUGCAGGAAGCUGAGUCCAUCGGCUCCUCCGCGGUGUUUGAGUGCGAGGUCUCGCCUUCCACGGCCAUCACUUCGUGGAUGAAAGAUGACAGCAACUUGCGUGAGAGCCCCAAGCACAAGUUUACAUCUGAUGGCAAAGAUCGCAAGUUGCACAUUAUUGAUGUGCAACUAUCUGACACUGGAGAAUACACGUGUGUGGCUAAGAAUGCGGGCAAGGAAAUAACAUGCACAGCCAAGUUAAUUGUUGAAGAGCUGCCUGUGAAAUGGUUGAAGGAACUGGAACCAGAGACAACAUGCAUUAAGGGUCAGCCAAUGUACCUCACCUGUGAGCUGAACAAAGAACGGGACGUCAUUUGGAAACGUAACGGUCAGGUUCUGAAAACAAAGGCUGGAAAAGUGGCCGUUAAUGUAAUUGGCAUGCAGCAUGCUGUGACCAUCCAGAACUCCACCGAUGAAGAUGGCGGCGCCUACACCUGUGAGGUCGAUGGACAGGAGGACGUCAAGACUACAACUAACGUCAAAGUUAUUGAAACCAUCAAAGACUGGCUGGUGAAGCCUCUGAGAGACCAGCAUGUGAAACCAAAGGCAAAGGCCACCUUCAAGUGUGAGCUGUUCAAGGACACGCCCAACUGGAAGUGGUUCAAAGGAGAAAACGAGCUUACUCCCUCUGACAAGGUCGAGAUCAAUAAAGAUGGAAAGGACAUGACGCUCAGCAUCAAUAACUGCCAGCCUGAUGAUGUAUCAGACUACACCAUCCAGGUGGAGGAUCGCAGAUAUACAGCCAAGCUGACACUUGGAGAGCGUGAGGCUGAGAUCCUGAAGCCACUCUCCAGUGUGGAGGUGGUUGAGAAGGAAGAGGCCAACUUUGACUCUGAGAUAUCAGAGGACGAUGUGGCCGGUGAAUGGAAGCUGAAAGGCCAGGUGUUGACUAGAUCUCCGACCUGUGACAUUAAAGCUGAGGGCAAAAAACGUUUCCUGACACUGAAAAACGUGCAGCUGGAUCAGGCUGGUGAAGUGACAUACCAGGCUCUGAACGCCGUCACCAGCGCUAUGCUCACCGUCAAAGAAAUCGAAAUGGGCUUUGUUGACCCGCUCAAGGACCUUUCUGUGCCUGAAAAGAAGCAGGCUAAGUUUGAGUGCACCAUCACUAAGGACGUGUCAAAGGUCAUAUGGUUCAGGGGGACAGAGAUUGUCACUCCAAGCCCUAAAUAUGAAAUAAUUGAUGACGGAAAGAAGCACAUGCUGAUCAUAAACAGCUGUGAGUUUGAUGACGAGGCUCAGUACACGAUCGAAGCGUUGGGUCAGAAAUCAACGGCUCAGCUGAUGGUGGAGGGCAUGAGGCUGAGUUUUGUCCAGCCGCUUCAGGACCAAACGGUCAAAGAAGGUAACGCGGCACGCUUUGAUCUCGAGCUGUCUCAUGAGGACGUGCCAGUGGUCUGGUACCGAAACGAAGUCAAACUCCACGUGAGCCGAACGGUUCUGAUUCACGUGGAAGGAAAGAGACACACUCUAGAAAUGAGGACGCUGAGUCUAGAUGAUACCUGCCAAAUUAAGGCAGAGGCUAAAGGCAUUUACUCCAUGGCCAAGCUGACGGUCGUAGAGGGCGACCCCAUCUUUGUGGUGAAGCUACAGGAUUACUCAGCCACCGAGAAAGAAGAGGUGACCCUGGACUGUGAACUGAGCAAAGACGUCCCGGUGCUUUGGUACCACGAAGAGAAGGAAAUCAUCGCCUCCAAGAUGGUCAUCAUGAGGUCAGAGGGCACGCGCAGGUCUCUGGUCCUGAAGAAAGUGGAACUGAGCGACAAAGGCAAAUAUGUAUGUGACUGUGGAACAGACAAGACGUCAGCCAACAUCAAUAUUGAAGCACGCGACAUCAAAGUCGUCCGGCCGAUUUAUGGCGUGGAGUUGUUUGAUGGAGAAACGGCUCGUUUCGAAGUGGAGAUCUCUGAGGACGACGUCCACGGACAGUGGAAGCUGAACGGAGCGGUGCUCAGUCCGUCCUCUGAUGUGGACAUCAUCGAGGAAGGAGGCAAGCACACGCUGAUCCUCUACAACUGCAAAGUGUCCAUGACCGGCGAGGUGGCGUACUCUGCUGCUAAUGCCAAGUGCGCCGCUAACCUCAAGGUCAAAGAACUCCCGCUGAACUUCCUCACACCCAUGACUGAUGUUCAGGUCUAUGAGAAGGAUGAUGUGAGGUUCGAGGUCGAGGUGUCGAGAACUCCAAAGACUUUCCGUUGGCUCAAAGGCUCACAGGAGCUGCAGAGCGAUGAAAAGUACGAGGUGAUCCAGGAGGGAAAUUUGUACGUCCUGGUGAUCCGAUCGGCCGCCUACGAUGACGAGGCAAAGUACAUGUUUGAGGCCGAGGACAAGAGGACGACGGGCAAACUGGUUAUACAAGGUAUUCGCCUAGAGUUUGUCAAAGCAAUCAAGGAUGUGACAGUAAAGGAGCGUGAAACAGCUGAAUUCAGCGUGGAGCUGUCACAUGACAAGAUCCCGGUGGUCUGGUACAAGAACGACGUCCGACUUCAUCCCAGCAAAGUUGUUCACAUGUCGGCACAGGCGAAGGUUCACACGCUGGCCUUCAAGGAAGUCAUCAUCGACGACACGUCCAUGAUCAAAGUAGAGGCCAUGGACAAGAGCAUGACCGCCAUGCUCACUGUCAUUGAGGGUGACGCCUACUUCACCACUAAGCUGCAGAACUACACAGCAGUGGAGAGGGACGAGGUGAAGCUGGUCUGCGAGCUGAGCAAGGCUGUAGCUGAUGUGAAAUGGUUUAAGGAUGGGAAGGAGAUCACCCCCUCCAAGAACAUCGCCAUUGUCACCGAUGGCAAGAAGCGCAUCCUGAUGGUGAGGAAGGCAGAGAAGGCCAACAUCGGAGAGUACACCUGCGACUGCGGCUCGGACAAAACCACAGCUAAGCUCAACAUUGAAGAGCGGGAUAUCAAAGUUGUCCGUCCGCUGUACAGUGUGGAGGUCACGGAGACAGAAACAGCCAAGUUUGAGACUGAGAUUUCUGAGGAGGAUGUCCAUGGAAACUGGAAGCUGAAGGGAGAAGCUCUUCAUCAGUCAGCUGAUGUUGAGAUUAAGGAGGAAGGAACCAGACACCUACUGAUCCUCUACAACGUCUGCAUGGACAUGGCAGGACCCGUUGACUUCUCUGCAGCCAACGCCAGAUCCAGCGCCCAGCUCAGAGUCAAAGCUCGGUCCAUCACGCUGGUCCAUCCUCUGAAGGACGUGACGGUGACGGCUGGAGAGACGGCCAUCUUUGAGUGCGAGCUGUCAUACGAGGGCAUCGCGGUGGAGUGGUUCCUGGGAGGGCAGAGGAUGGAGGCCAGCGACCGGGUGAAGACUCGGGUGGCGGGCCGAGUUCACACUUUGACCGUCCGAGACGUGAACCUGUCGGAGGCCGGCGAGGUCAAACUUACUGCCAAGGACUUCCAGACUCAGGCUCAGCUUAUCGUCAGAGAGCCAGCGGUUGAGUUCACAAAGCCUCUGGAGGAUCAGACGGUGGAGGAGGAAGCCACGGCCACUCUGGAGUGUGAGGUUUCCCGUGAGAAUGCUGAGGUACGAUGGUUCAGGGAGGGACAGGAGCUCAGAAAGACCAAGAAGUACGACACCAUCGUGGACGGACGCAAGAGAGCUCUGAUCAUUCACGACUGCUCUCCUGAAGAUGCCAAGUUGUACACAUGUGAUGCCAAAGACUUCAAGACUUCUUGUUUCCUGGAAGUUACACCUCCGUACGUUGAGUUUACAAAGCCUCUGCAGGAUGUUGAGGUCAGAGAGAAGGAGUCUGCCAAGUUUGAAUGUGAAGUUUCUCGUGAGUCUGCCAAGGUUCGCUGGUUCAAGGACGGUGGCGAGAUCAGGAAAGGAAAGAAGUACGAGAUCAUCGCCAAGGGAGUCCAGAGAAUUCUUAUCAUCCACAAGUCUGUGUUUGAUGAUGAAGCCGAGUACGAAUGUGACGCGAGAACCUCCAAGACCUCUGGCAUACUCACCGUCAUCGAGGAGGCAGCCAGGUUUACAAAGAACCUGUCCAACGUGGAGGGAACAGAGACGAACACCGUGAAGAUGAUCUGCGAAGUGUCGAAGGCCGGCGCUGAGGUUACCUGGUAUCGAGGGGACGAGGAGCUCCCAGAGGGAGGUCGCUACGACCAACAGACGGACGGACGCAAGAGGAUCCUGAUCAUCCGGGACCUGAGGAUGGAGGACGCUGGUGAUUACAACUGCAGGCUGAGUCCCACCAUCAGGACAUCCGCCACGCUCAAACUCAACGAACUGGCAGCUGAGUUCCUCGCUCGGCCUCAGAACCAGGAAGUGGUGGAGGGCGAGAAGGCAGAGUUCUCCUGCUCUGUCUCCAAAGACACCUACGAAGUAAAAUGGUUCAGAGGAGACAAAGAGAUAGAAGCUGGAGACAAGUACGGCAUCAUCAGUGAAGGAAAACGAAGAGCUCUUAUUGUGAAAAGCUGUGAGCUGAAGGAUGAGGGAGGCUACACUGCACACAUUGGCACUGUUAAAGCCGUGGCAGAUCUGCUAGUGAUCGAAAAACUGAGGAUCAUAACUCCGAUCAAAGACACCGAGGUGAAGGAGGGAGGCGAGAUCGUGUUUAACUGCGAGACCAACACGGAAGGAGCGAAGGCCAAGUGGCUGAAGAAUGAGGAGACCAUUUUUGAGAGCAGCAAGUACAUGAUGGCUCAAAGGGACAACGUCUUCUCUCUGAGGAUCAGAGACGCCCAGAAGGCUGAUGAGGCCGUCUAUACCGUCAGCCUGACCAAUCACAGAGGAGAGCUCGCCAAGUGCACUGCCAGCGCUAAAGUGGCAGAGGAGAAACUGAGGUUCUUGGAGCCAAUCGAGGACAAUGAGACUCAGGAGAAGAAGACCGUCAGCUUCGUCUGUAAGGUGAACAGGCCCGGGGCGACGGUGAGGUGGCUGAAGGCUGGUCAGGAGGUGACACUCAGCAAACGCAUCGUCUACAGAGUCGAUGGCCUGAAGCACAGCCUGACCGUUAAGGACUGCAUCAUGGAAGACGAGGGCGAGUACACGGCCGUGGUCGGAGAUGACAAAUGUGCAGCUGAGCUGAUCAUUAGCGAGGCACCCACAGACUUCACGGCACAGCUCAAAGACCAGACCAUUACAGAGUUCGAGGAUGCAGAGUUCACUUGCAAGCUGAGCAAGGAGAAGGCUGCCGUCAAGUGGUACAGGGAAGGACGAGAGAUUCGAGCGGGCCCCAGAUAUCAAAUGGAAAAAGAAGGAAAGACGUGCAGACUGAUCAUUAAGGUGUGCAGGCCUGAUGACGAGUGUGAAUAUGCCUGUGGUGUGGAUGAGAGGAGGACGAGAGCGAGGCUCUUUGUUGAAGAGACCCCAGUGGAAAUCAUCAGACCACCGCAGGACGUGUUCGAACCUCCGGGUUCAGACAUCGUGUUUGAGGUGGAGCUCAACAAAGACAGGGUGGAGGUGAAGUGGAUGAGGAACAACAUGAUCAUCGUCCAGGGAGACAAAUACCAGAUGAUCAGCGAGGGUAAAGUCCACAGACUGCAGGUCUGUGAAAUUAGACCCAGAGAUCAGGGAGAGUACAGGAUCGUGGCCAAAGACAAGGAUGCCCGGGCCAAGCUGGAGCUGGCAGCUGUUCCAAAGAUUAAAACCACCGACCAGAACCUGGUGACAGAUGCCGGUAAACCCUUUGUCAUGACUGUGCCUUAUGACGCGUACCCUCGUGCUGAUGCCGAGUGGUUUUUUGAAGGCACCAGUCUUCCUGUCCAGAAUAUUGACACCUCUUUGGACAAGACCGAGUACCGCCUGAAGAGCCCUGCCAAGGAGGACCAGGGCCGGUACAAGGUGGUAAUUAAGAACAAGCAUGGUGAGGGUGAAGCCUUUAUCAACCUGGAUGUGAUUGAUGUACCGGGACCCAUCAAGAACCUGAGAGUGGUUGACACUGUUGAUGGCGAGGUCAGUUUGGCCUGGGAGGAACCUGAGAAUGACGGUGGCAGCAAGAUUAUCGCCUAUGUUGUAGAAAGACGGGAUGUGAAGCGCAAGACCUGGACUGUGGCUACAGACCGUGCUGACACUCCAGAGUACUGUGUCAGUGGCCUGCAGAAGGAAUCCUUUUACCUCUUCAGAGUCUGUGCUCGAAACAGAGUUGGCAGCGGACCCGCUGUUGCAACCGAAGAUGCCGUCCAGGCCAAAAACAAGUUUGAUGUUCCAGAUGCUCCUGAAAAUGUUGCAGUAGAGUCAGUGAACAAGUUUGGUGCCACCAUCACUUGGGAGCCCCCCAAGUUUGACGGUGGCUCUGAGAUCACUGCUUAUGUGAUUGAGCUCCGUGACAGAACAUCUGUUAAGUGGGAGGCAGCCUUAGUCUGUGCUGCCGAUGACCGCUUGGCUAUGCUGAACGACGUGGUGGAGUACAAGGAGUACAUCUUUAGAGUCCGAGCAGAGAACAAGGCUGGCAUCGGCAGGCCCAGUGCUGCCACCAACCCCGUCAAGAUCAUGGAUCCCAUCGAGAGGCCGAGCCCACCUCUGAACCUGAACUUUAGUGACCAAAUCAAGACAGCAGUCACGUUGACCUGGGAGACGCCCAUAAACAACGGUGGCAGCAUGAUUACAGGAUACAUCAUUGAGAAAUGUGAGGACGGCUCUGACAAGUGGCUCCGCUGCAACACCAGACUGUGUCCUGACCUCUCCUACCGGGUGUCUGGACUAAAACCUGGUCAGAAGUACCUCUACAGAGUUUGCGCUGAGAAUGCCGCCGGUGUCUCCGAUCCAGCCGAGCAGCUGGGACCACUGCUUGCCGAUGAUCCUCAUUUUGGUCCAACCUUUGAUCUGAGUGGCUUCAGGAAAGGCCUGGAGGUGAUUGUUCCUCAGCCUCUAACAAUUAGAGUUCCCAUUACUGGAUACCCAACCCCUGUGGCCAAGUGGACCUUUGGCGAGAAGGAGCUGACCCCAGCGGAUGAGCGUGUCUCCAUGGUGACGAAGCCUACGCACACGGAACUGACGAUAUCUCCUAGUGUUCGUCCAGACAAAGGCAUCUACACCCUGCAGCUGGAGAACGACGUAUCCUCUGUCUCUGGAGAUAUUGAUGUCAACGUCAUCGCAUGCCCCAGUGCUCCGAAGGACUUCAAAGUGGCUGAAGUGACCCGUCAACAUGUCCACUUGAUGUGGGAGGCACCUGAACACGAUGGAGGAAGUCCAGUGACACACUAUCAGAUUGAGAAGAGAGAAGUUUCUCGCAAGACAUGGGCCAAGGUGGCUGCUGGCGUCCUUGACCUGGAGCACACGGUAACAGACGUGAUUGAAGGAAAGGAGUAUCUGUUCAGCGUCUCUGCAUGCAACAAGUGCGGACCUGGAGAGCCAGCCUACAUCGAUGAGCCCAUCAAUGUCUCUUCUCCUGCAACUGUACCUGAUCCACCUGAGAACCUUAAGUGGCGCGAUAAGAGUGCCAAGUCCAUUUUCCUGUCCUGGGAGCCUCCAAAAUACGAUGGUGGUGCCCAUAUUAAAGGCUACGUGGUGGACAAGUGCCAGCGUGGUACAGACAAGUGGGAACCCUGCGGUGAUCCCCUCCCUGAACUCAAGUUCCAGGUUACCGGCCUGGUCGAGGGCCAGUGGUACGCCUACAGAGUCAGAGCUUUUAACAAGCUGGGAGCCAGCCGACCUUGCAGGGCUACCGAUGAGAUCCAAGCUGUGGACGCUAAGGAACCUCCUGAGAUCCAGCUCGAUGUGAAGUUGCUGGCUGGAUUAACCACCAGAGCUGGCAGCAAGAUUGAGCUUCCUGCAGAUGUGAAAGGGAAGCCCGAUCCCCGGGUGAAGUGGACCAAAGCAGACGUGGUCCUGCGGGCUGAUAACCGCAUUGCCAUCGACACCCAGCCAGGACACUCGAAGGUUUCCAUUGACAACACCACCAGAGGAGACACCGCCACCUACAUCAUUGAGGCAGUCAAUGCCUGUGGACGAGCCACUGCCACUAUUGAUGUCAACAUCCUGGAUAAACCGGGCCCUCCAGCUGCUUUAGAUAUCUCUGAAAUCACCAACGAAUCCUGCGUCCUGGCCUGGAACCCUCCCAGAGAUGAUGGUGGGUCUCCCAUCACCAACUACAUUGUGGAAAGUCGUCAGACUGACAAGGAGGAGUGGGUCAAGCUGUCAGCCACGGUGAAGCACACCACCUUCAAGGCCACCAAGCUCACAGCAUUGAAAGAGUACAUUUUCAGGGUCAGUGCUGAGAACCAGUAUGGCAUUGGUGAACCUGCAGAGCAUGUGCCAAUCACUGCCAAGUAUUCCUUCGAUCCUCCGGGUCCCCCAACCAGAAUCACUCCCUCUGACAUCGCCAAGGACGCUGUCACUCUGACCUGGUUAGAGCCUGACGAGGAUGGCGGUAGCCCCAUCACUGGAUACUGGAUUGAGAAGUUAGAUCCGGAGAGUGACAAGUGGAUCAGAUGUAACAAACUACCCAUCUCGGACACAACAUUCAGGGUAAAGGGUCUCACCGCCAAGAAGAAGUACCGCUUCCGUGUUCUGGCUGAAAAUCUAGCUGGACCUGGAAACCCAAGUGCAGAGACUGAUCCCAUCCUCAUCAAAGAUCCUAUUGAUCCUCCAUGGGCUCCUGGUAAACCUGUCAUCAGGGACAUUGCCAAGACCUCAGCCCUGUUAGGAUGGACUCGUCCAGAGCACGAUGGUGGGGCUAAGAUUGAAGGCUACAUCAUUGAGUUCCAGAAGGCUGGAAGCGAGGAAUGGAUCAAGAUUGCAGAGGAUGUUCCUCAGACUGAGCAUCAGCUGAAGGGUCUAAUAGAAAAGCAAGAAUACUCUUUCAGAGUCAGGGCCGUCAAUAAGGCUGGUGAGAGCGAGCCCAGUGAGCCCAGCGACCCCGUGGUCUGCAAGGAGAGACUCUAUCCUCCAUCAGCUCCUCAGUGGCUGGAGGUGGCGAACAUCACCAAAAUUAACGCAGACCUAAAGUGGCAGCCUCCCAGCAGUGAUGGCGGCUCACCCAUCACCAACUACGUGGUUGAAAAGAGGGACGUGAGGCGGAAGGCGUGGCAGACUGUCGAUACCACCGUCAAGGAACAGAAGUAUACGGUUACCCCUCUCAACGAAGGAUCGCUGUAUGUGUUCCGGGUUGCUGCAGAGAAUGCCGUUGGGAUGGGUGAAUUUUGCGAGCUGGAGGAUGCCGUUCUUGCCAAGGACACUUUUACAACUCCUGGACCUCCUUAUGCACUGACAGUGGUGGAAGUCACCAAGAGACACGUGGAGCUGAAGUGGGAACCUCCCAAUAGCGAUGGUGGAAGACCAAUAACAAAGUAUGUGAUUGAGAAGAAAGAAAAGGUGGGAACUCGCUGGCUGAAGUGCUGCAAAACUCCGGACAGAAAGACUCAGUUCAAGGUAACGGAUGUUGAUGAAGGUUCAGAAGUGCAGUUCCAGGUCAGAGCUGAGAACGAGGCUGGAGUUGGAGAUCCAAGUGAACCCACCGUGAUUCUCACCAUUGAAGAUCCAACCAGUGCACCAUCACCUCCACUUGAAGUGGUCAUCCCUGAUGCCAGCAGGGAGCACAUCAAUGUCACCUGGAAGCCUCCGGUCAAGGACGGGGGUUGUCCUGUCACUGGGUACCAUGUGGAGGUGGCAGAAGCCCGUCCAGAACUAAAGUGGCUCAGGGUCAACAGCAGACCCAUCAAGGAGCUAAAUUUCAGGAUAGAUGAUGGAAUCAAACCUGAGAAAAAGUAUGUCAUUAGGGUUCGGGCCAUCAACUCUGUCGGAGUCAGUGAUCCCUCUGAUGUCUCUGAUAAGGUCGCCACCAAAGAUCCUGACUGUGCUCCAACCAUGGAUUUGGAAGCAAAGGACGUGAUAGUGGUUGAAGGUGAGAAGCUGCACCUGAAUAUUCCCUACAGGGCAAUCCCGACACCCAAGAUGGUUUGGCAGAAGGACACUGUGGAGUGUAAGGCCGGUGACCGGCUCUCCCUGACAGUGGAGAUGAACAGCGCCCACCUGGAGCUGCUCAAGUGCAGCCGCGGUGAUGCUGGCGCCUAUGCCAUCACUCUGGAAAACAGUCUGGGAACUGCCACUGGAACCGUCAAUGUCAAAGUCAUCGGACUCCCUGGUCAGUGUAAAACUAUCACCUCCAGUGACGUCACCAAGAACAGCUGCAAGGUCAGCUGGGAAGCUCCAGAGGAUGAUGGCGGCACCCCCAUUGUCAGCUAUACCCUGGAGCGCCGUGAAGCGUCCAAAAAGACUUACAUGCCUGUUAUGUCAGGAGAAAAUGUCCUAACAAGUACAGUCAAAGAUCUCUUUGUCAACUGUGAGUACUACUUCAGGGUGAAAGCUGUCAACAAGGUCGGAGCGGGACAAUAUUUGGAGUUACAAAACCCGGUCAUUAUAGAGGAAAUAAAACAGAAACCAGACCCACCCAUCCAAGUGGAGGCUCAUGACCCAACGUCCAAGUCCAUCACAGUCACCUGGAAGGCUCCAGACUACGAUGGCGGCUGUCCCAUCCAGGGCUACAUCAUAGAGAAGAUCGAGAAGGACGGCGACCGCUACGAGAGGGUCACACCAAGCCUGGUCCCUGGUUUCUCCUACGUGGUGAUGGGCCUAAAGGAGGACAUGGAGUACCAGUUCAGGGUCAGAGCUGAGAAUGCUGCCGGAGUCAGCGAGCCGUCACGCAGCUCACAGCCCAUCAAGGCUGCAGACCCUGUUGAAAAACCCAAGGUCACCCUGCACGCCCGUGUUCAAUCUGGGCUCUGCAUCAAGAAAGGUGAGGAAAUCUGCAUUGACGCCUACAUCUCUGGCUCCCCAUAUCCCAAAGUCACCUGGCUGAGAAAUGAUGAGGAUGUCACCAAAGAGCCCACCAAGAAGUUCAUUCCUGUUAUCAAGAAGAAGAAGACCAAAGCCAAGGUUCCAGAACCAGAGGAGGAGUUUGUGACUCCCCUGCGUGAGCGUCUGGGUAUAGACCAGACCAAGAAGGGACAAUCUGCACUGAUGAUCCGUGAUGCCGUCAGAACCGAUCACGGCAGCUUCACUAUCAAGGUGGAAAACACACAUGGUGUUGCCACCGCUUCCUGCGUCGUCAACGUCCUAGACAAACCUGGUGCUCCGAUUAACUUCACCUUUGAUGAGAUCAGGAACACGUCGGUCAUCUGUAACUGGGAGCCUCCUGAGGAUGAUGGUGGCAGCGAGAUCCUGAACUACAUUCUGGAGAAGAAAGACAACAAGAAGGACGAGACUGGCUGGAUCACCGUCACUUCUACCCUGAAGGGCACCAGCUGCCCCGUCACCAAGCUCAUCGAAGGGAAGGAGUACAUCUUCAGAGUCACUGCUGAAAACAAGUAUGGCUGUGGUCCACCGUGCAUCUCCGAACCACUCGUCGCCAAGAACCAGUUCAGUCCUCCUGAUGCUCCCAACACUCCCAGAGUCCACGAGGUGACGGCAAGCACCGCGCACAUCUCCUGGCAUGAGCCAAAGGACAAUGGAAGCCCCAUCCUGGGUUACUGGAUCGAGAGGAAGGAGGUGAACAGCAAACACUGGACCAGAGUCAACCGAGCCCUCCUCAACUCUCUCGAGGUGAAGGUGACUGGCCUGAUGGAGGGCUUGACCUACAUCUUCAGGGUCUGUGCUGAGAAUCUGGCUGGCCCCGGGCCCUUCAGUGAUCCGACCGAUCGCAUUGUCGCCAUGGAUGAAAUCCUGCCUCCUGGUCCACCAAUUCCAUGGAUCGUGGACACCGGGAAGGACUCUGUUGUUGUGGCGUGGAAGCCCCCGCUGUACAAUGGUGGUGGAGACAUCCUGGGAUACCACGUUGAGAAGGUUCUGGCCGGAGAGAAAGACUGGAGCCGCAGCACCGAGUUCAGGUGUAAAGAGCUGACGUACACUGUGACCGGCCUCACUGAGGGAGCAGAUUAUUAUAUCCGGGUUCUUGCAGUCAAUGACGCAGGCCCAGGAGCUCCUGGUGUUACUGAACCCGUUACCGUCAAAGAGCCCCAAGAAUCUCCUGUUGUGGAUUUCGAUGACUCUGUGAAGAACGGCGUCAUGAUUAGGGCCGGCGAGUCUCUGAGGCUUCCUGCUGUGGUCCGUGGUCGACCCCAGCCGGAGGUAAAAUGGGCCAAAGAUGAGGCUGAAAUCGACAAAGAGAGGAUGAUUGUGGAGACCGUGGGGAAGAACAGUACAUUGUUCAUCAAGAAGGCUGUGAGGGCAGAUCACGGAAAGUACCAGAUCACCGGCACCAACAGCAGUGGGAGCAAGACCGCCGAGACAAGAGUGGAUGUUAUGGAUGUUCCUGGGCCGGUGGUUGACUUGAAGGCUGUUACAGUUACCAAGAAGAACAUCGUCCUCACCUGGUCUGACCCCGUGGAUAAUGGUGGCAGCGAUAUCAUUGGUUAUGAGGUGCUAAAGAAGGAUGCCAAUAUGAAGCUCUUCCGCCAGCCCAUUGAGACUGCAUCCUGCAAGUGUGAUGUCCAAGGCCUGCUGGCUGGCGAGCAGUAUGAUUUCAGAGUCAUUGCCAGGAACAAGUAUGGUGAUGGACUUCCAGCAGACCUGGGUCCCAUCUUAGCUGAGGAUCCAAAAGGUACACCAUCUGCCCCAGAGAAACUGCACUACACCAACAGAAGCAAGAACACCAUCACUCUGGCCUGGCAGCCUCCUCGCACUGAUGGUGGCAGCCCCAUCAGAGGAUACUAUGUGGAGAAGAUGAGGUCUGACAGCACCGAGUUUGAAGUGGCCAACCGCAAGAUCUUCACUGAGUGCUGUGGAACCAUUGAGAACCUGUCGGAGAACCAGGAGUAUGACUUCCGUGUCAAAGCCGUGAACGAGGUUGGAGAAGGAGAUCCAUCCAAAAGAAUCACCGUCAAGAUCCAGGAUGAUGAGAUUGCUCCCAGCAUUACAAUCUUGAAAUUCAUCAAGAGCAACGCCAUCAAUGUGAGGAAAGGCGCCGCCAUCGACAUCCCAGCAGAAGUGAGGGGACUUCCUCUGCCGACACUGCAGUGGAUGAAGGAUGACGUCGUGAUCGAGAAGACCGAUGAGGAGAAGAUGACGAUGGAGACUGAGGAGGUGGACCGGACAACCAUAAGGACGAAGAUCGCCAUCCCAGAAACCAUAAGGCAGGACAAAGGCAGCUACAAGCUGGUUGCUGAAAACUGCCACGGGAAAGCUCAGCAGAUCAUCAAAGUCGAGAUCCUCGACCGUCCUCUUCCUCCACGGAACAUCGUGGUCUCAGACAUCAAAGCAGACUCGUGCUACCUGACCUGGGACGCUCCAGAAGACAAUGGAGGAAGCGAGAUUACUAACUACAUUGUUGAGCGCAGAGAUGCAAGCAAGAAAAAGUCUGACUUUGAUGUUCUCACCAUCAACCUCAUUGACAGGAGAUAUGGGGUGUACAAACUGGACUUGAAUGGUAGCUACCAGUUCAGGAUCAAAGCUGAAAACAAAUAUGGCGUCAGUGAUGGCUGCGACUCAGAGAAAGUCCAGCUGCGGGAUCCAUUUGGUCUUCCUGGACCUCCACGUAAUGCAAAAAUUAUUGCUGCUACAGCGACCACAAUGACCGUGACUUGGGAUCCCCCUCUGGACAACGGUGGUUCCACCAUCCAGGGAUAUUGGCUGGAGAAGAGGGAACGUGGUGCUGUGUACUGGGGUCGUGUCAACCGAGCUCCAGUCACCAAACCGGCAGUGAAAGGCCUGCAGUACACCGUGCUGAAGCUCAUAGAAGGAACAGAGUACCAGUUCAGGAUUUCAGCCUGCAAUGCUGCUGGUGUUGGACCACCCAGCGAGGCCACAGAGUGCCGCUUUGCUGUGGAUCCAUGCAACCCUCCAAGCAUACCUGGAAAUCCUGAAAUUAAAGACAAGACCAAGAACAGCGUCACUCUAACCUGGACCCCACCGGACAAAGAUGGCGGGAGCCCAAUCAAGGGUUACAUUAUAGAGGUUCAUGAGGAGGGCUCUCCUGAUUGGAGGAGAGUGAAUCCUGCUGAUAAGCUCCACCCCUCCACUGAAAUCACUGUACCUGACCUGAAGGAAGGCAAGAAGUGCAAGUUCAAGAUUUACGCGGUGAACUCUGCUGGAAACUCAGAGCCUGCUAGGACUGGUGACAUCCUGGUUCAGGACAUCCUGAUUGAGCCAACGGUGACUCUCGAUGUGACUGCUCACGACCUGCUAAACUGUAGAGCAGGAACGACCAUUAAGAUUCCUGCCACCAUCACCGGCCGACCCGUCCCCAAAGUCACCUGGACUUUCGAUGGAACGGCUGAGACUGAGAAAAAGAACGAUCUACACACUCUGCCGAUUGACUCAGAGAUCCAUUCCACCGACACAACCUCAGUGAUUGUGAUCCCAGCCUGCAAACUAAACCACAGUGGCAGAUACAUUAUCAACGCAGAGAGCCCUGCUGGACACAGAGUGGUCAAAGUCAGAGUCAGCGUCCUCGACCUGCCCGGACCUCCCAGAGACCUGAAGAUUAGUGACGUGACCAGGGGAACAUGCAGACUCACCUGGAAACCCCCAGAGUGUGAUGGAGGAGAGAGGGUUAAGAGCUACUUUAUUGAAAAGAAAACAGCAGAGGGAAAAGCAUGGACCAAGGUAAACCCGGCCUGCGCUGCUCAGUCUCUGGUGGUGCCAGAUCUGAAUGAAGGCCAGGAGUACUUUUUCCGUGUACGUGCUGAGAACCGCUUUGGGUUUGGCCCCUACAUCGCAAGCAUUCAAAGGACCAAGGCCAGAGAUCCAAUCCAUCCUCCCGAUCCUCCAACAAGGUUGAAGAUCCAGAGCGUCAGGAAGGGCACAGUAACUCUGACCUGGAAGGCUCCAAAGAACGAUGGUGGUUCACCUGUAACCCACUACAGCGUGGAUCUCCUCUGCUGGGACAGCAGUGGCACCCAGAAGGAGUCCUGGAGGAGGUGCAACAGGAGAGAUGUGGACACCACCAGCUUUAAAGUGGAGGACCUUACAGAGGGAGAUGAGUAUGAGUUCAGGGUGAUGGCUUACAAUGAAGUCGGACCCAGCCGACCUUCAUCUACUGCUGGACCAAUCAUCAUCCAGGACCAGAGCUGUGCUCCAUCCAUCGAGCUGAAUGAGUUCAUGGAGGUGGAGCAGGGCUCCGACAUUAGCAUUGUGGCCCAAAUUCGUGGCUGUCCAUUCCCUACACUCACCUGGUACAAGGCUCCGCCCCACAAGUCCGACGCGAAGGUGGAGGUUCAGUACGACGAGCAUAUAAAUAAGAUUGUUUCGGACGACAGCUGCACACUGCUCAUCCAGCAGGGCAAACGUCCCGACACAGGCCUGUACACGCUGGUGGCUUCCAACAGCCUUGGCAAGGCCUCCAAGGAGAUGAGGCUCAACGUGCUCGGCCGUCCCGGUCCUCCCUCUGCUCCCAUUAAGUUUGAGGAGAUUGGAGCUGAGAAGAUCACGCUUUCCUGGCUGCCGCCGAAGGACGAUGGUGGCUCCAAAGUCACGAACUACGUCAUCUGGAGGCGGGUGGCCAACAGAAAGACUUGGGUGCCUGUCACCAGUGAGCCGAAAGAGCGGAUCUGGACAGUGGAGAACUUGAUGAAAGGACAUGAGUACGUGUUCCGCAUUAUGGCACAGAACAAGUAUGGAGUCGGAGAGCCAUUGGACAGUGAGCCCGAGGUGGCCCGAAAUCUCUACACUGCACCUGGUCAGGUUGAAAAGCCGACAGUUACCAGCGUAACCGUGGACUCCAUGACCGUUAACUGGGAAGAACCUGAGGACGAUGGGGGGUCCCCGAUCACUGGCUACUGGCUGGAACGCAAGGAGACAACUGGCAAACGCUGGACCCGUGUCACCCGCGACCCGAUCCGUCCCAUGGGCCUGGGCGAGUCGUUUGUGGUGAGCGGACUCGUUGAGGGAUCCCAGUAUCUAUUCCGAGUCUCUGCCAUCAAUGCCGCAGGGCCCGGACUUGCCAGCCCUCCCACUGACCCCAUCUUUGCCAGAGACCCUAUCACGCCGCCAUCUCCUCCAACCCCAAAGGUUUCUGACUGGACAAAGUCUACAGUGGACCUGGAGUGGAUUCCUCCUCUGAAGGAUGGAGGCUCCAAGAUCAUUGGUUAUUGGGUGGAGCACAAAGAGGAGGGCACUGAAGCCUGGGUCAAGGCCAAGGACACGGAAAUCCGUGGCACCCGGUUUGUGAUCACUGGUCUGAAGACUGGUGGUAAAUACAGGUUCAGAGUGAUUGCCUUCAAUGCUGCUGGCAAUGGUGAGCCAGGAGAAGUCCCAGAGGUUCUCGAAGUGAAUGACAGAAUUGUUGCGCCUGAGGUCGACUUGGAUGCCUCGGUGAAAGAAAGAAUAGUGGUCCACGCUGGCGGCGUGAUCCGAAUCAUUGCCUACGUGUCAGGCCAGCCAUCCCCCGAUGUCACCUGGAGUAGAGAUGGAGCUGCACUGCCUCCUGAGGCUAAAGUGGAGACCACAGCCAUCAGCUCAUCUCUUGUCAUCAAACCUUGCACUAGGAAACACCUUGGUGUGUACACACUGACCGCCAAAAAUGCUGGAGGAGAGAAGACAAAGAAGAUCACAGUGGAAGUUCUGGAUGUUCCCGGGCCAGUAGGCAUCCCCUUAGUUGCAGAGAACCUGAGCAGUGACUCCUGCAAAAUCAACUGGUUCUUCCCUGAGAAUGAUGGCGGCUCACCUAUAAGCAACUUCAUUAUUGAGAAACGUGAGGCUGAGCGCAAAGUCUGGACGUCGCUGUCCUACACCGCCAGCAGACAGAACGCUGUGGCUCAUGACCUCACACCUGGAAAGGCCUACUUCUUCAGAGUAGCUGCAGAGAAUGCCAUCGGUAUUGGACCCUUUCUGGAGACUGCAGCUGAGAUUGUCGUCAAGGAACCCAUCAGUGUUCCUGACCGACCAGAGGAGGUGGAAGUCACCAAGGUCACCAAAGAUUUGAUCAGCAUUGCUUGGAAGGCGCCCAAGUAUGACGGUGGCUCAGAGAUCACUAUGUAUAUCCUGGAAGCACGCAUGAUUGGCAAAGACAAAUUCACUAGACUGACAAAGGAGCACCUGAUGGACAGGAAAUACACCUACGAUGGCCUCAGGGAGGGUGACACCUAUGAGUUUAGGGUCAUUGCUGUCAAUGAGGUUGGCCCCAGCAAACCGUCUUUCUGCACCAAACCAGUCACCUGCAAGGACGAGCUGGAGCCGCCCACCAUUGAGCUGGAUUUCCGCGAUAAGAUCAUCAUCCGCGUGGGGGAGAGCUGCCUGCUGCAGGGCCGCUAUACUGGUAAACCACCUCCAUCCAUCACGUGGUAUUGUGACGACAAGGAGCUGAAAGUUGACAAACACAUCAUGUUCAAGAACACGCUAACCACCAUGUCGCUGGGCCUGAUGAAGGCAGAGCGUGAACACAGCGGCAGAUACGUGGUCGUUGUAGAGAACAGUACCGGAUCCAGGAAGGGAGUCUGCAACAUCACGGUUGUUGACCGCCCGACUCCUCCUGUUGGCCCAGUGGUGUUUGAGGAGGUUCACAGGGAAUACAUGGUGAUCUCCUGGAAGCCUCCUUUGGACAGUGGUGGUGUUGAUGUCUCUAAUUACAUAAUUGAGAAAAGAGACAUCAACAGAGAAACCUGGACCACAGUAACAUCUGCCACCACCAAGACCACAUGCAAAAUCCCCAAGCUGACAGAGGGCAGGGAGUAUAUAAUGAGAAUCUGUGCUGAGAACAUGUACGGUAUCAGCGACCCUCUGGAAUCUGAGGAGAUGAAAGCCAAAGAUCUCUUCAGAGUCCCCGAAGCCCCUGAAAUGCCAACAGUCAGGGAGGUGUAUGGCACCAAUGCUCUAGUGCUGUGGAACCGGCCUCGUGAUGGUGGAAAGCCCAUCACCAACUACAUCCUGGAGAAAAAAGAGACCACAGCCAAGAGGUGGUCCAGGGUCACCAGAGACCCACUGUACCCAGCCACUCAGUAUCGAGUCCAGGAUCUAGUGGAGGGCUGCGAGUAUGAAUUCAGGGUGAUGGCUGAGAAUGAGCUCGGACCUGGAGAUCCCAGUGUCCCCUCCAAGCCCAUACUUGCCAAAGACCCUAUUGUGCGCCCCAGUCCUCCUGUGACCCCCGAGGCCUAUGAUAAGACCAAGGACUCCGUCAGCCUGAAGUGGAAGAUGCCACGCCACGACGGGAGGGGACGAAUCUUUGGAUACCUUGUGGAGUACCAGACACCUGGUGCCGUAGAGUGGAUGCAAGCCAACGAAACCCCAGAGCAGUGCCCUGACCUCCACUAUGUGGUGACAGGGCUGGCUGAAGGACACGAGUACAAAUUCAGGAUCUUCACUGUCAAUGCUGCCGGCAAAUCAGAUCCUGCUUAUGUCAAGGACACCAUUAAAGUCCAUGACAGGCUUGAGGAACCAGAGUUGCUGCUGGAUGCCAACAUGGCACGUGACCACCUGGCCAUGCUGGGCACUGACAUCACCCUGAGUGCAACCAUCAAAGGUGUGCCGACGCCCACAGUCAGCUGGAAGAAGAACGAUGCAGACGUUCCUGCUCACAUCACCGUCGCUGUUACUGCCACUGGCAGCAAAGUCUUCAUCCCGAAGUGCGUCCGUGCAGACUCUGGCAACUACACCAUCACUGUUGAGAAUGCUGCUGGAAAGAAGACAGCAACCGUUGCUGUGCUUGUGCUGAACAAGCCUUCUCCUCCCAGGGACUUGGCAAUCUCUGAUGUGACCAGUGAGUCUGCCUACCUCACGUGGAAGGCUCCAGAGGACAAUGGCGGUGCCGUCAUCUCUCAUUACAUCGUGCAGAAGAAGAACGUGGCUGCUGAGCAGUGGGUACCUGUUGCUGCGGCCAAUAAGAAACUGAGUCUGAUGGCCAUGUACCUGAUGGAAGGAAUCCAGUAUUUGUUCAGGGUAGCUGCAGAGAACCAGUUUGGCAGGAGUGAUUAUGUAGUGACCAAAACACCCAUCAAGGCUGUCGAUCCUCUCUAUCCUCCUGGCCCACCCAAGAACCUGCACCAUACUGAUGCAGAUAAGACAGAGGUUUGGUUGGCAUGGGAGUGGCCUGACCGCACCGGCGGAAGUGAAAUUACUGGCUUCAUUGUGGAGCACCAAGAAGAGGGUCAGACUGACUGGGUCACCUUCAAGACCGUAAGCAACAAUCACACCCAUGUCACAGGUCUGGAGGAGGGCAAGACUUACCGCUUCAGGGUCAAAGCUCAGAACGCCAUUGGCGUGAGCCGUCCCGACACCAGUGUCCCUGUCACAUGUCAGGAGAAAACAUUGCCACCUACUAUUGAAGUUGAUGUAAAGCUUAUUGAGGGUCUCAUUGUCAAAGCUGGCACCACUAUUGCUCUUCCAGCCAAGAUGGUGGGAAUCCCUCUUCCCACUGCCAAAUGGAUGACUGAUGGCAAAGAGAUCACAUCUGAGGGCCGCUAUCACAUUCAGUCAGCUGAAUCCACAACCACCCUAAGUAUCCCUGAGUGCCAGAGAGCAGACACUGGAGAGUAUAUACUCACUGUGUCAAAUCCUGCAGGCAGCAAAACUGUUGCCCUUCAUGUGACCGUCCUGGAUCUUCCAGGUCCACCCAUUGGACCCAUUAAUAUUUUGGAAGUCACCCCUGAUUACAUGAUGAUCCAAUGGAGAGCCCCAAAGGAUGAUGGUGGAACACCUAUCACUAACUAUGUGGUGGAAAAGAAGGAUGUGAAAAAACCAUGGGAACCUUGGUCUGUGGUUAGCUCCAGUGGCACAGUGACCAGAGCCAAGGUGUCCAGACUAGAGAAAGGCCGUGAGUACAUUGUCCGUGUGCGUGCGGAGAACAAGAUUGGUAUCGGUGCUCCACUUGAGAGUCCUCCAACUAUUGCCAAACACAUGUUUAACCCUCCCGGCCCACCAGGCCUACCAGAAUGUUCUGAUAUAACAGAGAAUGCUGUAACAGUGUCAUGGAGCCUGCCUGACUAUGAUGGAGGAAGUCCUAUCAGUGGUUAUGUGGUUGAACGCAGAGAAAUGACAGGAAAGUGGAUCCGUGUCAAUAAAACACCUGUUCUCGACCUCAGAUAUAGAGUCUCUGGCUUAUUUGAAGGGAACACUUAUGAGUUCAGAGUAUUUGCAGAAAACAUUGCUGGUAUCAGUGAGCCCUCGCUUACCUCUGAUCCCAUCAAGGCCACCCGAGCCAUCACCAAACCUGGCCCCCCUGGUAAUCUUAAACUGAAAGACUGGAGUAAGUCCCAUGCUGACAUCUGUUGGACCAAGCCUACAAGAGAUGGAGGUAGUCCCAUUCUGGGGUAUGUAAUUGAGGCUCAGAAGUCAGGAACUGCCCAGUGGGACAGAAUCAACAAAGACCUUGUCAAGAUGUGUGCCUAUAGAGUUCCAGGCCUCAUCGAAGGACUAGAGUACAGACUCCGCAUCAGAGCCACCAAUAAGGUUGGAGACAGUGAACCCAAGGAGCUACCUCAGACUAUCUUGGCAAAGGACAUCCUGGUACCACCUGAAGUUGUUGUUGAUGUGUCAUGCCGUGACUCUGUGACAGUCAGAGCAGGUCAGAUUAUCAGUUUGAUCACUAGAGUCAAAGGCAGACCCGAUCCAGAGAUCACUUGGACCAAGGAUGCCAGAGCUUUGGCCAGGGAUAAGCGCACACAGAUGAACAACAACUACCCACUGUGUGAACUCAUCAUAAACGAUGCAGUCAGAUCAGACUAUGGUAAAUAUGCUAUUGUGGCUAAGAACAGCAGCGGGCAGGCACAGGCUGCCAUUGUUGUCAAUGUCCUAGACACACCGGGAGCUUGCCAGAAUAUAAAAGUGGCUUAUGUGACCAAGAAAUCCUGCAUGGUUUCCUGGGAGAACCCUGAAGACAAUGGAGGAACUGAGAUCACGCAGUACAUUAUUGAAUGUCGUCAGCCCAGCCAGCGAGGAUGGACAGUGGUUUCCAAUGACUGUACUAAGCGUCUGAUAAAGGCUCCUCUUACAGAAAGUUGUGAAUAUUUCUUCCGGGUCAGCGCAGAGAACAAGAUUGGCACUGGUCCACCCACUGAGACCAAGACACCUGUAUUGGCAGUUGAUCCCAUUGAGAAACCUGGUGAUCCCAUUGACUUCCAUAUAUCUGAGAUAGGCAAGACCUUCUGCUUCUUGAAGUGGAAGAAGCCAGAUUAUGAUGGUGGUAGCCGUAAUCUGGGUUAUCAUAUUGAAAAGAAACCAAAGGAGGCUGAUGAGUGGGAGAGGCUUCACAAGGGUGCCAUCAAGGAGACUUACUUCAUGGCCGACAGAUGUAUCGAAAACCAGAUCUACCAGUUCAGAGUUCAGACUAAGAAUGAGGGCGGUGAAAGCAACUGGGUUACCACAGCUGAAGUCAUGGUUAAGGAACAGUUAGUGAUCCCUGAGAUCAAGAUUAAAUUGGAUGGAACCCUUAUAGUGAAAGCAGGAGGCUCCAUUCCUAUAGAGGCAACAGUGACGGGCAAACCCCAGCCUGAUAUCAAAUGGACCAGGGAUGAAAGCACAGAGGAGAUUAAGAAGGGCCCCAGGCUUCAAAUCGAAAGUGGUGCAGACUUCUCUAAACUUCUGAUUACUGGAGCAAGGCGCACUGACAGUGGCAAAUAUGCUGUUACUGCCUCCAACAAUGCAGGAACAUGCUCUGCUCAUGCCAAGGUCAUUGUACUGGAUAGACCUGGCCCCAUCAGGGAUCUCAAGAUAUCCGGUAUCACUAAUGACAGGUGUCAUCUGGCCUGGGAAAUCCCAGAGGAUGAUGGUGGCUGUGAUAUCUACAACUACAUAAUUGAGAAAUGUGAGACCAAGAGGGGAGUCUGGUCUGUUCACUCCAAUGCUGUCAUCACCAACAAAGCGAAGGUAACUCGUCUUAUUGAGGGUAAUGAGUAUAUGUUCAGAGUUAGAGCCGAGAAUAAGAUGGGCUCUGGACCAGCAGUACAGAGUGAAGCUAUUGUUGCUGGAACGCAGUUCAGUGUACCUGGUGCUCCAGAAGCACCAGAGGUCAUCAAGAUUGCCAAGGAGGAGAUGACUGUUCAGUGGUCAGAGCCAGAGAAAGAUGGUGGAAAGCCAAUCACAGGAUAUCUGUUGGAGAAGAAAGAGGAGCAUGCUGUUAAGUGGUCUCCUGUCAACAAGGAUCCAAUUCCUGGAACUCGUUUCACAGUUACUGGACUCCUUCCACUUCAUGAAUACCAAUACAGAGUGAAGGCGGUGAAUGAAAUUGGCAUCAGCAACCCAAGCAAGGCUUCACGUGCAAUCACUGCUAAGGAUGCAGUUGAGCCACCUGCACCUCCUACUAACUUGAAGGUUGUGGACAGCACCAAAUCCACAGUCACCUUGGGAUGGACCAAGCCGGUGUCAGAUGGCGGAGCUCCCAUCAUUGGUUAUGUUGUGGAGAUGAGGGCAAAGGGAUCUGUUAAGAAAGGUGAAGAUGGCUGGAAGAGGUGCAACGUGGCAGCUCAGCUGAUCAUAUGCGAGUUCACAGUCACAAGUCUGGAUGAGAACCUUGUGUAUGAAUUCAGAGUGUCAGCUCAGAACCAGGUGGGCAUGAGCCUGCCAUGCAAUCUGGAAGGCGCUGUGAUUCCCAGGGAGAUUCUAGAGACACCCGAGAUAGACUUGGAUGCCAACCUAAAACAGGGAUUAACCUUAAGAGCCGGUUGUCCCAUCAGAUUAUGUGCCACCAUCAGAGGCAGACCACCUCCAAAGGUGAUUUGGAGGAGGAUGGGUAUUGACAACGUGGUCAGGAAGGGUAAAGUUGACAUCAUUGACACCAUGACCUUCCUGGUCAUUCCCAACAGCACACGUGAUGAAUCUGGAAAAUACUGCCUGACUCUGCAGAAUCCUGCUGGAGAGAAAGCUGUGUUUGUCAAUGUGAAGGUUCUGGACACUCCUGGACCCGUGAUGAAUCUGGAAGCUACAGACAUCAAACAGACAUCAGCAAUGCUGUCUUGGAGCCCUCCAGAGAACAAUGGUGGCAGUGACGUCACACAUUAUAUUGUUGAGAAGCGUGAGAUUGACCGCAAAACCUGGGCAACUGUCAAGGCCGAAGUAGCACUCGAUAAGAUUCCAUUCAAAGUCACCAAUCUGAUGCCAGGAACAGAAUACUACUUCAGGGUCACAGCUGUCAAUGAGUAUGGUUCUGGGGUUCCCAAAGUGACACCCACUUCUUACCUGGCUUCUGAUCCUGUCAGCAAGCCAGAUCCUUGUCAGAAAAUUGAAGUCCUAGAAAUCACAAAGAACAGUGCUUUGGUCGGGUGGGUGAAGCCUGCAGGGGACGGUGGUGCCAAGAUUGAUGGUUAUGUAAUUGAAUACAUUGAGGUCAAACCUCCUCCAGAGCCACCAGCAGCUGUGGAGGUUCCUGAAGGAGAGGAAGCUCCUCCACCACCUCCACCACCACCAGUUAUAGAGGAGGAAGAGAAGCCAGAGCCUGAAAAGGAAGUGUGGAACGCUUAUACUACAGUUAAAGGUUUGACAGUCAGCAUCAGUGGACUGAAGGAGGGCAAGAGGUACAAGUUCAGAGUGGCUGCCAAAAACAUCAUGGGUCUCAGCUUGUUCACUGAAACCAGAGACCCUGUUGAGAUCAAGGAACAGAUGUUGGAACCAAAGAUUGUCAUGCCAGAGGCAGCAAGUGCUAGAGCUGGAGCCAAGCUUAGAGUGGAGGCAGUGGUUUCAGGAAAACCGACCCCAACCUGCAAGUGGCUGCGUGGCGAAAAAGCCGUGGUUCCAUCUAGCUGCCUGGCUGUGCAUCAGUCAGGCAACUUGUGUGUCUUGAUCAUCAAAGACGUAUCAAGGACUGACACUGGAGAGUACAGCCUUGUGGCUGAGAACAGCACUGCAAAGGUGACCCAGACCAUGAAGAUUGUCAUCAGAGAUAUACCCGGGCCUCCUGAGGGCCCUGUAGAGAUCAGCGAUAUUGACUCUGAUGCUUGUUCCUUAUCCUGGAAUAAACCUCUGGAGGAUGGAGGGAGCAACAUCACUAACUACGUGGUGGAGAAAUGUGAUGUGAGUAGAGGCGACUGGGUGACUGCUCUCUCUACAUGCCCAAAGACUAAUUGCAGGCUGGGAAAGCUUAUCCCUGGGAAGGAGUAUGUGUUCCGCAUCCGUGCUGAGAACCGCUUUGGCGUAUCAGACCCCAUUCAAUCCGACAGGAUGGUUGCAAAGUUCCCCUUUGAUGUUCCAAGUGAACCCUUUAACUGCCGCAUCAACAAGACCAACAAAGACUGUAUGUUUGUGGCCUGGGAUAAGCCAGAGAGUGACGGAGGCAGUCCCAUCACGGGUUACUACAUUGAGCGCAAAGAGAGGAACAGUCUGCUGUGGGUGAAGGCCAAUGACACUGUUGUUCGAAGCACUGAGUACCCAUGUGCUGGCCUCAUCGAGGGCCUGGAAUACACCUUCAGAGUAUCAGCUAUUAAUCGCGCUGGCCAGGGCAAACCAAGCAAGAAGACUGACUUUUUCACUGCAAGAACACCUGUUGACACUCCAGGUAAACCUGAAGUCCUGGAUGUAACCAAGAACUCAGUCACUCUGGUUUGGACCCGUCCUAAGAAUGAUGGAGGUAGCAAGAUCAUUGGUUACUAUGUUGAGGCCCUGCGGGUACCAGGAGACACUUGGAUACGCUGCAACACAAGUAGCCAGAAUGUGCCUAAGGAGGAGUACACAGUUACUGGCCUGGAGAGAGACUUGCAGUACCAGUUCAGAGUUAUUGCUAAAACUGCUGUCAACAUGAGCAGUCCCUCAGAACCCACAGACCCUGUCCUCGUGUGUGCUGAAAAUGUUCCUCCAAGGGUGGAGCUCAAUGCCAGGAUGCAGAAGGGUUUGAAGGUGAAGGCUGGAACUACAAUCCUCCUGGAGGCUGAUGUGUUCGGUAAGCCCAUGCCCAGAGUGACCUGGAAGAGAGGUGACGACAAUCUGAAGUCAGGUGAAGGCCAGGUUAUUACCCACCAAAGAAAUCACUUUCAGCUGGAAAUGACAGGUGUCACCAAGGAGCAUACAGGAACAUACACCAUCUUGGCUGAGAAUGCCAGUGGCUCCAAGAGUGCUGAGAUCCAGGUCAUUGUGCUAGAUGUACCUGGUCCUCCUGCAAAUUACAAAUGUGUUGAGGUGUUUGCCACUAGCAUCAAGUUGUCUUGGGAACCUCCUCUUAAGGAUGGUGGUGCCCCAGUCACCAACUAUAUAUUGGACAAGCGUGAAACCAGUAGACCUGAAUGGGCUCAGGUUGCAGGUAAAAUCAAGGGUGACAUCCUUGAGUUCACUGUGGCAAAGUUAAUUGAAGGUCAUGAAUACCAGUUCAGAAUCCGCGCUGAGAACACGUGGGGAGUUGGAGACCCUCUUAUCACCGGCCCUGUCAUCGCCAAGAACCCAUUCACUGUCCCUGGCCCCUGUGAAGCCCCAGUGAUCACCAAUGUCACCAAGGACCGUAUGACCGUUAGCUGGAAGGAGCCUGCAGAUGAUGGAAAGUCCACUAUCCUGGGUUACAUGUUGGAAAAGAAAGAGACCAAGGAAAUGAAUUGGACCAAGUUAAAUAGCAAGCCACUGACAGAAAGAAGUCUGGAGGUUACAGGCCUCACAGAGGGAGUCGAGUAUGAGUUUAGAGUUAUUGCUGUCAACGUGGCUGGGCCCAGCAAACCCAGCGAGCCUUCUUCUGGCAAUGUUGCACAGAAUCCUAUUACUCCUCCUGGACCUGUUGUGAAUCCCAGUGUGACUGACACCACCCACAGCACCAUCAGUCUUGCCUGGACUGCCCCCACCAACAAUGGUGGAAGCCCCAUUAUUGGAUACUUGGUGGAGUGCAAGAGGACAGACACCAAAGACUGGAUCCGCUGUAAUGUCCCAAGGAACCUGCAGGAGACCCACUACGUCAUUCAAAACCUCAUUCAUAAGUCAGAAUACCAGUGCCGCAUCACUGCUGUCAACAAGAUUGGCUUUAGUGAACCAGUUGAAGUCCCUGGGAAACAUGUUGCCAAGGACAUCGUUGUUGCUCCUGAGGCAGAACUGAGUGCAAAGCUGAAGGAUGGCCUGGAGCUACGUGCUGGUGCCACCAUGAGACUGCAUGCCACCAUCAAGGGUCGUCCCACUCCCAAGAUAACUUGGGCAAAGAUGAACACUAACAUUAAAGACCGUCAGGGCAUCAUCAUCAAAUCCACCCAUGUUGACACCAUGGUGAUGGUGGAGAAAGUGAACAGAUAUGAUGCUGGCAAAUACAUUCUGAGCUUGGACAGCUUAGCUGGCAUGAAGAUGUAUACCAUCGUUGUCAAAGUUUUUGACACUCCUGGACCACCAGUUAAUCUAAUGGUGAAGGACACAUGUAAGGAUAGUGCCUCCAUCUACUGGGAUGCUCCUCUGAUUGACGGUGGCUUUGAAAUUACCCACUACAUAGUACAGAAGCGUGACACUGAGAGGAAGGCUUGGUCUACCGUUUCCACCAACUGCAAUAAGACAUCAUUCAAGGUUCCAGACCUAGAUGCUGGGCGGUCCUACUGCUUCAGAGUGGCAGCAGUUAACCAGCUGGGUACUGGAGAGUUCUGUGAGACUGAUGAUUCAGUCAGAGCAACAGAGGAGCCUGGGCCUGUCAUGGACUUCAAGACCCUGCUGGUUACCAAGGAUUCUUGCACUUUAAGCUGGAAGAAACCCCUCACUGAUGGUGGUAGUCGCAUCAUCUGUUAUGUACUUGAGGUUCUCAAUGGUGAGGAUAAAUACAAGGAGCUAAUGAGGUCUAAGAAUAUGCAGUACAGUGCCAAGGACCUGGUGGAGGAUAGAGAGUAUACCUACAGAGUCAAAGCUGUGAAUGACACAGGAGAGAGUGCUCCCAAGGAGCUGAAAGUGGUUGCCAAGGACCAGAUCAUUCUUCCCAGUUGUGACUUGAGGGAGUUGCCCAACAUGUGCUACAUUGCCAAGGAAGGCAGUACCGUCCGCCUGAAGAUCCCAAUUAUUGGCAAGCCUACACCCAAGGUAACCUGGAAGAAGGGAGAUGAUGAAGACCUGACAGACACUGGCCGAGUGUGUGCAGAGUCCUCAGCAGUUAACACCACCCUCCUCAUCAGGGACUGCCAAAGGACUGAUGCUUCCAAAUACACCAUCACGCUGAGAAACAGUGCUGGAAGCAAAGAGUCCACCAUCUUUGUCAGGGUGGUGGGUAAACCUGGCAUUCCUGGAGGACCAGUAAAGUUCAAAGAUGUUGCUGCUGAUGGUGCCACACUAAAGUGGGGUCCUCCCAAGGAUGAUGGUGGCUCUGAAAUUACCAACUAUAUCCUGGAAAAGAGGGACUCCAUCACAAACAUGUGGGUGACUGUGUCCUCUGUUGUGGAGACCAACACCAUGAGAGUAACUGGUCUUCAUGAGGGCACAGAAUACAUCUUCAGAGUAUGUGCCGAGAACAAGUAUGGGGUCGGCGAAGGACUCAAAUCUGAGCCGAUUGUAGCCAAACAUCCAUUCAAUGUUCCUGAUGCUCCUGCUCCUCCUCAGAUUAUGAGCAUGCGCCAUGAUUCAGCUUAUCUUGCCUGGACUGAUCCAAGGAAGACUGGAGGAUCUCCUAUUACAGGCUAUCAUGUUGAGUUCAAGGAGAGAAACAGUAUGUUGUGGAAGAGGGCAAGCCCAGCUGCCUUGAAGAUGAGAGAACAUAAAGUCACUGGGCUGACUGAAGGUCUGGAGUAUGAGUUCAGAGUGAUGGCAAUUAAUUUGGCUGGAAUUGGUAGACCAAGUGCCCCCACUGAUCCACAGGUGGCCCUGAACCCCGUUGAUGCACCUGGUAAACCAGAUGUGAUCAGCAUUACAAGGAGCACUGUGACCCUCCAGUGGACUGAACCUCAGUUUGACGGUGGCCACCGACUGACGGGCUACAUUAUUGAGAAAAGAGACCUGCCUUCUAAAAUCUGGGUAAAGGCAAACAAUGUGAAUGUUGUGGAACCUGCAUUCACUGUCACUAAAUUGCAAGAGGGCUGCAAAUACGAGUUCAGAAUUCGGGCAAAGAAUGCUGCGGGCGCUCUCAGUCCACCCUCUGAGCAGACAGAUACCAUUAUCUGCACAGAUGAAUAUGCUGCGCCAACCAUUAUAAUUGAUGCUCAGGUGAUGGAAGGCUUGACUGUCCGAGCUGGCGAUACUAUCGUCAUCACUGCCACAAGCAUUUUAGGGAAACCUGCACCAACCUCCUGCUGGUCAAAGGGAGGAAAGUACUUUAAACCCUCAGAUCUUGUUCAAAUUGAGACCACUGCCACAUCCUCCACUUUGUCGGUCAAAUAUGCUAGCAGGAAGGACUCUGGAGACUACAUAAUCACUGCCAGUAAUCCCUUUGGUGUAAAGGAGGAAACUGUGAAGGUCAAAGUUCUGGAUGUUCCUGGUGCUCCUGGACCCAUUGAGUGCAGUGGUGUAUCCUCAGAAAAAGUGACUCUUACAUGGACAGCUCCUACUGAAGACGGAGGCUCUCCUAUCAAGUAUUACACCCUGGAGAAGAGGGAGACCAGCCGUUUGCUCUGGACUAUCCUAGAAGAUAACAUUAUUGAUUGUCACUAUGUGGCCAACAAACUCAUCCAGGGCAAUGAAUACUUCUUCAGAGUCUCUGCUGUUAACCAGUAUGGUGCCAGUGAGCCAUCACACUCUGAGGCAGUUAAAAUGGUAGAUAGAUUUGGUCCACCUGGUCCACCUUCCAAACCAGAGGUUGAAAAAGUCGAUGGACAUUCAGCCACUGUGACCUGGAGAAGACCAACUGAAGAUGGAGGAAGCGACAUCAUAGGUUAUUGUGUUGAAAAGAAAGAGAAAAAAGGCAUGAGAUGGGUCAGAGCAUCCAAGAAAUCCAUCACUGAACUCAGCUUUGAAGUCACAGGUCUCACUGAGGAUGUGGAGUACGAGUUUCGUGUUCUUGCUGAGAACAGAGCUGGGUUUGGUGAGCCAAGUGAACCAUCGAUGGUUGUCAGGACAAUAGUUGUUGCCUAUCCACCUGGACCUCCAGUCAAUCCAAGAGUUACAGACACAACCAAAACCACUGCCACUCUGAACUGGGGAAAACCUCUUCAUAAUGGUGGACUGGAAGUUACUGGAUAUGUCAUUGAGCACAAAAAAGAAGGAACAGAAGAAUGGGUUAAGGAUACCCCAUCAUCUCCACUUAGGAUCACAGAAUUUGUUGUUCCUGAACUAGACACUGGUGCAAAAUACUGCUUCAGAAUUAGUGCUGUGAAUGCUAAAGGAGUGGGAGAACCUGCCGAAACUAAGGAAUUCACUGAGAUUGUGGAGCAUGCAGCUGAACCUGGAAUGGAACUUGAUGUUGAGCUCAGAAGAACUCUUGUUGUCAGAGCUGGCUGCUCCAUUCGCCUUUUUGUGCCAGUCAAGGGACGUCCUACACCUACUGUCACCUGGACCAAGGAAGGCGGACCUGUUCCACGUGCAGUCAUUGACAGCACUGAAUCAUUUACGAUGCUGAUCAUUCCUGAGAGUUCAAGAAUUGAUGCAGGCAAAUAUGAGCUUACCCUCGAAAACUCAGCUGGAAAGAAGAGUGCUGACAUACACGUGAGAGUUCUGGAUUCACCUGGGCCUCCGCUUAACCUAAAACCAAUCAAGAUUGACAAAGAAAGCAUUACGCUUCAGUGGGAAAUGCCUCUCAUUGAUGGUGGUGCAAAGAUCACAAACUAUAUCAUUGAGAAAAGAGAAUCAACACGCAAGGCUUUUGCUACUGUUGUUACAAAGUGCCCAACUACUUCAGUCAGAAUUUGUGACCUGGGUGAAGGUUGUGAGUACUAUUUCAGAGUGUCUGCUGAGAAUGAGUAUGGUAUCGGUGAGGCGGUUGAAACUUCUGAUCCAAUUCGUGCAUCCCAGACACCAAGCUCUCCAGAGAGCAUUAUUCCUACUGAUAUCACCAAGAACUCUAUCAGCCUGGCUUGGACCAAACCUAAGCAUGACGGUGGAAGCAGAAUUACAGGAUAUGUCCUGGAAGCCCAGAAGAAGGGAACUGAUCAGUGGUCUCAUAUUACGACGGUCAAGAACAUGGAUUUCACUGUGAAGAAUCUCAAUGAGAAUGAGGAGUACAUUUUCCAUGUAAUGGCUGUCAAUCACUCAGGUAGGAGUAUUCCAAAGGAGAGCAAACCCAUUGUUGUCAAGGACUCUACUUCUUUGCCAGAGUUUGACCUGCGUGGAGUUUGUCACAAGACUGUUAUUGCCAAGGCAGGAGAUGAUAUCAAGGUUGAAAUUCCAGUUAUGGGACGUCCUAGACCAACUGUCUCUUGGCAGAAGGAUGGCGCAGCCCUGAAACUCACACAGAGGACCAAUGUAGAAACGACUGCUGCUACAGUCAUUAUCAGCAUCAGUGAGUGCACCAGAGCUGACAGUGGUGUAUACACCAUGACAGGAAAGAACAUUGUUGGAUCUGUGACAGACAGCAUCACUCUGAAAGUUCAUGAUGUACCUGGUCCACCCAAAGGACCCGUUAAGAUUGUGGAAAUAUCUCGUACUUAUUGUAUCUUUUCAUGGGACGCUCCUGAGAAUGAUGGAGGGGUUCCCAUCAACAACUAUGUCAUUGAAAUACGAGACACCACUUCUCAAACAUGGACUGAGUUGUCGUCUACCGUCAUCCGCACAAUGUUUAAAGCCAUCCGGUUAACUACUGGAUCAGAGUAUCAGUUCAGAAUAAAGGCUAAGAACAGAUAUGGUGUUGGACCUCCUAUUACUUCAGAGACAGUGGUGGCUGCCUAUCCAUUCAAAGUCCCUGGUCCUCCAGGUACUCCUAACGUUGUUGCAUUUACCAAAAACUCAAUAACAAUUGGCUGGAAUGAGCCUGUGAAUGAUGGUGGAAAUGAAGUCAUUGGCUACCAUGUUGAGAGGAAAGAAAGAACCAGCAUAAUGUGGUAUAGGAUUAGCAAGGGUCUUGUAAAAGGAAAUAUCUUUAAAUCCUCUGGACUUGAAGAUGGAGUUGCUUAUGAGUUUCGUGUCAUGGCUGAAAACAUGGCUGGAAUUGGUAAACCCAGCAAGGCCUCAGAACCGAUAUUGGCCUUGGACCCUGUUGACCCACCAGGUCAGCCUGUGCCAAUAUCUGUCAACAAGAAUGCCAUUACUAUUCAGUGGACAAAGCCUGAGUAUGAUGGUGGGUUCAAAAUCACCGGCUACAUUGUGGAGAAGAGAGAACUGCCUGCUGGUCGCUGGAUGAGAGCCAACUUUACCAACAUAAUUGAAACAACGUUCACUGUUAGUGGACUAACUCAAGAUGCCUCAUAUGAGUUCCGUAUCAUAGCCAGAAACUCAGCAGGUGCAGUGAGCAUACCUUCUGAGCCUUCAGAUCCUAUUAUCUGCAAAGAUGACAUUAUCGAACCACGCAUUAUGGUAGAUGCCAUCUUUAGGGAUGUUGUUCUACUAAAGGCAGGAGAGUCAUUCAAGCUUGAAGCUGAUAUUGCUGGUCAACCAACACCAUCUAUGGUUUGGACCAAAAAUGGAAAGGAGGUUGAGAAUACAAUGAAACUGGAAGUUAGGUUCACUGAACUGACAACUACUCUAACCAACAAGGACUCUAUAAGGCCAGAUGGAGGUGAAUUCAUUUUGACUGCCACUAAUGUUGGUGGAUUUGCAAAGCACAUUUUUAAUGUUAAAGUGCUUGACAGACCAGGACCACCAGUUGGACCUCUUAAGGUAACUGAUGUCACAGCUGAGAACUGUGCACUCUCCUGGGCUCCACCUGCAGAUGAUGGUGGUUCCAAGAUUGAAGGAUAUGUGAUUGAGAAGCGUGAAUCAAGCAGACUGGUUUGGACCAGUGUUGUUUCAGACCUCCAAGAUACACAAUACAAGGUUACUAAGCUGCUCAAAGGAAACGAAUACAUUUUUAGAGUAAUGGCAGUGAACAAAUAUGGAAUUGGCGAAUCGCUUGAAUCACAACCCACUAUUGCAGACAACCCAUAUGUGAUUCCAGAUCCUCCUGAGAAUGCUGAGGUGACAGCUAUCACUAAAGACUCAAUGGUUGUCAUGUGGCAAGCACCUAAGAGUGAUGGUGGAACUCCCAUCACCACCUACCAUAUUGAAAGAAAAGAUAGAAUGGGCCUCCGUUGGGUCAAGUGUAACAAGAGGAAAGUCAAAGAUCUGCAGUUCAAGGCAACAGGUCUUGUUGUUGGACAUGAAUAUGAAUUCAGAAUUAUUGCUGAGAAUGCUGCCGGAUUGAGUGUACCAAGUGUGUCUAGUCCAUUCUACAAGGCUACUGAUGGACUAUACAAGCCUGAAGCUCCAUGCAACCCCAGAAUCUUGGAUACAACCAAGUCUUCAAUUACUGUGGCUUGGAACAAACCUGCAUUUGAUGGUGGCUGUGAAAUAAUGGGCUACAUUGUAGAAACAUGCAUCCCAUCUGAAAAGAAGGAAGAAGAGGAAUGGACCAUUGUGACACCCAAGGAAGGUCUUCCUGCUACCUCAUUCACCAUUGUUAACCUGAAGGAGAAUCAAGAGUACAAGAUUCACAUCUCUGCUGUCAAUAGUGAAGGAAUUGGAGAGGCAGCAUCUGUACCUGGUAAUCCAAAGGCAGAGGACAGGCUUCUCCCUCCUGAGAUUGAUUUGGAUGCGGAACUUCGGUCAGUUGUCAGGCUUAGAGCUUGCUGUUCACUUAGACUGUUUGUGCCUAUCAGAGGCAGACCACCCCCUCAGGUAAAAUGGACCAAAGGAGAUGGGGAACCAGUUGAGAGGGCAAUCAUUGACAGCACAACAUCAUACACAUCACUGAUAAUUGAAAAUGUCAACCGAUUUGACAGUGGAAAGUAUAAUCUUACUGUUGAGAACAGCUCUGGCUCCAAGACAGUUACAGUACAAGUCAGAGUGCUUGAUACACCAAGUGCCCCACAGAAUCUGAAAAUUACUGCUGUGACAAAGGAUGCUGUGACUCUGACUUGGGAUCCACCAGUGAAUGAUGGUGGAGUUAAAAUUAAGAAUUAUGUUGUUGAAAAACGUGAGUCUACAAGAAAAGCAUAUGCCACAGUCAAUGCUCUCUGCUAUCAAACCACCUUCACUGUUGACCAGCUCCUGGAAGGAUGCAACUAUUACUUUAGAGUUUUAGCGGAGAAUGAGUAUGGCAUCGGCUUGCCCAUUGAGACUGGUGAAUCAGUUAAGGUGUCAGAGAAACCACAGCCUCCUGGCAAAAUCACUCUUAAGGAUGUUACCAAAAACAGUGUCACUCUCUCCUGGGAGAAGCCAGAGCAUGAUGGUGGCAGUAGAGUAGGCUGUUAUGUUGUUGAGAUCCUGCCUAAGGGUGCUGACAAGUGGACCCAAGCACUGAUCGUAAAAGAAACAGAAGCUACUAUUAGUGGACUAAAUGCAGGUGAAGAAUAUAUGUUCCGUGUUGCUGCAAGAAAUGAAAAAGGAACAAGUGAUCCACGUCAGAUUGGAGUCCCUGUGAUUGUAAAAGACCUUGUUAUUGCACCUGCUGUCAAAAUGUUGUUCAACACAUUUACUGUGUUGGCAGGAGAAGACUUGAAAGUGGAGGUUCCUUAUAUUGCACGCCCCAAAGCAACAGUUUCAUGGGUAAAGGAUGGUCUCCCUCUUAAGAGAACUAGCAGAGUAAACUUUGGUGCUACAGACACAAUGCUGAACCUCACUAUAAAAGAAGCUACUAAAGAUGAUGUUGGACACUACAUUAUUACUCUUACCAACACAGCAGGAGAGACUAAAGCAGAUAUUGGCAUUGUUGUUCUUGACAAACCUGGCCAACCAGGUGGUCCAGUUAAGGUAGAGGAAGUCACUUCUGACAGUGUAACCAUCUCCUGGAAUCCACCAGAGUAUGAUGGUGGUUGCACCAUCAAAAGCUAUAUUGUAGAAAAGAGAGACACAUCUACAACUGCCUGGAUGGUUGUAUCUUCCAACCUAGCAAGGACCAAAAUUAAGGCAGGCAGGCUGAAAACAGGUUCUGAGUAUCAGUUUAGAAUUACUGCAGAAAACAGAUAUGGAAAAGGUCCAGCUCUUCUAUCGCCAUGCAUUUUGGCUCAAUACCCAUAUAAACUCCCAGGCCCUCCAGGUACACCAUCCAUUGCAGUCUGCACCAAAGAUAGCAUGGUGGUCACCUGGAAUGAACCUGUCAUUGAUGGUGGAAGUUCUAUCUUGGGCUACCACCUUGAACGUAAAGAGAGGAACAGCAUCCUUUGGGUCAAACUAAACAAAUCUCUUAUUACAGACCAAACCUUUAAGACCACUGGUCUAGAACCAGGAAUGGAGUAUGAAUACAGAGUGUAUGCUGAAAACAUAGUUGGAAUAGGCAAAGCAAGUAAAGUGUCGGAGGGCUAUAUUGCUAGAGAUCCUUGUGAUCCACCUGGCACCCCAGAGGCAAUAAAGAUUACUAAGGACUCAGUGACUAUUGUUUGGACCAAACCUGAGUAUGAUGGUGGUGCAAAGGUUACAGGCUACAUUGUGGAAAAGAAGGAGCUUCCAGAGGGUCGUUGGUUGAAGGCUAAUUUUACUAAUGUAAUUGAGACGGAAUAUUUAGCAAGUGGACUUGUGGAGGGCAAUCAGUAUGAGUUUCGUGUCAUUGCCAGAAAUGCUGCUGGUGUUUUCAGUAUUCCUUCUUACAGCACUGGUCCAAUUACUGCCAGAGAUGAGAUUGAGCCACCGCGCAUAAGCAUUGACCCAGAGUAUACACAGAAUAUUGUGGUCAGUGCUGGCGACAACUUCAAAAUUGAUGCAGAUGUUCAUGGAAAACCACUGCCCUCUAUCCACUGGAUGAAGGGAGAGCAGGAACUAGGCAACACAAUUCACAGGGAAAUCAAGAACACACCCACCAAAGCUUUUAUAUCUGUCAAAGAAGCUAAACUGUCUGAUGGAGGGCAAUACAUUUUGCUACUGAAAAAUCCUGGAGGAGAAAAGACUGUACAGGUCAAUGUUGUUGUUCUAGAUAAACCUGGAGAACCACAAGGGCCUCUUGUUGUCACAGGAAUAACCAAAGACAGAUGCUGCCUUGCAUGGAAACCACCAUUGCAGGAUGGUGGCAGCAAGAUCUGUCACUACAUUGUGGAGAGAAGAGAGACAAGCAGACUAAUCUGGACUGUAGUUGAACAAAAAGUGGAGAACAUUUGUCUAAAAGUUACUAAGCUCCUGGAGGGAAAUGAGUACAUCUUCAGAGUCCGUGCUGUCAACCAAUUUGGAGUAGGCGCACCACUUGAAUCUCCUGCUGUCAUAAUCAAGGAUCCAUACAUGCUACCUGGAUCGCCCAAGAACUUAGAAGUUUCAAAUAUUAAAAAGGAUUCAAUGGUGCUUACCUGGGAGGCUCCUUCUGAAGAUGGUGGCAGUCCUGUAACUGGAUACAUAAUUGAGAAGCAUGACAAAGAAGGCGUAAGAUGGACUAGGUGCAAUAGGCAAACAGUCACUGAUUUGAGUUUUAAGGUCAAAGGACUUUUGGAAAGCCACAAUUAUGAAUUCAGAGUUGCAGCUGAGAAUUCUGUUGGUGUUGGUGAGCCAAGCUCCCCAACUGUUUUCUACAAAGCUCUUGAUCCUAUCUUUAGGCCUGGCCCACCACAUAACCCAAGAGUUACAGACACUACAAGAACAUCAGUAUUCCUGUCAUGGGGAAAACCCAUUUCUGAUGGAGGCUGUGAGAUUCAGGGAUACAUUGUUGAGUGCUGCACUACUACUGCUGAAGCACCUGCUGCUGAAGGAGCUGCCACAGACACAGUUGUUGAAGAAUGGAUAAUGUGCACACCAGCUACAGGUGUUAAGAAGACUAAGUUUGAAGUUGCAAAUCUGAAAGAAAACCAGGCAUACAAGUUUAGAGUAUAUGCAAUCAACAAAGUAGGAGUUGGUGAGCAUGCUGAUGUUGCUGGAAUUGUUGUUGCUACGGACAGAGCAGAUGAGCCAGACCUUGACAUUGACCCAGAACUAAGAAAAAUUGUUACCAUUAAAGCUGGUGCGUCCCUAAGACUCUUCAUUCCUAUCAAAGGCAGGCCCACACCUACUAUAAAGUGGGACAAAGAUGAAGCUCCCCUUAAAGAGAGUGCUCAGGUUGAGAUAACCAGCAGUUAUACAUUGCUUGUGAUUGAUAAAAUGAGCAGAAAUGACAGUGGAAAAUACACAGUCUCUGCAGAGAAUUCCAGUGGAACCAAAUCUGCAUUGGUUGUUGUCCGCGUCCUUGACACACCUAGUGCUCCUGUUAAUCUUAAAGUGAAAGAAAUUACAAACCAGUCAGUAACAUUGGAAUGGGAACCACCUCUGUUGGAUGGUGGAUCCAAGAUCAAAAACUACAUUGUUGAAAAAAGAGAAAGCACACGCAAAACAUUUGCAGCUGUUGUCACAAAUUGUCAUGCUCUUUCAUGGCAGAUCGAACCACUCCAGGAGGGCUGCAGUUACUACUUCCGUGUACUUGCAGAGAAUGCUUAUGGUGUUGGUCUGCCUGCAGCAACUGUUGAUCCUCUUAAGGUCUCAGAAGUGCCCCAGGCUCCAAAGAGUUUAAUUGUUACAGAUCAGACAAAAACAAGCAUCUCUCUGGCCUGGGAGAGGCCAGAGUAUGAUGGUGGUAGCAGGAUCAUGCAGUACUUGCUUGAGGUGCAGCUGAAGGGUCAAGAGAAAUGGUCUGCUGUAAACACUUUUAAGACAAUGGAAGCAACAGUCUCCAAUUUGAACCCAGGAGAGGAGUAUCUUUUCAGAAUUACAGCUGUCAAUGAUAAAGGGAAGAGUGAUCCCAAAGUCCUUUCCGGGCCAGUGAUGACCAAAAACUUGGUCUUUGAGCCAGAUGUCCGUCCAGAAUUCAGCAGCUACAGUGUUCAUGUGGGCAAAGACAUUAACAUUGACAUUCCUAUCUUUGGACGUCCUAAACCUACCAUCACAUGGACUAAAGAUGGCGCUCCGUUGAAGUUUACUACAAGAGUCCAUAUUGUCAAUACACCAACACAUACAACACUAAGCAUAAAAGAGGCAGCAGGCGAUGAUGGUGGUAUGUACAGCAUAAAUGUUGCCAACUCAGCUGGAAAGAAGGACACAACAAUUGAAGUCAUUGUACUUGACAAACCUGGCCCUCCAUGUGGCCCUGUGAGAUUUGAUGAAAUCACAACACAGAGUGUCACUAUAUCAUGGGACCCACCAAAACACAAUGGUGGAUGCCAAAUUUCAAACUACGUUGUACAGAAAAGAGAUACGACUACUACAACAUGGGAGAAUGUUAGUAUCAACUGGGCCAGAACCACCAUAAAAGUACCUAGACUAAAGACUGGAGCUGAGUACCAGUUCAGGAUCAUUGCCCAGAACCGUUAUGGUAAAAGCCAUGGUCUGGAUUCAUCUGCUGUAGUUGCUCAGUACCCAUACAGAGAGCCAGGCCCUCCAGGCACUCCUUUCAUCUCUUCUCUCUCUAGGGACCACCAAAUUGUUGAGUGGCAUGAACCUGUCACAGAUGGAGGCAGUCCUGUUCUUGGCUACCAUCUUGAAAGGAAAGAGAGGAAUAGUAUUCUCUGGGUCAAGAUCAACAAGACUCUCAUCCACGAGACAAGUUUCAAGAGUUACCCCUUGGAGGAGGGUGUUGAAUAUGAAUACAGGGUUUAUGCUGAAAAUAUUGUUGGAAUUGGAAGGAGCAGCAAAGUCUCAGAGGGAUGUGUUGCCCGUGAUCCAUGUGAUCCUCCUGGAAUACCAGAGGCCAUCCAUGUGACCAAAGACACCAUUGUCAUUCAGUGGACUAAACCAGAAUAUGAUGGUGGAAGCAAUAUCACUGGCUAUAUUGUGGAAAAGCGUGAUCUGCCCGAGGGCAGGUGGGUAAAGGCAAAUUUUACUAAUGUGAUUGAGACCCAGUUUACAGUGACUGGUCUGACUGAAAAUGCACAGUAUGACUUUAGAGUCAUUGCUAAAAAUGCUGUUGGCACUGUCAGCAAACCAUCAUAUAACAGUGGACCUAUAACUGCAAGUGAUGCUGUGGAGGCACCCAAAUUCUCCAUUGAUCCUGCAUUCACCAAGACCAUUAUUGUCAAUGCUGGAGAGACAUUCAAGCUAGAUGCUGAUGUACGUGGCAAGCCGCUGCCAACAAUCCAGUGGUUCAAAGAUGACAAACCAGUUGAAAACACACUUCGACUAGAGAUCAGAAACACAGAAAACCAUGCAAUGAUUGUCAUUAAAGACUCCAUUAGAGUUGAUGGUGGAACUUAUACACUCCAGCUGAAAAAUGAAGCCGGUAGUGAGACUGUUCAAUUUAAGGUUUUAGUACUGGAUAAACCUAGCCCAUGUGAAGGACCACUCCAUGUCACUGGAGUCGCUGAAGAUAGAUGCACACUGGUAUGGCACCCCCCUCUACAUGAUGGAGGUAGUCCUAUUACACAUUACAUCAUUGAAAGAAGGGAGACAAGUCGUCUAGCUUGGACUGUUGUUUCUAGCAACUGUGGCACCACAUGCUACAAAGUUACCAAAUUACUGGAAGGUGACGAGUAUAUGUUCCGUGUAAUGGCAGUUAAUAGUCAUGGUGUAAGUGAGCCACUGGAGUCUGGUGCAGUAAUAAUGAAAACUCCAUUUGUUCUCCCUGGUCCACCUCACAUUGAGGAUGUAUCUAACAUUGCCCAUGAUGGUAUGACCAUCUCUUGGUCUGCCCCUGAGACUGAUGGUGGCAGUGAAAUUACAAAUUACAUAAUUGAGAAAAAGGAUAGAACCGGGAUCAAAUGGACCAGAUGCAACAGACAGAAGGUCACUGAUCUCUCAUUUAGAGUUACAGGCUUGACCACAGGCCAUGAGUAUGAAUUCCGAGUGGCUGCUGAGAACAUAGUUGGAGUGGGAGAGCCAAGCCUUGCAAGUUCAUACUACAAGGCCUGUGAUCCCAAGUACAAACCUGGAGCCCCAGGAUAUGUGCAUGUGAUUGACUCAACAAAGACUUCUAUUACUGUGUCAUGGGGUAAACCUCUGUCUGAUGGUGGCAGUGUCAUUCAAGGAUAUAUUGUUGAAGUCUGCAAGGCUGAAGAGGAAGAAUGGACCAUGGUCACUCCUCCAACUGGCCUGCGUGUCAACAAAUAUGAAAUUACAAAGCUUACUGAGGGUCAGGAGUACAAGAUUCAAGUGUGUGCUCUGAACAAAUUGGGAGUUGGCGAGCCGGCAGUUCUGUCUGGAACAGCUAAGCCUGAAGAAAGGGUCGAACCACCUGAGAUCCACCUUGACUCUGAGCUGAGGAAGGGCAUUGUACUGAAAGCAGGCGGCUCUGUUAGAAUCAAUAUUCCAUUUAAGGGCAGACCAACACCUGAGAUAAAGUGGACUAAGGAUGAUGGAAACCUGACUGAAAAACCAGUGGUCGAGAAAGCUCAUAAUUUCACACAGUUGUCUAUUGACUCAUGUGAUAGAAGUGACUCAGGAAAAUACACCCUCACACUGACUAACAGCAGUGGCACUGUGUCUGAGGUUAUUUCAGUUAAAAUUCUGGAUGCCCCUGGGGCCCCACAGAACCUUGUUGUUAAAGAAAUCAGAAAGGACUCUGUCACUCUUGCUUGGGAUGCUCCAUUGAUUGAUGGAGGUGCCAAAAUCAAGAACUAUGUCAUUGACAAACGUGAAUCAACAAGAAAGGCAUAUGCAAAUGUGUCCACAAAAUGCACCAAAACAACAUUCAAAGUUGAGAACUUGAUUGAAGGUGCUAUGUACUACUUUAGAGUCAUGGCUGAGAAUGAAUAUGGAAUUGGGCCGGCUGUGGAAACAAAGACUGCCUCCAAGGCCUCUGAAGUACCACUGCCUGUUGGAAAGAUCUUCCUCAAUGAUGUCACUAAAUCCAGUGUCUCACUGGCCUGGGAGAAACCUGAGCAGGAUGGAGGGAGCAGAAUUGCUGGCUAUCUAAUUGAGAUGCAACCUAAGGGUACAGAUAAGUGGGGAGUUGCAACAAAUACAAAAACAUGUGAAGGUACUGUCACAGGCCUUACAGCUGGAACAGAAUACCUAUUCCGCAUCAUUGCUUACAAUGAAAAGGGAAAGAGUGAGCCAAAAGCACUUGCUGCACCUGUGAUUGCCACUGACAUGACCAUGGAGCCCAGCAUCAAAAUUCCAUUCAACACUUACAGUGUAUUAGCUGGAAAGGAUCUGAAGUUAGAUUUUCCUGUUCUUGGCAAGCCAAAACCUAAAGUCACCUGGGCCAAGGAUGGUCAGCCUUUGAAGGUGACAUCAAGAAUGAAUAUAAUAUCCACUAAAACAACAACGGGAAUAGAAAUUACUGAGGCAUGCAAGGAGGACUUUGGCAAAUACACAAUUACAGCAGCCAACACCACUGGAACAACCGCAGAGGAUGUAUCUGUCAUUAUCCUCGACAAGCCUGGUCCACCAAAAGGGCCAGUCAAGAUUGUUGAAGUGAGCAACACCUUUGUCCACCUCUCCUGGGACCCCCCAGAGUACACCGGUGGAUGCCAAGUAAAGAAUUACAUAGUAGAAAAGAGAGACACAACCAGUACAACAUGGCAAACAGUCACCACUCAGCUAGCUAGAACGGCUUUUAAGGUCAGCAAGCUGAAGACAGGUUCAGAAUAUCAGUUCAGAAUCAUAGCUGAAAAUAGAUAUGGAAAGGGUGCGCCUCUGGAUUCCAAGGCCAUUGUGGUGCAAUAUCCAUUCAAACCACCGGGUCCUCCAGGAACACCACAUGUGAAAUAUGCAACUAAAGAAAUGAUGAUCAUUGAAUGGAAUGAGCCAGUCAAUGAUGGUGGAAGUGCAGUUAUUGGCUACCAUUUGGAAAGCAAGGAAAGAAGCAGCAUUCUAUGGAGCAAACUGAACAAGACUCUCAUUACAGACACACAAUUCAAGAUCGUUAACCUUGAGGAGGGUAUUGGAUAUGAAUUUAGAGUUUAUGCUGAAAAUAUUGUUGGCAUUGGCCGAUGCAGUAAAGUAUCCGAGUCCUUUGUUGCUCGCGACCCAUGUGAUCCUCCUGGUACCCCAGAAGCUGUAUCUAUUUCUAAGAACCAGAUCAGGAUUCAGUGGACUAAGCCUCAGUAUGAUGGUGGUAGCAAAGUGAAUGGAUAUAUUGUGGAAAGGAAAGACCUCGCCUCUCCUGAUGGACGCUGGGUAAGAGCUAACUUUACCAAUAUAGUUGAGACUGAGUACACUGUCACUGGUCUAACAGAAAAUGAGCAAUAUGAAUUUAGAGUUAUUGCAAGAAAUGCAGCUGGCAUCUUUAGCGAGCCAUCUGACAGCUCUGGACCUAUUACUGCUACUGAUGAAAUUGAACCACCAAGGGCCUCAAUGGAUCCUAAAUACAAAGAUGUUAUUGUUGUAAAUGCUGGAGAAAAUCUGCUUCUGGAUGCAGACAUCUAUGGAAAACCAAUUCCUGAGGUGCUCUGGCUGAAAGAGGGCAAGGAAAUGGACAAAGCUUUGCGCAUCGAAGUGAAAACUACACAGAAACGUGCAGCAAUGACGAUUAAGGAUGUAACCAAGCUUGAUAGUGGCCACUAUGACCUCAUCCUCAAAAAUCUGGGUGGUACAAAAGUGUUCCCUAUCACAGUUAAAGUCCUUGAUAAACCAGGUCCACCCACUGGACCCAUGAAGAUUACUGGAGUCAUGGCCGACAGGUGCAUUCUUGCCUGGUCUGAGCCAGCUCUAGAUGGCGGAGCCAGUAUCACUCACUAUGUGCUGGAGAAGAGAGAGACUAGCAGGUUGUCCUGGACCGUGGCUGCAUCAGACAUCAAGGGUCUGUACCAUAAAGUAACAAAUUUGCUUCCUGGAGAUGAAUACAUUUUCAGAGUCAGAGCAGUGAACAAAUAUGGCAUUGGUGACUAUCUGGAAAGUGAACCCAUUAUUGCACGCAAUCCUUACAAGCCUCCUAGCGCUCCUGGAACUCCAGAAGCCAGUCUGAUCACAAAGGACUCUAUAGUUUUGUCGUGGACAGCUCCUGAACAGACUGGUGGAGCUGAAAUUGAAGGCUACCAUCUUGAAAAACGUGACAAAGACAGUGUACGGUGGACAAAAUGCAACAGACAAAAGCUUACAGACGCUCAGUUUAAAGUCACAGGUCUGAGCACAGAUCACUUCUAUGAGUUCCGUGUUGCUGCUGAGAAUGAGGUUGGAAUGGGAGAUUUCAGUGAGCUGUCCCUGUUCUACAGGGCAUGUGAUGCCAUAAGACCACCUGGGCCUCCGCACCAUCCUAAAGUAACAGACUACACAAAGUCCUCUGUCUCUCUGUCUUGGGGCAAACCUGACUUUGAUGGCGGUGCUUAUAUCAAGGGAUACAUUGUUGAAAUGAGGGAGUAUACACCGGUACCUGAGUCAACAGAGGAGGCAGAGAUAGCACCAGCAGUAGAAGCACCAGUUGAAAAAGAAUGGACAAUGUUCACUCCACCCAGUGGCAUUCAAGCCACCAAAUUAACUAUAACAGACUUGAAGGAGGGUGGAGAGUACCAGUUCCGUGUCUAUGCAAUAAAUUCAGAAGGAGUGGGGGAGGCUGCUAAUGUCCAUGGCACAGUGGUUACUUCUGACAGGGCAGAAGCACCAGAGAUAGAACUUGAUGCUGAACUCAGAAAGGUUCUAUCUGUCCGUGCUGGUGGGACUCUACGCCUCUUUGUCACCAUCAGAGGAAGACCUGAGCCUGCUGUAAAAUGGGAGAAAGUUGACAGUACCCUUACAGAGCGUGCUGUAAUUGAUACUACUCGUUCAUUCACCAUGCUUGUCAUUGACAAUGUUAAUCGCUUUGACAGUGGCAAAUACUCACUAACACUAGAAAACAGUAGUGGGAAAAAAUCUGCAAUUGUUGCAGUGAGAAUUUUGGAUACACCAAGUGCACCACAAAACUUUACCGUGAAGGAGCUAAAGAAGGAUUCAGUGACUCUUGCCUGGGAUACUCCACUUACUGAUGGUGGCUCUAAAAUCACAAACUACAUCAUAGAGAAGAGAGAGUCUGUUAGGAAGGCCUAUGCUGCUGUCACCAGCAACUGUACAGCAAACUCAUUUAAGGUAGAAGACCUGCCAGAAGGUGGAAAUUUCUACUUCAGAAUCUGUGCUGUUAAUGAAUAUGGCCAAGGCCAGAUGGUCGAAACCAAAGAAGUAAAGGUAGCUGAGGUACCUUUGCCACCAAGCAAGGUUACCCUUGUAGAUUUGACCAAGACUAGUGUGUCACUGGCUUGGGAGAAACCUGCUCAUGAUGGUGGAUGCAAAGUAAUGUGCUACAAUGUAGAAUUUAAGCCCAAGAGUGGGGAUAAAUGGGGCACAGCAUGUACAGUUAAGGUACCGGAAGCAACUAUUCCUAAUUUAACUCCAAAUGAAGCUUAUUUAUUCAGAGUUGUUGCAAUCAAUGAGAAGGGGAAGAGUGAGCCAAAGGAUCUUGGCUUACCUGUGGUUGCAAAGGAUGUUGCUAUUGAACCAUCUAUCAACUUGCUGUUUACCACAUACACUGUGAAGGCUGGAGGUGACCUCACUUUUGAGGUUCCAAUAAGAGGCAGACCAAAGCCCGCUGUGUCCUGGAAGAAGGAUGGCCUUCCUUUGAAGCAAACCACAUCAGUUUCUAUCUUAAACACUGCAGCCUCAUCCAAAAUCAUUAUCAAAGAGGCUAAGAAGGAACAUGUUGGGAAGUAUGAAAUGACUUUGGCAAACACAGCAGGAACUGUUACAGCAGAUAUUGGAGUCAUUGUCCUUGAUAAGCCAGGUCCACCUAAAGGAAUUAAGGUGGAUGCAGUGACUUCAGACAGCAUCUCCCUUUCCUGGUCCCCACCAGAAUAUGAUGGUGGCUGCUCCAUCAGCAACUACAUUGUGGAGAAGAGAGACACAAACACACAGGAAUGGCAGAUGAUAGCAAGUAAUGUUGCUAGAACAGCUUUCAAAGCUGGCCGCCUUACACAUGGAGCAGAGUAUCAGUUUCGUAUUUAUGCUGUUAACCGCUAUGGAAAGAGUAGUUAUCUGGAUUCACCUGGAAUCACUGCUCAGUACAAUUUUAAACAGCCCGGACCUCCUUCUACACCCAUAGUGAAACUGGCCACCAAGUCUUAUAUGCUGGUGACUUGGAAUGAGCCAGUUAGUGAUGGUGGUAGUCCUGUUCUGGGCUACCACCUGGAGAGGAAGGAGCGUUCUAGCAUUCUUUGGACAAAGAUGAACAGAGGAAUGAUCAAAGAUACAGAGUACAAAGUCACUGGAAUUGAAGAGGGCAUGAUGUAUGAAUACCGUGUAUAUGCUGAAAAUAUUGCCGGUAUUGGUAAAUGUAGCAAGGCUUGUGAAGCCGUAGCAGCAAGAGAUCCAUGUGACCCUCCAGGUAAACCCAUUAUCAUUGCAAUCACCAGAACAUCAGUCUCCUUAUCUUGGGAAAAACCAGAAUAUGAUGGUGGAGCAAAGGUUUCUGGUUACACAAUUGAACGCAGAGACCUUCCAGAAGGACGAUGGACAAGGUGCAACUUCACUAAUGUACCUGAGACCCAUUAUGAUGUGACAGGCCUUACAGAGAACAGCCAGUAUGAUUUCCGUGUCAUUGCAAAGAAUGCAGCUGGACUGUUUAGUAUACCAUCAGACAAUACUGGUCCCAUCACUAUUAAAGAUGAUGUGGAGCCACCACGCAUCAUGAUUGAUGUGAAGUUCAGAGAGACCGUGUUUGUGAAAGCCGGAGAAACUCUAAAGAUUAAUGCGGAUCUUGCGGGACGUCCUGCUCCUGUCAUUUCAUGGACCAAGAAUGGCAAAGAAAUCGAGCUAAGAGCUAGAAUUCAAAUUGUUUCAACAGACACCAGCACGUGUCUCACUAUGAAGGAUUGUAUCAGAAGAGAUUCUGGACAGUAUGCCCUGACUUUACAAAAUAUUGGUGGAACAGUUACCAUGCCAAUAAACUGUGUGAUUCUAGAUAGGCCAGGACCCUCAGCAGGACCACUUCAGAUUACAGGUAUCACAGCAGCAGAGUGCACUCUGUCUUGGGGUCCACCUCAGGAAUCUGGUGGUGCAGACAUCACUCAUUAUGUUGUUGAAAAACGUGAGACCAGUCGGCUGUCAUGGACACUGGUGAAGGCAGAUGUCACAAAAACAUUCUUUAAAGUCACAGGUCUGCUCAAGGACAAUGACUAUAUCUUUAGGGUUCUUGCUAUUAACAAGCAUGGUGUUGGUGAAGCUCUGGAGAGUGAUGUUAUAAAGGUUACAAAUCCAUACACCUUUGCCACUGCUCCAGCUAGUGUUGAUGUCACUACUAUAACUGGAGACUCAAUGACCCUCACCUGGUGCAAGCCAGCCAAUGAUGGAGGCAGUCCCAUUACUGGAUAUGUGAUUGAGCGGCGUGAGAAAACAAGCAUGCGUUGGGUCCGUGUGAACAGAGAUCCAGUUCCUGAAUUUACCACAGUAGUAACUAAACUCCGCAAGGGUUGUGAAUAUGACUUCCGAGUUUAUGCUGAAAAUGCAGCUGGUUUGAGUCCACCGAGUGAACCAUCUGCAACAUUCAGAGCAGUAGAUCCUCUGGUCAUUCCUUCUCGUCCAACCAAGCCAAAGAUUGUGAAUUCAACCAAAGACACCGUGUCUAUUGUCUGGAAACCACCAACAGAUGAUGGUGGUGCUCCUAUCCUUGGAUACAGUGUAGAAUACAGAGACUACAUCCAGAAACCAGAGGAAGAAGAAGAAUAUGAGGAGGAAGAGGAGGUACUUGAGUCACCUGAAGAACUAGCAAGAUGGGUUGAGGCCAUCCCUCUUACAAAGAGCUUAGAAUUCACCAUCACUGGAUUGAAGACAGAUGCAGAAUAUGAAUUCUGUGUUAAAGCAAUCAAUAAAGUUGGCAGCAGUGUGCGUAGUCCAUAUUCAAAUCCAUCUGCCGCAAAGGACAGAACUGCAGAACCAUCAUUUGAUGUUGACAUUGAGAUGCGUAAAGUGCUCUCUGUUAAGCAUGGUACAGCAUUUACUCUUAAUGUGCCAUUCAAGGGAAACCCUUUGCCAUCAGUGACAUGGGCUAAGGAGGGUGUUGAUCUGAAAGUCAGAGGAACCAUUGAAUCAACAGAAUCCAGCACUUCAUUGACUAUUGAGAAGUCAACUAGAAAUGACUCUGGAGAAUACACUGUCACAAUUGAAUCACCACUAGGAAAAGCAACGUUGCCUGUGGUUGUCAAAGUACUUGACUCUCCAGGACCCCCAGUGAACGUUAAAGUAACUUCAGUGACCAGGGAUUCUGCAACCCUCACUUGGGAUCCUCCAGAGAAUGAUGGUGGUGAUGCAGUAAAGGCCUACCAUGUUGAAAAACGUGAGGCCAGUAAGAAAGCCUGGGUGUCUGUGACUGGCAACUGCCACACUCUGACUUACAAGGUGGAAGACCUACAGGAGGGAGCUAUCUAUUAUUUCAGAGUUAUUGGAGAAAAUGAGUAUGGAGUGGGUGUCCCUCAGGACGCUAAGGCUGGGACAAAGAUCACAGAGGUACCAAGUCCACCUAUGAAACUUGGAGUUGCAAAUGUUACCAAGGACAGUGUUACUAUUGCCUGGACCAGACCAGAAUAUGAUGGCGGAAGCAGAGUCACUGGUUAUCUUAUUGAUGCCCUGGAGAAAGGACAGACCAAAUGGGUGAAAUGUGCCACUGUGAGGAUCUUGACUCACACAAUCAAGAGCCUUAGGGAAGGUGCUGAGUACUUUUUCAGAGUCCGUGCUGAGAACCAUGCUGGACUUAGUGAACCCAAGGAGAUGAUCGUUCCAGUUAUUGUCAAGGAAAUACACGAGGCUCCAGAGUUUGACCUAAAGAACUACCCCAAGAAUACAGUUUAUGUAAGAGCAGGAUCCAAUCUGACCUUUGAGAUUCCAUUAACUGGCAGGCCCAUGCCAAAGGUCACUGUUUCCAAGAACAAUAUUGUCAUUAAGGGAUCCAAGAGGCUGCUGACAGAAGUAACUCCAGAUAGUUUAAUCAUCACCCUAAAUGAAAGUGUUUCAGUGGAUGCUGGCAAAUAUGAAAUCACAGCCUCAAAUGCAGGAGGUACUACCAAGAUUUUCAUUAUCUUCGUUGUGCUGGACAGACCUGGACCUCCUGUUGGUCCAGUUCAGAUUGGAGAAGUUGGAGAGACCACAGUGUGUCUGAAAUGGACUCCUCCAGAGUACGAUGGUGGCAGUCCUGUUACGAAUUAUGUUGUUCUUAAACGUGAAACCAGCACUCCUGCCUGGGUAGAGGUGUCGACUACCAUUGCCAGAAGUGAGAUCAAGGUGACUAAGCUGACUAAAGGAGAGGAGUACCAGUUCAGAAUUAAGGCUGAGAAUCGUUAUGGCAUCAGUGAUCAUAUUGACAGCAAGCCGGUCAUGAUAAAGCUUCCAUACACUGUGCCUGGACCUCCAUCCACACCUUGGGUUAGCUAUGUAUCUAGAGAGAGUCUCACAGUCUGCUGGAAUGAGCCAGUCAAUGAUGGUGGAAACCCUGUAGUUGGAUACCAUCUCCAGAUGAAAGAGAGGACCAGCAUCCUUUGGCAGAAAAUCAAUAAGACCCCAAUCCCAGGAGACCAGUGGCGUGUCACAAACAUCUGCCCUGGUCUUAUCUAUGAAUUCAAGGUGGCAGCUGAAAAUUCUGCUGGUAUUGGAAAAAUGAGCAAAACAUCAGAAGAAGUGCUUGCUAUUGAUGCCUGUGAACCCCCGGCAAAUGUUCAUGUCACCGAAGUCACGAAGAACUCGGUCAGUCUGGCCUGGCAGAGGCCUCCAUAUGAUGGUGGCAGUAAGAUUACUGGUUACAGUGUAGAAAGGAGGGAGGCACCCAGCGGCAGAUGGGUGAAGGCCAACUUUACAAACAUCAUUGAGAUGGGUUUCACUGUAUCUGGACUGACCCAGGAUGAGUCUUAUGAGUUCAGAGUUUAUGCUAAGAAUGCAGUUGGGUCUGUCAGCAAUCCAUCUCUCAUUGCUGGACCAGUGACUUGUGUUGAUGCAUGUGGUGCCCCAGCUAUAGACCUUCCUCCAGAGUACCUGGAUGUAGUUCAGUACAAAGCUGGAGCUACAGUUAAGCUCAGAGUAGGAAUUAUUGCCAAGCCUCUACCAACGAUUGAGUGGCUCAAGAAUGGAAAGGAGCUAAUAACAACCUCCACUGUGUCUGCUGAAAGCACAACGGACUCUUCUGCUGUUCUGAUCAAGGAUGCAACUCGCAAUGACACAGGUUCAUAUGAGAUCAAGAUUAAGAAUGUUCUGGGGUCAGCAUCUGCAACCAUCAGAACUGAAAUCCUAGACAAACCUGGACCCCCAGCUGGCAUUAUUAACUUCAACUCCAUCACAGCAGAAAGAAUUAUGUUCAGCUGGGAACCUGUGCCUGAGUGUGACCAGGGAGGCUCCAAAGUCACCCACUACAUUGUUGAAAGACGUGAAACCAGUAGAGUGGUGUGGUCAACAGUUUCUGAAAGGUGUGAACAGACGUACAUUACUGUUGGCAAGCUGGUCCGUGGAAAUGAGUAUGUAUUCCGUGUAAUGGGUGUUAACAAGUAUGGAGUUGGAGAACCACUGGAGUCAGAGUCUGUCAUCGCUAAGAAUGCCUUUGUCACUCCUGGGCAGCCUCAUACCCCUGAGGUGACCACCAUUACAAAGUCCACUAUGGUGGUGGAAUGGGGCAAACCAGGUGUGGAUGGAGGCAGUGCAGUGACAGGCUACUACCUGGAGAGACGAGACAAGAAGAGCUUGCGCUGGAUCAGAGUUUAUAAAGAGCCUGUCACUGACGCCAAACAGACAGUUUAUCACUUGACAGAAGGAAAUGAAUACCAGUAUCGUGUGUGUGCCAUUAACAAGGCCGGAGAGGGACCGUUUUCUGAUGCAUCAGACUAUUAUAAGGCUGCUGACCCAGUUGAUCCACCAGAUGAGCCUUGCAAGUUAAAGGUGGUGGACUCUACCAAGACUUCCAUCACUUUGGGCUGGUCCAAGCCAGAAUGGGAUGGAGGAAGUGAGGUCACAAGUUACAUGGUGGAAAAGCUUGUGGAGGGAGAAAAAGAAUGGGCUAUGAUUACCUCCAAAGGAGAGGUUAAAACAACAGAAUAUGUUGUCCACAAUUUAAAACCAAAUGUUAACUACUUCUUCAGAGUCUCUGCUGUCAAUUGUGCUGGUCGCGGAGAGCCUCUGGAGAUGACUGAACCAGUGCAGGCUAAGGACAUCCUGGAGGAGGCCCAGAUUGACUCUGAUGUUGCCAUGAGAACUCACUACAUUGUGAAGGCCGGCAAGGAUGUUGAGCUGUCUGUUCCAUUGAAGGGCAGACCUGCGCCCACUGCCUCUUGGAGCAAGGGAGAAGAAUGCAUUGACCACGAUCCCAAAUAUGAAUUCCACCAUUCAGACACAAGCACAGUCCUUGUUAUGCGUGAGGUGACCAAGCUUGAUACUGGAAAAUAUACAGUAAAGAUAGAGAAUGGUGUGGGUGAGCCCAAGACAGUGACUCUGUCUGUCAAAGUCCAAGACACCCCAGCUCAGUGCAGGAACCUGGUCCUGAAGGAGGUGACCCGUGGAAAGGUGACUCUCUGCUGGGAGGCCCCACUUCUUGAUGGCGGUGCAGAGAUUACUAACUAUGUUGUGGAGAAGAGAGACUCAUCCAAGAGAUCAUACUCUAUGGUGACAAACAAAUGCACAGACACAACAUACACCAUUGAAGAUCUUUCUGAAAAGACAUCCUUCUUCUUCCGUGUCUUAGCAGAGAAUGAGAAUGGUAUCGGUGAUCCAUGUGAAACACAUGAACCUGUUAAGGCUACAGAAACUCCAGGCCCAGUCAAGGAGGUUUCAAUGAAAGAUUCAUCAAAGACCUCCAUCACUCUCCAGUGGCUUAAACCAGAUUACGAUGGUGGUAGUAUAAUCUCUGACUACAUUAUUGAGAAGAAGGUCAAGAAUGAAGAUUGGUCAUUAGGAGGAACAAGCAGACAGUGUGAGUUUGAGGUAAAGAAACUGAAGGAGCACUCGAACAUGUUCUUUAGAGUUGCUGCCAGGAAUGAGAAAGGACAUGGAGAUUUUGUUGAAAUUGGACCUAUCAAGGUCAUUGACUACAUUAUUACACCAGAGGCAGACCUUACAGAAUAUCCACAUGGUAGCAUCAGCAUUCGCCUGGGUCACAAUGUGCACAUUGAACUGCCAUACAAAGGCAAACCCAGACCUUCUGUUCUUUGGAUGAAGGACAGCCUGCCGCUUAAAGAGAGUGAUCAAGUACGCUUCAAGACAACAGAAAACAAAGCCACCCUAAUGAUUAAGAAUGUGAAGAAGGAGAAUGAGGGCAAAUACACCUUAACCCUUGACAACAAAGUGAACAGGAAAUCCUUCCACAUCCAUGUCAUCACACUGGGACCACCAUCAAAGCCUGUUGGACCUAUCCGACUGGACGAAGUGAGAGCAGAAAGCAUUAUGAUCUCAUGGGAUGAACCAAAUGACUAUGGUGGUGGAGACAUAACUUGCUACACCGUGGAGAAACGUGAUACCUCCCAAAAUGACUGGAAGAUGGCCUCCUCCAGUGUACAGGAUACUCAAUUCAAAGUCUCCAACCUUAUCAAAGGUGUCCAAUACCAGUUUAGAGUGUGUGCUGAAAACAGGUAUGGUGUCAGCGAGCCUCUGCUUUCGCAAAUGGUUAUUGCCAAGCACCAAUUCAGACCACCAGGCCCACCAGGCAAGCCGAUUGUAUACAAUGUUACCAACGAUGGUAUGACCAUUCAAUGGGAGAAACCUAUCUAUGAUGGUGGCACCCCUAUUCAGGGCUAUCAUGUGGAGAAGAAGGAGAAGAAUAGCAUUAUGUGGCAAAAGGUGAACACUAUGUUGAUCAAAGAAACAGAUCACAGGAUUUUGGAGCUCAUUGAAGGCCUUGAAUACUCCUUUAGAGUCUAUGCACAGAAUGAUGCUGGGUUCAGCCGAAUGAGUGAUGAGAGCAAACCAAUCAUGGCCGUCAGUCCAGUUGAUCCUCCUGGCCAGCCUGAUUACACUGAUGUGACUAGUGACUCAGUGUCACUGAAAUGGGAUGCACCCAAACGUGAUGGCGGUAGCAAGAUUGUUGGAUACAAUAUCGAGAAACGCCAAGGACAUGGACGCUGGUUCAAGGCCAACUUGACUGAUGUGCACGACUGUCAGUAUACCGUCACUGGAUUGGCAACAAAUGAACGCUAUGAGUUUAGGGUCAUUGCCAGAAAUGCCAUGGGUGUUGUCAGUCCUCCAUCCAACUCUUCUGGCAUGAUUGCUGUCAGAAGUGAAAAUGCUCUUCCAAACAUUGAGUUUGGCCCAGAGUACUUUGAAGGUUUGACAGUCAAGGCAGGAGACAGCAUCAGGCUAAAGGUGACCAUCACUGGACGCCCAGUUCCCAAAGUUGUCUGGUUCCGAGAAGGUGUGGAGAUUACAAAAAAGAUGAUGGACAUUAUUACAGUUCCUGGAUCCAGCACCCUCUUUGUCAGGGAUGCUGAUCGUUCACACUGUGGGCGCUACACUGUGGAAGCUACCAAUGGGUCUGGAACCAAAAAGGAAAACAUCCUUGUUCAAGUCCAAGAUACACCUGGCGAGCCUGUUGGACCGAUCACUUUCAGUAACAUCUCAGAGGGCAAGUGCAGUCUGUCUUGGAACCCACCAGAGAAAGAUGGUUGUUCUGAGAUUUCACAUUACAUCAUUGAGAAGCGUGAGACAGCCAAGAUUUCGUGGGCAUUGGUGUCUGAUGAAUGUAAGGAGUGCACCUUCCACGCAACCAAGCUCAUUAAGACUAAUGAGUAUCAAUUCAGGGUCUCUGCUGUUAACAAGUUUGGAGUUGGCAGACCUCUGGAAUCCAGUCCCAUCAUUGCACAGAUGCAAUACACCACUCCUGAUGCUCCAGGCACUCCUGAUGCAACUGAAGUUACAGGAGAGAGCAUCACCUUGUCCUGGACUCCUCCAAAAUCUGAUGGAGGAAGCCCGAUUCAUUAUUACAUCCUGGAAAAACGUGAAAAGAAGACUGUCCGGUUCUACAAGGUGAUCACCAAGAAGCCUAUUACUGACUGUGCACAUAGGGUUAUCAACCUGACAGAGGAUAUGGAAUACGAGUUCCGUGUUAUGGCUGUAAAUGAUGCUGGUGUUGGAACUCCUAGCAACAUCUCUUUACCCAUCAAAGCCGCUGAGCCAAAAGAUAUACCUUGCGCUCCAUCAGUGGUCUGUGUUUCGGACUCCACCAGUACCUCCAUCAGUUUGGAAUGGACCAAGCCUGCUGACGAUGGAGGCAUGGAGAUUCUUGGCUACAUAAUUGAAAUGGUGAAGGGAGAAGAGGUGGAAUGGAAGAGAGUAAAUGAGGAGCUUGUAACUGAAACAAAUUAUGUGGUGACAGGUCUGCAGACAGGGGCUGAGUACAAAUUCCGUGUUGCAGCUGUCAAUCAUGUGGGUAGAGGUGAAGACAAGGAAAUUCCAGAGCCUGCUCAGGCAGUAGAUAGGCUAACAGUGCCACAGGUAGAUAUUGAUGCUGCCUUUAAGCAGACACACAUUGUCAAAGCGGGAGGUUCAGUGUGCUUGGGCAUCCACUUCAGAGGAAAGCCUAUUCCUACUGCCACUUGGGUGAAGGAGGAAGGAGAGCUCAGUGUCAUGUCAGAGGUAACAACUACUGAUGGUUACAGUUCUCUGAGCAUUGAAAACUGCUCUAGAAAUGAUACUGGCAAAUAUACUGUAAACCUAGAAAAUUCCAGUGGUAGCAAGGCUACUACAUUUGUUGUAAAAGUCAUGGACACUCCUGGACCUCCAGAGGCUGUUGCCUUCAUGGAGGUGACCAGAGGCUCAGUCACACUUAUGUGGAAAUCUCCUCUUAAUGAUGGCGGAGCCAGAAUCCAUCACUAUAUUGUUGAGAGGCGUGAGGCUAGCCGCCGCACUUGGCAGCAGUCCGGUAGCAAAUGCACACAGCACUACCUAAAGAUACAGGACCUGCUGGAAGGAGUGCCAUACUUCUUCAGAGUCUCAGCCGAGAACCAGCACGGUGUGGGUGAGGCAUUUGAGCUGACUGAGCCUGUCAUUGCCACUGCAGCACCAUCAGCUCCAAAGAGACUGGAUAUCCUCGACACCACAGACAACUCUGUGUCACUAGGCUGGCUGAAACCAGAGCAUGAUGGCGGUAGUCGCAUUCAGUGUUAUGUCAUUGAAGCUAGGCCAAAAGGUACAGACAAAUGGGUAGUUGUUGGCAACACCAAAAAUCUGACCUAUGUUGUCGAAAAGCUCAACAAGGGUGAUGAAUAUGACUUCUGUGUGAAGGCUAAGAAUGAAGCUGGUUAUAGCAAGCCCAAGGGAACUCUGGCUCCUGUGCUGGUCAAAGAGCCUCACAUUGAACCUGCUGCUGACCUCAGUGAAAUCACCAACCAGCUCAUCACAUGCAGGUCUGGAAGCACUUUCACCAUCGAUGUUCCAAUCAGUGGCAGACCUGCUCCUAAGACCACCUGGAAGUUGGAGGAAAUGAGACUGAAAAACACAGACAGAGUCUCAAUCAAAGUUACUAAGGACAGAACCAGUAUCUCAGUUAAGGAGGCCAUGAGAGGAGAUGGUGGGAAAUACCAUCUGACUCUGGAGAAUGUGGCAGGAACCAGAACGUUUACUAUUGAAGUUAAUGUCACAGGCAGACCCAGUCCUCCAAGUGGACCAAUAGAAAUCUCAUCAAUUACUUCUGAGUCCUGUGUUGUUAACUGGCAUCCACCAGAAGAUGAUGGUGGCACUGACAUCACCAACUACAUCGUAGAGAAGCGUGAAUCUGGCUCAACGGCCUGGCAGCUCAUCAACUCCAGCGUGAAGCGCACCUCUCUCCACGUCAGUAACCUGACCAAAUACAUGCAGUACACAUUCAGGGUCUCUGCAGAAAACAGAUUUGGUGUCAGCAAGUCCACUGAGUCUGAGACUAUUGUCGCUGAGCAUCCUUACACACCUGCAGGUCCACCGACAAAGCCUAUAAUCUUUAAUGUCACUGCUAAUACAAUGACACUGCAAUGGGAGGAGCCCUACCAUGAUGGUGGAAGCAAGGUGACUGGUUACUGGAUUGAGAAGAAGGAAAGGAACAAUAUCCUGUGGGUGAGGGAGAACAAGAUCCCUUGCUUUGAGUGCUCUUACAAGGUGGAAGGUCUGGUGGAAGGCCUGGAAUAUCAGUUCAGGGUUUAUGCCAUGAACAGUGCUGGACUGAGCAAAGCUAGUGAGGCCUCAAAGGGAGCAGUUGCUCAAAACCCUGUUGAUCCACCGGGUAAGCCUGAAGUCACCAACGUAACAAGGACCACAGUAUCCCUGAAGUGGUCGUCUCCACUGUAUGACGGUGGCAGUCCAAUUGUGGGCUACAUCAUUGAACGCAAGCCAUACACGUUGACUGGCGAGGGCCGCUGGCUGAAGUGUAACUACACCAACGUGACUGACAACUUCUAUACUGUUACUGCGCUGGGAGAGGGAGAGCCCUACGAGUUCAGGGUUAUUGCCAAGAAUGCCAACCAGGUCUUCAGCAGACCCUCUGAGUCCACCGGCUCUGUGCAGUGCAAAACUGACUUUGAGCCUCCAAAGGCCCAGCUUGACAGCAAGCUGCUCUCUGAAACUGUGAUGGUCCGGGCUGGUUCAGACCUGGUUCUGGAUGCUGCAGUGGGUGGAAGACCUGAUCCUAAGGCUUCUUGGUCCAAGGGUAACAGAGAGCUGGACUUGUGUGAAAAGUACCACUUGCAGUAUACCCCGACUAGAGCCAUGGCCAUCAUCAAAUUCUGUGACAGAGAUGACACUGGAAAAUACAUCCUCACAGUCAGGAACGUAAGUGGAACCAAAACUGCAGAAGUCAAUGUCAAAGUGCUUGACACACCUGGAGUUUGUGAGGGCAGCAUUGAGAUCAGUAAGAUAACAGAGGAAUCCUGCACUCUGAGCUGGAAGCCUCCUCUUGAAGAUGGUGGUGAUGACGUCUCUCACUACAUUGUGGAGAGGCGUGACACAAACAGACUUAACUGGGUAAUAAUGCAUGCCGAAUGCAAGGAACUGACCUGCAACAUCACCGGGCUGAUGAAAAACACAGAGUACCUGUUCAGGGUGCGGGGAGUCAACAAGUACGGGCCUGGAGUCUAUCUCCAGUCAGAGCCCAUGGUCGCCAGAAACACCUUUACUGUGCCAUCUCCUCCUGGUGCUCCAGAGAUCCUGGCAUCAGGAAAGGACUUUGCCACCAUUGAGUGGCUGAAACCAGAGAGCGAUGGAGGUAGCCCAUUGAUCCAUUACUUAGUCGAGAGACGUGAGAGAAAGAGUGCUCGCUGGGUGAAGGUGAACAGAGAUGGUGCUCACUUAGACACCACGCUGAAAGUGUCCGGUUUGACUGAAGGCAACAUCUACCAGUUCAGAGUGACGGCCAUCAACAAGGCAGGAGAAAGUGAGCCCAGCGAGGUUUCUCUAUAUGUUGUCUGCAGAGUGCCAACAUGUACCCCUGUUCCUCCUUCUAUUCCUCGUAUCACUGACACACACGCUGACAGCAUCAGCCUGGCCUGGUCCCGACCCGUAGAGGAUGGAGGAGCUGAUGUGAUUGGCUAUAUUCUAGAGAUGAAGGAAGUGGGAGCAGAAGAAUGGAAGAAGGCCCAUGAAAAGACCCUGCGUACCACAGAGUAUGUAGUAACCGGACUUUCAGCAGGCAAGAAGUACUGCUUCAGAGUGGCCGGCAUUAACAUUAAUGGUACAGGAGACUUCAGUGACCCAUGUGCUGAGACCGAGCCAGUGGAGAGAAUUGAAACUCCUGACUUCGAGCUCCACGAUGACCUUAAGAAAACUAUCUGCUUGCGGGCCAGUGGCUCCCUUCGCUUAUUUGUUCGUGUCACUGGUCGUCCUGCUCCUACAAUAACGUGGAGCAAGCCUGGUGUUGACCUCCACAACAGAGGCUUCAUUGAGGUCACCAACACUUCCACCACUCUCAUUAUUGACAAAGUCAACCGCUACGAUGCUGGCAGGUACACUCUGGUGGCGGAGAACUCUGCCGGGAAACAGGAAGUCAGCAUUUUGGUCAAGGUUUAUGAUACUCCUGGACCAACUGGGCCAAUCAAAAUGAAGGAACUGACCAAGGAGUCUGCAACCAUCUCUUGGGAUGCUCCAACUGUGGAUGGCGGUGCUCCUGUCAACAAUUACAUCAUUGAGAGGCGUGAAGCGUCCAUGAGAGCCUACAAAACAGUCACAGCCAAGUGCAGUAAAACAUCUUACAAGAUCGAUGGCCUGAUGGAGGGCAUGCUGUAUUAUUUCCGUGUUCUCCCUGAGAACAUCUAUGGUAUUGGAGAGCCCUGUGAGACACCAGAUGUCAUCCUGGUUUGCGAGGUGCCUCUGCCACCACAAAAAUUGGAAGUGAUCGAUGUCACCAAGAGCACUGUCACCCUGGGCUGGGAGAAACCGGAACAUGAUGGUGGCAGCAGACUGAUAGGUUAUGUCAUUGAAGCCUGCAAGUUUGGUACCGACAAAUGGAUGAAGGUGGCUACAUUGAAGCUCACAGACUUUGAGCACACCAUUGAGAAGCUGAAUGAGAAGGAGCAGUACUUGUUCAGAAUCAGAGCCAUCAACAGCCGAGGAGCCAGUGAACCCAAAGAACUUGUUGCAGCUGUCACUGUACAGGAACAGAGAGUAAUGCCAGUAGUGGACUUCUCUGGCAUUCCUCAGAAGGUUGUCAAUGUGCUGGCUGGCAAGACCCUGGAUCUGGACCUGCCUAUCAUCGGCAGACCUCCUCCUGUUUGCUCCUGGUACUUUGGUGACAACAAGAUAAAAAUCACAGACCGUGUCAAGAUCAAGAGUACUGGCAAGUUCACCAAACUGACGAUGUCUGACACCACCAUCGAUGACACUGGUGACUACACCCUGGAGGUGAAGAAUGCUGUUGGUGUCAUCACUGAGUUCAUCAAAGUCGUCAUUCUCUCUAAACCUGAUGAGCCAAAGGGACCCAUCAGGUUUGACGAGAUUGAUGCCACCACCGUCACUUGCAGUUGGGAUCCUCCAAUCAGAGAUGGUGGAGCUCCCAUCAGUGGCUAUGUGGUGGAGCAGCGUGAUGCCCACAGACCUGGUUGGGUGCCUGUCUCUGACUCUGUCAGCCGACCAAUGUUUAAAUUUGAUAACCUGAUCGAGGGAGAUGAGUAUGUCUUCCGUGCAGCUGCUGUGAAUCAUUACGGCACUGGAGAAUUCCUGCAGUCUGAGAUUGUCACCUGCAGAAGCAUGAAGAAUGUUCCUGGACCACCUGGACGUCCAGUUGUUUUCGAUGUUUCUCGUGAUGGUAUGACUGUGGCUUGGGAGCCGCCAGAUGAGGAUGGUGGCCUUGAAGUUUCUGGUUACAUCAUUGAACGGAAAGAAGUCAGGGCUGAUAGAUGGGUGCGUGCCAACAAGAACCCCGUAACCAUGACUAGAUACCGGUCUACUGAGCUGAUCGAGGGUCUUGAGUACGAACACAGAAUCACUGCCAUCAAUGCCAGAGGACUUAGCAAGCCAAGUCUGCCAUCCAAACCAGCAGUGGCAACAGAUCCCAUUGAUCCACCUGGCUGUCCUCAGAAUCCAAGGAUCACUGAUACCACAAAGUCCUCUGUGUCACUGGCUUGGAGUCCUCCUGAUGAUGAGGGAGACGCUAGGGUAGAUGGUUACCUGAUUGAGAUGCAGAAGGUGGGCACUAUGGCCUGGAUCAAAUGCAACACCACACCAUCUCUAAUUUGUGAGUACACUCUGACCAACAUGCCACAAGGAGAGCAGUUCAAAUUCCGUGUGAUGGCCUGCAAUGCUGGUGGCUCUGGAGAGCCCGCUGAAGUGCCUGGAACAGUUACUGUGACUGAGAUGCUUGAAUCUCCUGAAUAUGACCUGGAGCUGAAAUACAAAGAUCUGUACGUGGUCCGCUACGGAGGAGUGCUUAGAUUAUCUGUACCCAUUAAAGGUAAACCUCAGCCAACCUGCAAGUGGUCAAAGGAUGGCGGUUUAGUGUCUGCCAGGGCUAUGAUUGCCUCCACUGAAGAUGCCAGUGAGCUUGUAAUCAAGGGAGCUGAGAGGAGUGACUCUGGUGUCUAUGAUCUCCUGCUGGAGAAUAAGGUUGGCAAGAAGAAAGUCCAAAUCAAGGUGAAGGUCAUUGGCAGACCAAGUGCUCCAGAGGGACCAAUAGUCUUUGAGGAGAUUCAGGCCAACUCUGUCAGGCUGUCCUGGAAGGCACCUAUUGAUGACGGUGGCUCAGAAAUCCUUGGUUAUAUUGUGGAACGACGUGAGGCAACCAGAAAUGCCUGGUAUACUGUAGACUGUAGAGUGACUGAAACUCAGUUGCUUGUUAAGGGCCUGAAGGAGGGAACAGAGUAUCACUUCAAGGUCACAGCUGAAAACUCAUUUGGUAUCAGUGCAUCCCUGAAGUCUGAACAGCCACUGGUACCCAUGACUCCUCUCUGUUCCCCUGAGCCUUCAACUACCCCACCAGAGAUUAUGGAUGUCACCAAGAGCUCAGUGGCACUUGCAUGGUCCAGACCAAAGGAUGAUGGAGGAUCUGCUAUCACUGGUUACUUUGUUGAGUACAAGGUGGUGUCUGCUGAAACAUGGUCCCGUCACCAGGCCAAGAUAACCUCCACCAUGUUUACUCUACCUGGACUCACCCCAGAUACGGACUACCAGUUCCGCAUUGUUGCUGUCAAUGACAUAGGCGAGAGUGAGGCAGGUCCUGUGUCGGACCCAGUCACAUGCAAAGAUCCAUUCGACAAGCCCAGUCAACCAGGUGAAAUUGACACAGUGAACGUGAGUAACAACAACAUAACAAUCCGCUGGCAAGCUCCAGAGUGUGAUGGUGGAAAGGAGGUCCUGGGCUAUUGGGUGGAAUACAGGAAGUCCACAGAGAGCACCUGGAAAAAGUGUAACAAGGAGAGACUUAAGGAAAAGGAGUUCACGGCACGUGGACUAGCUGAGGCCACAGAAUAUGAAUUCAGGGUGUUUGCUGAGAAUGAGACGGGAAUGAGCAGGCCUCGUAGGACUGCCACAUGUAUCAAAACCAAGCUGACUUCUGAAACUAAACCAAGCCUGAGAAAAGAAAUGGAUGAAGUAACUGCCAAACUUGGCCAGCCUGCAGUUAUGAAGUGCCAGAUUAUUGGAAGACCCGUUCCUGAAAUAAAGUGGUAUCAUGCAGGCAAGGAAAUUAUCGAGUCUCGCAAGUACGAGAUGAGCUCUGACGGCCGCAACCACUCCCUGUCAAUUAUGACUGACCAGCAGGAAGAUGAAGGCGAAUACACCUGCAAGGCCAUCAAUGACGCUGGAGAAGCAGAGACCACAGGCAUGUUGGUUUUGGAGGCGGCGCCAUCAUUCCACCCUGACUACCCACUGAAGGAAAUCCAUUUUGCUGGCCUCGGAACUACUCUGCGUAUCCAUGCUGUUUACAUUGGCCGUCCUGAGCCAAAGAUCAUGUGGCUGCAUGGGGCAAAGACUCUGGAAAACACAGAAGAUAUAAGCAUUGAGACCACUGAGCACUACACACAUCUGGUCAUCAAGAACGUGCAGCGCAGAGUCCAUGGAGGCAAAUACAGAAUAAGACUGCACAACCACUUUGGCCGAGCUGACACCGCAUUCAGUGUUGAAAUCUACGACAAACCUGAUAUACCUCAGGGUCCCAUUGUUCUGGAUGCCCUGCUGAAGAACUCAGUGAUCAUCAGCUGGAAGCCUCCCAAAGAUGACGGUGGCUGCAUGAUUACGAACUAUAUUGUGGAGAAGCGUGAGGACAGGGAGGGCUCAGAGUGGGAACUGGUGUCGUCAUCCAUCAAUGGCACAUCCUGCCGUGUGCCCAACCUCAUCGAGAGUGCUGGAUACUUCUUCCGGGUCUAUGCCCAGAAUCGCUAUGGCAACAGCGAGCCACUGGAGCUCACUUGCCCGAUCCUCAUCAAGAGUCAGCUGGAGAGACCAUCGCCACCUCUAUCACCAGUUGUUUCUGGAAUUACUAAGGAUUCCUGCGUGGUUUCCUGGAAACCCCCUCUCAGUGAUGGUGGAUCCAAGAUCAAGAGCUACUACCUGGAGAAGAAGAACAAAAAGGACAGGCGGGAAUGGACUGAAUGGACUCCAGUGACCACAGAUGAAAUCAAACAAACAGUCUUUUCUGUGAAGCGCCUGACCGAGGGUGUUGAGCACAUCUUCCGUGUCAAAUGCGAGAAUCUUGGAGGGCAAAGUGACUAUAGCGAGGAGACCACUCCCAUCAUUCCAGCCGCAGCUGUCGAGAUCCGUGCUCCUGCCUUUAAGGAGGAGCUGAGGAACAUGAGUGUCAAGUACAAGAGCAAUGCUACCCUUGUGUGUAAGAUUACAGGACAGCCCAAGCCUGUAAUUAAAUGGUUCAGACGAGGAAAAGAGGUCCAUUCUGAUGGAAAGAAGAUCAAGAUCCAGGAGUUUAAGGGAGGUUACCACCAGCUGGUCAUCACAGAGGCUGACGAGGAAGACUCCACUGUUUACCAGAUUAGGGCCACCAACCAGGGAGGCUCCAUCUGUGCCACUGUCUCUCUGGAUGUUGAAAUUCCUGCCAAGAUCAACCUGCCAAAGAAUCUGAAGGACAAGGAAGCCAUCCCUGCCCUGCGUGGAGAGGUGGUUAAUAUCAAGAUUCCUUUCAGUGGAAAACCAGAUCCUGUCAUCACAUGGCAAAAAGGACAAGAUCUAAUUGACAGCAAUGGACACUACCAGGUCAUUGUCACCAGAUCAUUCACUUCUUUGGUGUUUCCCAAUGGAGUGGAGAAGAAGGACGCUGGUUUUUACAUCGUCUGUGCCAAGAACAGAUUUGGCAUUGACCAGCAAACAGUUGAGCUGGAUGUAGCUGAUGUGCCUGAUCCUCCACGUGGUGUCAAAGCCAGUGAUGUCGCGAGAGACUCUGUGACACUGAACUGGGUGGCACCAGCAAAUGAUGGUGGCAGUAAGGUCAUCAGCUAUAUCAUUGAGAAGUGCCCCACCACAGCUGAGAGGUGGCAGCGUGUUGCCCAGUCCCGUGACACCCAUUACACAGUUACCAAUCUGUUUGGCGGAACGAGCUAUCAGUUCAGAAUUAUUGCUGAAAACAAGUUUGGACAGAGUGCCCCAUCUGAGUCAAGUGGACCUGUCAUGACAAAAGAGGACAAAUCCCGAGUUCUGCUCUAUGACAGGGAGGUUGAUGAUACAGGAUAUGUCCCCAGGAGCAAGGCUCCACACUCUGAUGCCAAGAAUCUGCACAACAAAUUUGCCAUUGCAGAGGAAUUGGGCAGAGGGCAGUUCGGCAUUGUCCACCGCUGUGUUGAAAUUAGCUCUGAAAAGACUUACAUGGCUAAAUUUGUCAAAGUGAGAGGUGCUGAUCAGACAUUAGUAAAGAAAGAAAUUGCAACACUGAAUUUGGCCAGACAUGCCAAUUACCUUCUCCUCCACGAGUCCUUCGACAGCCCGGAGGAGCUGGUGAUGAUCUAUGAUUUCAUCUCAGGUGUUGACAUAUUUGAGCGCCUCAGUAUAGCAGAGUUUGAACUUAAUGAGCGUGAAAUUGUUAACUACAUCAGGCAAGUCUGCUCAGCUCUUGAGUUCCUUCACACUCAGAGUUAUGGACACUUUGAUAUCAGACCUGAGAAUAUUAUAUACACUACUAGAACCAGCUCGAAUGUGAAGAUUAUUGAGCUGGGACAGUCCAGACACCUGACUCCUGGAGACCAAAUCAAGAUUCAAUAUACCACAGCAGAGUAUGCUGCCCCUGAGAUCCACCAGUGUGACAUGGUUAGCACAGUCACUGACAUGUGGUCGGUUGGUGUUCUCGCCUAUGUGCUUCUCAGUGGCCUUAAUCCGUUCACAGCUGAAACCAACCAACAGACGAUCGACAACAUUUCCAGUGCAGCCUACAGCUAUGAUGAUGAAUCCUUCAAGCAAGUCAGUGUCGAAGCACUAGACUUCACAGACCGCUUAAUGACAAAGGAGCGUAAGCAUCGGAUGACUGCAGCUGAGGCACUGGCACAUCCUUGGCUCACCAAACCUGCAGAGGAGAUCAGUGCCAGAGCAAUCCCAACUGGCAGGCACAAGAGAUACUGCCAGACAAUGGUGAGGAAAGAGUGGAACACUGUUGUCUCUGGUGCCCGUGUGGCUAGCGGGGGUUCCAUUAGGUCUCAGCGUGGCGUCUUUGUUGCUAAGGUGAAAAUUGCACCAUUUGAACAUGGUCCUCUUGCAGGGCAGAUUGGCCACGCAGUGGUGAAUGAGGGUGACAACGUGAAGUUCAUUUGCAACAUUGACAACUAUGAUAGCACUACUGAAGUAACAUGGUACUGUGGUGUCAAGCAACUUGAAGCUAGUGACAAGUAUGAAAUUGAAUAUGAAGAUGGUCUGGCAGUAAUCACCAUCAAUAAGGUCACAAGAGCAGAUGAUGGCACGUACAGAUGCAAGGUUGUAAAUGAGUAUGGUGAGGACAGUGCCUACGCUGAGCUGUUUAUCAGCAGUGUUAGGUCUUACCGCGAUUUCUUCACUGCCCGUGUGGUUAAGAGAACAAAGCGCAGAGUAGAUACUGCCAGAAUGCUUCAGAAGCCACCAGAGUUUACACUUCCUCUGGUCAACCAUACAGCUUAUAUGGGUGAGGAUGUGCGCUUUGGUGUUACCAUUACUGUACACCCUGAGCCUCGUGUCAUCUGGCACAAAUCUGGACAAAAGCUUAUCCCUGAACAUGAUGAAAGGAAAUACACUUUCAUCAGUGACAAGGGCUUGUACCAGCUGAUUAUCCACAAUGUGGAGACCGAAGAUGAUGCAGAGUACAGCGUUGUGGCCCGUAACAGGUAUGGGGAUGACAGUUGCAAGGCUCGUCUCACUGUUGUUCCUCGACCUAAACCAGCAGAUCUCACCCUGAGGCCCAUGUUUAAACGUGUGCUUGCAAAUAUCGAUUGUAAGGAGGGCCAGGACAUACGUUUUGAGAUCAGAGUAUCUGGUCGUCCAUCACUGAAAUGGGAGAAGGAUGGCACGCCUUUAGCCUUUGGACCAUCCAUCGAGGUUGUCCAUGAGGGCCUGGAUUACUACAUUCUUCAUGUGAAGGACACUCUUCCUGAGGAUUCUGGUGUGUACAGAGUUACUGCUACCAACUCUGCUGGAUCCGCCAGUUGCCAGGCCACACUGAAAGUGGAGCGCACCGCUCAUGUAAAGAAGGAAUAUGAGCCCAGUGAAAAGGAGAAGCAAAAGAUUGCCAGAAAGGAAGAAUUAGACAAAAAAGUUAGGCUCUCUCAGAUUUUGGCUGGCACUGUUGUCACCCCCCUACCACCUGCAGCAGUAGAAGCUGUCAGGGAAGCCGCCACCAUGUUUAAACCUGCUGUUACAACUAAGAAGGGUGAGAAGACUGAAGCUGAGAUACAGAAAGAGCAAGAGGAGAGGAAGAAGAGAGCAGAUGAGAAGAGACUGCGUAUGCCCUAUGUUGUCCCCACACCUCGUAUCGUUAACCCAGCUGUUCUUGAAGAAGAUGUAGAAAUAAAACACUUCAAACCUCUUUCUGACAUGAAAUGGUAUAAGAAAUUGCGGGAUCAGUAUGAAUUCCCUGAGCCAAUGGAGAAAAUCCCACAGAAAAGGAUGAAGCGUAUCCGUCUGUCUCGGUGGGAGCAGUUCUAUGAGGUACCAAUCAGGAUUAAGGACCAAUAUAAGCCAAAGUGGCGCAUUUCAUCUAUGACUCAGGAUGACUUGGAGACUGUGAGGCCAGCAAGGCAUCGCACUCCUUCUCCUGAGAUGGAGACCUACCACAGAAUCAGGAGGAGGUCUCUAGGUGACCUGUCAGAUGAGGAGCUGCUGCUUCCUGUGAAUGAGUAUCUGUCCAUGAAGAGAACUGAGGAGGAGAGGCUUCGUCUGGAGGAAGAACUGGAGCUUGGCUACUCCGCUUCUCCACCUAGCCUUAGUCCAGUUCGCUUUGAGUUGUCUGCCCUGCGUCCCUCAUCUCCUAGAAGGACCUACGGUGACAAUGAAGAGGAAGAAGAAGUUCACAGAUAUGAUUCCUACAGAAUUCCAUCCAAAUAUGAGGCUGGCCCAAGUUUUGUUGAUCUCCGCCAGCGUCAUGACAAAACAACUUAUAAACCUCCAAGACAAAAGCAGAGGGUGUAUGAAGAACGAGAGGACCAGGAGCUGCUGCGGCCACACACGACUGCUCAGAGAAUCACCUCUUACAAGAGUGAACUCAAACGAAUGGAGUUUGAGGAGAAGACACGAAUCUCACAAAAGGAAAGCACUGUUGCUGUUUCAAGAAUCUCUGAAGUCACAGAAUCUGAGCACCUGACAGCUUUUACCUCAGAAUAUAUCCCUAAACCAAUCAAAAAGCUCCCAGAGCCCGUGAGGAAAAGAUCCCCUACCCCAGAAAAGGCUGUCAAGACAGAUGUGACACUCCCUAAGGUUGACUUCAUGUCCAGGUAUGAGGAGAGAAAGCAGGCUCUGAGAUCAGAGAGAAGAUCUGUAGAGAGAAAGGUUGAGGUGGUGACACAAGCACCCUUCAGCCUUGACCAUCCCCCACGGAUUACUGUCAGGAUGCGAUCUCAUCGUGUACCUUAUUGGUCCAACACAAGAUUUACCCUGAAUAUCCAGGCCAAACCUGAACCUGAGGUCAAGUGGUUCCACAAUGGAAAACAAAUCCAUGGGAGCAGCAAAUAUACCAUGACCAACAUCAGUGGAGUCCUGACUCUCCAGAUCAUCAACUGUAUGACUGAAGAUUCUGGCACCUACCGUGUGGUUUGCAAGAAUGCCAAAGGAGAGACUUCUGACUAUGCCACACUAGAUGUAGCAGAUGAAUACGCUGCCUUCUCUUCACUUCGCAAAGAUGAGGAGCCUCCAUCUGCCCAUCUGCCAGAGAUGACCAAAACAGAGGUAUAUCACGUCUCAUCCUCUAAAACAUCAGUAACGGAAGCUGUAACUGAGACUGUGAAGGAGACCACUACUGUUGUUGAGAAGCCAAAGGAGAAGCCCAGUGUCCCUGCCAAAAUUCUGACUAAGCCACAGUCCCUCACUUUAGAGGAGGGACACACUGCCAGAUUUGAAUGUGAUGUGGAUGGCGAACCAGCACCUUCUAUAAGCUGGCUGCGUGAAGGAGCAGUUGUUGCUCCCUCUGCCCGACACCACAUUGUGUCUACUCAGUACAACUCCUCCUUUGAGAUCUCCUCUGUUGAGAUGUCAGAUGAAGGCAGCUACACUCUCUUAGUCGAAAACGCUGGAGGCAAACAAGAAGCCCAUUUCACCCUGACCAUCCGGAAGUCUGAGUCAAAGGAGAAAGUGGUUGCCCCUCCCAGAAUAACUUCUCCAGAAGCUAAAUCCCCUCUUGCAAAGUCCCCUGAACCGGUCAAAUCUCCCCAGAGGGUGAAAUCCCCUGAGCCAGUCAAGUCACCGCAGAGAGUGAAGUCUCCAGUCUCACCAAAAUCCCCAACACCAAAAUCUCCAACACCCAAAUCUCCAACCCCAAAAUCUCCUACUCCCAAAUCCCCAGUCACAUCUCAGAAGGAACGAGCGAUUUCUCCAAUCAAGCCAAAGAGAGUGAUGUCACCGCCUCUUGGAAAGAAGCCGUCCUUCUCUGUUGAGCUGAGUGACAUCACAGCGUACUCUGAUUCUGCUGUGAAGCUGUCAGUAAAGUUGACAGGAGAGCCCACACCUACAAUCUCGUGGAUGAAGGAUGGAAAGGUUUUGUCUCAAGGUGGAAAGUAUGAAUUAUUUGAGGAUUCUGGCUCAGCUCAUCUCGAGAUCUAUGAAUUGGAGGCCUCUGAUAGUGGGGUGUACAAGUGCACUGCUACAAACAGCGCUGGAGCAGUUUCAACUAUGUGUACUGUCAGUGUACAAGGCUCAAAGAGCUCCAAAACAAAAGCUGAAAUCUCUGAGGAAGUUGUAAAAAGAGAAAUGAUCCAUGAAGAAAUCUCGUCUUCUGUAAAGGAGGUGAAGACCUCCCACAGCCAGAUGUCGAUCACAGAGGGCCAGUCUCUAACACUGAGGGCGAGCGUCCCUGGUGCCUCUGACGUCAGAUGGAUCCUAAACGGGGUUGAACUGACCAACUCGGAGCAGUACAGAUAUGGAGUAUCUGGAAGUGACCACACCCUAACCAUCAGGACGGUGACUGAGCAUGAGCAGGGGAUCCUCACGUGUGAGGCGCAAACACAGCGAGGACUGGUCCGGUGUCAGUUUAACACCACGGUCACCACCAAGCGAUCAGACGCGCCUCAUUUUCUGGUGCAGCCCAGGUCCCAGAAUGUUAAUGAAGGACAAAAUGUGAAAUUCAUGUGUGAAAUUGCAGGAGAGCCUUCUCCUGAAGUGGAGUGGUUGAAAGACAACAUGAUUAUAUCUGUCACAUCAAACUUGAAACUGAGCCGCUCUAAGAAUGUGUAUACUCUGGAGAUACGUGAAGCCACAGUUGCAGACAGUGGGAAAUACACAGUAAAGGCCAAAAAUCAGUUUGGACAGUGCUCUGCAACUGCGUCCCUCAACGUCCUCACUCUUGUUGAAGAACCGACAAAAAUUAUAAUCGCAGAACAAAGAGCUUCUACUGACACUGCAGUGAGCAUGCAGAAAAGAUUCAUGGCCUCCUCAGUUCACAUGGAAGCAGCUUCCAUGCAGGCCAGCAGUGUCAGCAGCAGCUCCCGCUCUGCUGCUGCCGGGUUUUCAUUUGAGAGCAUGUCUGCGACUAGCAUGUCAGCCACGAUGGCCGAGUCGGUGGUUUCCAUGAGCUCCAGGAGCACGAUGAUGGAAAUGUCUGCUCAUACGCAUGCCGAGUCCUCGUCCUCACUGAAGGCCCUCACCACGGGGAUUAAAAGAGGCACUCCACCAAAGGUCGAAGCUCUUCCAGAGGAUGUGUGCGCAGAGCCGGGGAAGUCUCUAACCGUAGUGGGGAUGUUCUCUGGAGACCCCACACCCUCUGUCCAGUGGGUCCGCUCAGGUCGGACGCUCCCCAAUGGGGAUGAGCGAUACCACGUGGAGAAUACCACUGACCUCUCCACCCUCGUGAUCUCUGCAGUGAAGGAGGCUGAUGCCGGAGCGUACACCCUCAGACUGUCCAACGAGCUCGGCUCCGACUCUGCAACCGUCAACAUUCGCAUUCGGUCCAUGUAAAAAGGAAGACAAAGUCAAUUCACGUCCCCCGUUUCCCUCAUCCAGAACCUCUUUAUUUAGUGACGCAGCACCAAUAAUCCUACUUGAUAAAGAUCUGGAUUUCUGUUCUUGUAAAUAUGAACUAUUUUUGACAUUAAUUUAUGCCAAACUAGACUAAAGUCUAAAGUUGUUAUAAAAUGUGCCAUAUUGGACAGUUAUGACUUAGGAUUUUUGACAGACGUUUCUGUGACAUGUACAUAAUGUAUAUAGCCGAAUUUAACGGUUAUGGGAAAUGUAUGCAUUGUUAUUUAUGACAAUAUAAUAUUAACUGAAACAAAAGAACAAAUGUUUGAACAGGAGAAAGUUUCCGCUGGAACGAAUACCCUGUGAAACCAAGAAACUAAAAUCUGUGCCUCAACGGUAAGUUGAAGUCUUUAAGAUUGCCUCGGCAGGUAGAGAGGUUCCCUGCUGACGUUAUAAAUCAGAAACAGAAGGACAACGUUUUUUAUUUUAUUUUAUUGUUUUUUGGACGCGCUCCUGAGCGUGGGAUAUUACAGUUUCAUAUGAAUUGUACCAUGAGCGUAAGACCCCGAGUGCUGUUUUCAUUACCCUCGUGUAAGCAGCGCAAAACGGCCUUGCGCUCAGACCGACUGUGUCGUACCACCACAAUUUGAUGACCGGCUCCGAGUGUGAGCGGCCUGCACUCGGAGCGUUAAGAUCAUUUUAAUGAAGAGCGCUGCUUCUGGCACAGGACGGCCGGCCUGGCUUUGGAAAACAGAACAUCUCCUGGCCAAAUAAGUGAAGAGAAAGUCAGAGCCGGCUCUUCUGUGCAGAAGCAGCGCCGUCUCUCGGAGGACAGUUAGCAACAUGCUUUGUGUGUUUGAGUGUUUGUAGCUUUUAGUCGUUUCACCGUGUCAGUAGUCAGGGUUUCCUUCGUUCGCCACAGGGACUUCAUGUCCCGUGAAGAGAAAGCAGUUAAGUCUCGCCCUGCACUUUGAGUUCAUUGAUCUGUUGAUGUAGAAUUGUUUCCUCCUCCUUGAGAUUUGUGCAUUACUGAUUUAAUAAAGCAUGAUUUCAGCACUACA